GGGGAGACUGAGGAGGGUUGAGGAAUAAAUCCCUCGAGGGCUGGCCUCCGCCAUGUUGGGAGGAGGAGUGUCGGCGGCGCGCUGCCGCUGAGGUGGGAGGGAAAGGUUGCGGGAGCGCGCCCGCCAAGUGACCGACCGAGCAGCCUACCUUCUAAGCCAAGGCGCGCUCGAGGCGGCGGGUCGGGUGUUACCUCAGGAAGAGGCGGGCGAAGGACUCUGAGCUUCCCCCCACCCACAUCCCGACUCUCCCCUUUCUCCUCCCUCCUUUCGCUUCGGAAGUUGGAGCAAACUUCCAACGGGUGGGGAAAGCCCGAGACCUGAGCGAAGAGGAAGGAUUCAGGACGACCCCCCCCCUCUAAAAAGUUUUGGUUUUGGGGUUGUUUGUGUGGAAAGAGCUUGUCCCUAAAGCGGGACUGAGGGAAGGGAAAGGGAAGGUGAGUCUCUUCUGUGGAGUUUUUGAGGGGUGGGUGGGAAUUUAUUCGGGUGAGGGGAGGAAAAUUACUCGUUUUUGUGGCAGAGAAGACAGCGCUCGCCUGCCCCCCCUCCCGCAAACACAAGUCGGUAUGGGGCGGGCGGGCAGGAAGAGUAAGAUUCAUAUGAAUUGGAGUAUAAAUUGCAAUUGUUUUCUAGGCUUGCAAGCAGCCUUGUGCAGGUAGUGUGCCUUUAUUGUGUUUAAAAGUUGCCUUUUUAUAGAGAAGUAAAGAAAUAGGAUUAUUCCUUUACUUCUCUAUAAAAAAGGCAAUUUUGAUUAUUCCUUUACUUUUCUAUAAAACUAGAUGAAUUGCUGUUAUUGUUAGGUGCUUACAAACACAUGGGUGUGUUGUGUCCUUUUUGCAAAUAGUUGAUACCUGUUGUGAUGGGGGACGAAGGAUUUUUAUGUCUGAGGAAACUCAGUACACACAUUACACUAAGGAGUUUAAGGUGGUUGGGGAGCAAUGUGACAGUAUGAGACAGAGCAGGGGGUGUUUUUAUUUUUGUUUCCUCUAUUACCAUGAGGAUAGGUCCCUCAUCUGAGAAGUUUACAAUCUAUACCUAGAAGCAGGCGAGAUCUUUUAAAUGGAAGCGGGGAGAAAGAUGAGUUGAGAAUGUAUUUUUUGUUAGAUGGGUUCCCAACCCCAGUUACUUGAAGGAGGUCUGAAGCAGUGUAACAUUAAGAGAAAGGUUUGAGAGAGGGUGAGCUGGUUCUGUAUCACUUUUUAUUAUCAUAUAGUGCCAAGCAUGUACAUGACAUUUCAGGAAGAAUGACAGAUGUGGCUUACAGUCCAGAAAAUGAAGGUGGGGCAAGCAAGGGGGACAAAUAUGCAGUUAUUUCUGUUUCACCUGCUUGGGCUUAGUCACAGUAAGGUCUUGAAAUGGAGUUGUGAGGAGGAAGUGGGUAAGUUUUUCUGGAGGUAUGUGUGGGGUAAUCUGCGUGACAUUGCUAGUGGAAGGUAGUGAAGAGUUUGUGCUGGAGGGUUCAGCUUAGUAUUGGAGGUAAUGUGGAUCAAAUGCAGGUGUAAUGUUGGGGGAGUGACUCCACAGAAAAUUGGAAGGUAUACAGUGGUACCUUGGGUUACAAACACGUCGGGUUACAAACACUUCGGGUUACAGACUCCACUAACCCGGAGGUAGUACCUCAGGUUAAGAACUUUACUUCAGGAUGAGAACAGAAAUCGUGCGCUGGCGGCAGCGGGAGGCCCCAUUAGCUAAAGUGGUACCUCAGGUUAAGAACAGUUUCAGGUUAAGAACGGACCUCGGAACAAAUUAAGUUCAUAACCAGAGGUACCACUGUACACCCGUAACUAGGAGUAGGAUCCAAUGAACACACACAGGAUUGCACUGCUAGGAAAGUCCAGAAACUGCAUAGCAUUGUUUGUUUGUUUUUUGUUUUUUGAGGGGCAGGGUGGUGGAAUUCCCUGAAAAACUGGUCUCCUUACCUAGCCUAUGAAGGGAAAAUGAGUUAAGGCUAAUCCAAUCUGAAAAGUACCCUUGGGUGUGUUUGUGUGUGUGCAUGUGCUAAAGAGGCUAGUAUAUCUAUUGAGGUGGGGAGUUUUGCUCAGGAGACAUUUGUUCAGGACAGGCUAUUCUAAGGGAGUCUUUUUCUUUUUGGAAGGGUGCCCAUAUCUGCUGAAGGAGUAGCCACAGGUAACCAAAUGUGUAGGUCAGCACUGUUACCAGAUUGAGGGGGGUAUAGGAUUCUAGUGGAAUGCACUGUUCUGUGGUUUUAAUGUUGUCUUUGCAAGUAAUUGGCUACUAGGUUAUGUUGACAGCUCAUAGCCACAAGGCAUAUUUUGUGAAUUAGAGGGGUUUCUUGAAAUCUACAUAUUUGAGAGUUGUGAAGAUUUUUUAAAUAAAGUGUCUUGGUUUUAACUUUCCUAUCUAAAUGUAAGUUCUUCAAAAACAAUGUGGUGUUUUAUGGCUUUGGUAAAGUUGUAGACAAAAACCUGUGUAAAAAUCUUUCACACUUUACCCUAAAUGUACUUUAGUGUGAGGAAAAAAGUAUCUGCAAGUUCUUUCCUGAGUAGGGAAAUGUAUGACUGUCCAGAGUGCUUACAGAUAUCUGAGGGGGGACAAUUGCAUAACAUUGCAUUCUUUUAUCUAAAAUGUGGAUUCACAUGCAUUGCAUGAAUACCUUGACAUGCCUUACACAUUCUAUAUCAAAGCUUACAAAAGGAAGACUUUCAAAGCAAAAAUUGCAAUGCAGUUGUGUAUAGCAGAGAGCUUGAUCUUUAGGGAAAUGCGUAAGCUUUCAUACUUACCUAGAAUGCCAUUUUGUACUUUCAUGGCUUCCCUGCCUAUUUUUUGAGUGUAUGCUUUGUAGAAAAUGCUGUAAGCAGGAAUAAAACUUGCUGAGCAGUCCUAUCUUAUUCCCACUCUUGAAUCCUUAGGCUGGACUUUUCUCCCUGCUUUGGAUAUUGUGAUUUGGAUAUAUUCAAACUCCUAAAGUUCCUUUUUCAAACAUAGGGAAGCAAAUAGUUUUGUGAUAGUUCCGCCAAUGUUUUUUGCAAAUCCAGAAGAUAAAGAUCACAGACCAUAUCCCCACCCCAGUGAUUUUGUAGGAAGGUUAGCAAGAGUGCUGGGAAGAGAAGGUGUCAGGAAUGGUGCCAGCAAAUUUCUUUGCAAAAGAGUUAUCCUUCUGUUUGCUAAGCAGUGAUGGCUGACAUCACUGGCUGGAAUCUUUAAUUUUCUAUUGUUUCAACUUUGUUCCCAAAUAGAAAAAAAGUAAUUAGUCUUAUUUUAAAUAAGCAUAGUCUUACAUUUCAAAAUUUUAAAAUAUAUUUGCUAGGUAUUUAAACAGCUUUCAUGGAACUUUAGCAAUUUUAUAAAAAUAAAGUAUCAGGAUACUAGAAGAAAACAUGAACCUGAAUUCCUCCAUUGAUUUGUUGGACUUACUUGGUGUCUGUUUAGUUUAGCACAAUGUAUAUUCUGUUUUCCAAUCAGUUGUUUGCUUUUUUGUGUAUUUAUAUCUUUUUUGUUUGCCUGCAGCCUAAUGGGGCUAUUACCUUGGAAGAAGAAGCAUGGAAACUUUGCCUGCUCAUUUAUUACAAUACCCCAUUUCUCCUGAAUGAUUGGGAAGACAAGUCUGUAAACUCAGAACCUAUCUUUAACUUUGACUGCUGCAUUAGUACCAUGCCUAGCAGAAUGGGAUCAAAAAUGAAUAUGAAGAGAGAUUUCAUUAGAGUAAAAACACAUUAUAAUGGGUAAGCUAUAUCAAAUGUUUUUUGCCCUUCAUUUCGCUUAUUGUUUAUCAGGUUCUUUGCAACUUUUGUUUUGUCUAUAUUGGGUUGUAUCCAGUUAAGUCCUACUCAGAGCAAAACUGCUGAAAUUAAUUACUGUAGCUUCGUUUAAGUAGGUGUUCUCUGACUUGGACUAGCCUUUUUUUUUUACUUAUAACGAAUGAAAUUUACGUAUGUUUUUAUCAAUUUCUGUAGUCUGUUGCAUUGGCAUUGUAAGAUUUGGGAGGAAAUACUAAUGCUGUUUGCAUGGUGGCUUGGUGCAAAACUUGUGUAUCACGCUCUUCUGAACAAAGCGAUGGGUCUUUAAUUUUAGGCUGAUAAUACUACAAUUUAGUACCAGAACAGGUACUUCAUAUUGGGGUUUGUAGGUGGUGGGGUGUCAAAAGAUUUUCAGCAAUCAAGGUUCAGAUGCCCAUGCUUGCAUAAGUUAAAUUGUUAAGAACCAAGCAAUGUAUUCUAAGAGCAUUUGUUGUAGGAAUUUUAUUUAUACUUCAUAAUAACUAUAGCAAUGUUAUCAGCAAAGGUCAGUCACCCUUCUAUAUUUUUGAACAAAAACAUUUUCAGUGUUGGGCAUAAAUAUACUCAUUUAAGUUUUUGUACCAGUAGCAACAACCCAACAGUAGCUCUGCCUUGUGGUGGAAAGGAGUUAAUAAGACCUCCCCCACCCUCAUGUUGCUGCUACAGUCAAUUUUAAAAAACCCAAGACACCAAGGGACUGUAUAACACUGCAUUACACAUUCUAAACUGCUGUUCCCCCCUGUGAUAUGGUUUUGUUUGCAUUAGCACUUUAUUUAGUUUAAUAUGCUCGGGGUGUGUGUUUUGCAUGAAAUGAAGCAUGUUGGAAAGACAUGAAUUCAUGUCUUUGCUUCUAACUUUUGGCCAGACAUGUUACUGGCCACUCACAGUGGACUAAAUACUAAAAGAGUGAAGUUUUCAGUUGUUUUCUCUAGGCAACAAUCACUUCUUUCCAAGGAAAGAUUUUAGAAAGGGCUUCAGAAUUAAUCAGGAAGUCUGUCAUCUGAAUCCAGAAAAAAAUUCUAAAGUCACACAUGCACCAGAGAAGAUCAAAAAGCACUUUCAAAAUGCACCAGGACGUCUCUUCUCCAAUGUUUGGAGGAGAGCCUUCCUGGUUCAUUUUGGGGCAAUCUUUGUUUUCCCUGAUGUUAAUGUGUAUUUCUCUGUAACACUUGUCAGUCAUAAUACUCACACUGUCUUGUCAGACUACUCACACUGAAAGGUGGUAGGACACUAAUUACUCAGAAAAAAAUAGUGCUUGCAUAUUUUGCAAUAUAUCUGUUUCCCUACAAGGCACAACUAUAUUUUCCAUUGUUGGAGCUCCCCUCUUGCCCUGGACCCAAUACAGCAGUACCCACUAUACUCCUUAUUGGUGGGCCUGUACAUAGGAAAUCGCAGUAAACUAGUGUACACUAAGAGUUGAGCUGCUGGGUCUAAACAUGUUUUAGGAUCUAUAGCAUUGCAUGUGUUUCACAAACAGCUAAUGCUAACCCAGUUGAAUGUUUUGACUUUGGCUUUGAACAAUUCUCUCCCACCUCAGAGUUAUAUCAGAAACUGGUUUUCAGACUCCCUUGUGUGAUGCUGAGCAGAGGCAGUGGCUGCUUUUUUGUGAAAAGCCCAUUGAAAUGCUCUUGGAACUAGUUUCUCACUUCCUUGGACCCUGGCUGUGGCACAUUCUUGUGCUUUUCUAAAGAACCUAGCAACUAGUACCUUGUAUCUCAACUCACAAUUUAACCAUUGGAUUUAAGAUUUAGCCCCUUUAGCUUUAAUAGCAUUGGCAGUCACAACCAAAACAGUUGUUCUGGCAGAGCUCUCUGUGACUGUGAUGUAAUGGUGCUGCAGAGUAAUGCCAUGUUGCACUUUGCCCUCUGGUAGCCAGUGGUAUACCAUUUUGUAUGCAGUUACGAAUAUAUCAUAGGAAAUCUUAUACAAAUGCUGACUUCAAAAGAACUUGAGCAGUAGUGUGAGGUGGGAAAUAUCCAAAAACUGAUUCCCUGCCACCACCACUGCUUUAUAUUUUCAUUGGAAAAUUUCUCUUUGAAAAGUUCAUUGGUAAGGAUGAAUGGAUGCAAAUUACAAAUAACAGUAUUAGGCAAGCUUCACAGUGUCACAAGUUUUGUUUUCUAAAAACAAGUAAAAUAAACAUGCUAAAUCAGGUCACUCUAAGGCAUUAAAACAUUUUCUGAUGCAAAUUAUUUUUUGCUUAUGAAAAUGUUUCAGUUCAAAAUUUUCUGGAAAACCCACAUCCCUGCAUUUGGUCCUCUUGUUUGUCCCUUGUAUGACAGACAGCUCUAGAUAUGUGAUAGAAAUAAAACAUGUUUAAAACUCAGUAUACGUUCUGGACAGUGCUGGGUUUGUUUGUGUUGAUCAUUUAGGACUAUAAUCCUAUGCACAUGUCACUAACUUGGGAGUAAGUCCCACUGAACUUGGUGAAACAUACUUCUGAAUAGGAUUGUACUUUAAGACUUGCAUGUGAAAAUUUCAUUAGGAACAGCCUGUUCAUUGGCUUAAACCAGAGUGAUUAAGGUUAAAUGAAUUGUCAAUCAGGCUCUUGGUUGUGCAGUGCAAUAAGAUUUUAGUGGGUUGUUGACAAAUGCAGCCUGUACAGCGUUUUGGGGACAUUCUUCAUGGCAUAUUUUAGCUAUAAUUUCAAGUAACACUCAAGUUUCACUAUGUGAGGAAUGACAUAGGGUUGUAUUCAGCUAAGAUUUACUUAGAGUGCUUCUAUUAGAAUUAACCUAAUUUGGUCAUGCCCAUUAGAUCUAACAUUGGAUGUAACCUUUAAUUUUCAUUGUUUAAAAUAGUGAUGUGUUUCUCUGUUAACUCUGAACAACUUUUAAGUUUAGCCUCUGUAAAAUGGGGACAUUGUAAAGCAUCAAAUAGCAAGAUUUUAUGCCUUGUUUGUGGUAAAGGUAAAGGACCCCUGGACAGUUAAGUCUGGUCAAAUUCAACUUUAAGGUGUAGCACUCAUCUCUGCUUUCAGGCCAAGGCAGCCAGCAUUUGUCCUCAGACAGCUUUCGGGGUCAUGUGGCCAGCAUGACUAAACUGCUUCUGGCACAAUGGAACACUGUGACGGAAGCCAGAGUGCACGGAAAUGCCAUUUACCUUCCUGCCACAGUAGUACCUAUUUAUCUACUUGCACUGGUAUGCUUUCGAACUGCUAGGUUGGCAGGAGCUGGGACAGAGCAACAGAAGCUCACCCGAUCGUGUGGAUUCAAACUGCCAACCUUGCAAUCGGCAAGCCCAAGAUGCUUGAUGGUUUUAGACUAUAGCGCCACCCGCAUCCCUCUAUAGUUUGUUGUUACCCUCAUUGGAAAGGGUAAAGCUAACAUUGCAAUGUAGGGAUCCCUAUUUACUCAGCUUGGGUUUAUUGAUCAUUCGUGAAGGUUUGUAUAAGUAUUGCUUUAUGAAAUCAUGGUAUAAAAUGUAGCAUGGCAGAAUGCAAGUGUGUGUGUAGUGGAUUCUUAUUUCUGUGUGAUCAGACAUGUCAAACUGCAGUAAGUCACAGUUAUCAAAACUGCAAAAUUAGUGUCAAGAAUUAUUCAGGAAAGUACUAAAUAAUUCAAAGUGUCUGUUCAUGGUACAGUACACCUUUGAUAUUAUGAUUAAACAAAUAGGCUAGUAAUAAAAGCAUUAGGGAGUUGUACCAUUCAUGAUUGUUAGUGUGUUUCCAUGGAAGCUUGGGAGGGUAGAUGUUUGUAUAUCCUGGGUGUGACAGUGCUUAACAUAGCAUAAGUGAUCAUGCAUAAUCUUCCUUUAUGGCAAGCAUUCCUUGCUUUGCUUACAUACAGUUCAUAGAAUUCUUCUAAAUUAAGCCCUGCUGACUAAAAAUGUUGAGGAAUGUGAUGAAGGUAUUUUUUAAAGUACAUGCUUAUUCUUCCACACCAUUAUAUCUUGUGUGAAAUCAGUUGAUGAGGCUCAUUUGACAGCUACAAGGAACUGAACCUUUAGCGUCAUUGCACCAUUCCAGUGGAAUGCUCCGCCAUGGAGAUUCAUCAGGCAUAUUUUGUUUCAACUUUUAAACACCUACUGAAAACUUUUCUAUUUUGUCACACCUAUGCAUGCAUGCAUAUAUACGUAAUUUUAUUUGUGUGCUGCCUUUCCACAGUUCAAACCAUGCUCAAGGCAGCUUACAACAUAAAAAAUGUUGCAACAGAAGUAGUCCUGAACAAUAAAUUAAAUAUUAAAAAAAAACCCAGACUGAACAAUUUCCACAUAAAUUUCAACAAAAUCUAAAAUAAAGAUUUUUAAAAACCACAGCUACAACCCCCUCCCCAAAAUACCCCAGCACCCCAGGCAAUUAAGAAUACAGUGAGCCCAUUACUUACAUGAGGGUUUGGUUCUGGGGGUGCACUCACAGAGGCAAAAUCAUGUAAGGCCAGGAACCCCCUGAACCAUCCCUAUUUGUCCAGAAUGAGCCUUGCCCUUACUUACUGGCCUCUGGGAAGGAGGCACAAGGGCUCAGAGUGUCCUAGGGCCCUUGUGUGACUUUCCCAGAGCACAGUAAGCAAGGCAGAGGGCUUUAAAAGCUCUCUUUGCUGUGGGUUCCACUCACAUUUAUUUAUUUGGUUUUGAGUCAGGUGUGUAAGUGGUGGGCCCACCGUACAGUUUUCCCUGAUAGUUACCUGAUUUCUGAUUGUAACUUUUUAAUAUGGUUUUUAUUAUUUUAUGUAUAGUUGUGAACUGUUCUGAUAUUUUUUUUUUAAUGAAUGAGUAGUAUAUAAUUAGCAGAUGUUGGGUCAGUAAAACUGUUUGUGAGAUUCUGAAAUGCAAAAUCUUUAGGGCUGCUGAUAGAUUGCCUCAAUCUUUGCAAAUGUCUUGUGGUUUAAUGUGAACACAUGUAGCUAUUGAAUCUGAAUUCAUCUCUUUCAGGGAUAUCCUCAUAACAAAUCUGGGUGCAUCCAUCAACUAUGGUGAACUUUGUGAUGAAGUUAGAGAGAUGUGCAAUUUACAACAGGAACAACCAAUUACCCUUAAGUGGAUUGAUAAUGAAGGUAUUUCAGACUCAUGUAAAUAUGCUUCUGCAAAUAUUUCUCUGAUGCAUUUUACAGCACAGUUAAUUAACUGGGUGUGAUGGAGAUACUAAAUAGGUAACUUUUAAUUUUGAAUCAUCGUUGGUUUUCAAAUUUUCACUUAAGAGAUAUCAAGGGAUACAUAUGUUAAUAAAGCCCAGAUAAUCAGGCAUGUAUUGCAGCUUGCUCCAAUCCAUUCUGAAAAUGUUAUGUACUCUCUAAUUCUGAUGUGUGAAGCAUAACCUUCCUUUAUGAAUGUGGGUGUGAUUCUUCCUGACAUAGGUACUGUGCGCAGAAAGAUUUGCAUACAGCCAAGCACAAUUUCUUCCCCUUCUCCCAGUAUCUGUGUAGGCAUCAGGUUAUUAUGGGGCAGAGGAGGCCUAUGGUUGCCUCUCAUACAUACCUUUGCUGGAAAUGUAAGCCCCUUUCUUUUGAAUGCCUGAUGCAUUGUGAUUGCACUAGGGGUAGGAUUUGUUCUGCCCUACGGCAUGGUUGGGAAACUUGCCCUCGAGAUGUUGCUGGAUUAGAGCUCCCAUUAUCCCUAACCUUUGUUCAUGCUGACUGGAGCAGAUGGGUGUUGAGAGUCCAACAACACAUGAAGGGCCACAGCUCACGGGGAUUCCUUUUAAGGAGGUGUGCUUAUGUGGAGAAGGAUCAUACCCAUUGACUACCUUAAUAUGCCACAUUUAACUAAUGCACUGUUCAUUUUUAUUUUAAAUGCAUUCUACCAGAUUGUUUGAUACUGCCCAGGUUUCUGUUCUUUAAUUGUUUAGCAAUACCCACCCAAACUAGAAAGAGAUCAGUGAUUAUACAAUUGCAAUGUGUGUUUCCUAAUAUGAACUUCAAGAGUGUAUAUUGUUUAAUAGACAAAACUUCUCCAGAUCUUUUUAUAUACCGCUCACAUCAUUUCAUAGACACUUCUUGUUUGGCAGAAAUUCUAGAAUCAAUUUAUACAAAGGCAAGUGGACACUGAAAAUAGGGGUCUCUGAAAUCUUGUCUCACCUCUGCUAGCUAGACUUCAGAUACUGAGAGGAACAUACCUCUUCCAAGUUCUGUGUGUACAAUAAUGACUCAGUUGUGUGCACUUCAUUUGUACUUGCUUUCAAGAUGAUGCUUCAGCGAUACCAUGCAGAAACUUGAUAUUUUCUAACUGAGUGUAAUUUGUUUGCAUAGGACACGUGAGUUGAGAACUGUAGCAGUUCUAGGGUCUUUCCUGCAGAUCUGUAAAUAUUCUCCAGGCUACUAGUGUAUUAUUCAAUACUUAAAUCUUCAGGCAGCUGCAUCAAGUUCUGCAAGUGUGACUACUGCUACUGAAUUGAUUUAUGGUGGAUUGAUAGGAGAGGUAUCCCAAGUGACAUGCCAUUAAAAGCAUGAACAUAGUGCUUAGUCUUAAUGCAAGGUGAAUCAUUCCCCUACUUGCUUUUGAGUUUAGUUUUUGUGUGUGCUCCUAUUUUUCUGUCGUUGAGUACAUUUAAAGAAUAUUGGAAGAUGUCAUGCUUUAAAAGCGUGGUAUCAUUCUCCUGAUUUUUUUUGUUUCCUACUCCCAGUAAACUUGAAAAAGCUUUGAAAUGCUGAGGCAUCCAUUAAAUGGAGUGAACCUGUUUCCCAGAUGUAUUCAAGUGGAGAGUCACUGUGAAGGGGGCUUGUCAACCUGUCUUGCUUUUUAAGCAUGCAGAAGUUCCAUCAGGUGAUUUUACCCCCAUUUUUAAAACUGAAAGACCACUGGCAAGGGCUGCAUGAAAGUUGUGCCAACAAUAAGCUUGCUGAGUUGAAAGCAGUUUUUAUGGUGAGCAUAUGUGUCAUUUAAGCUAAGAAAGGAAGCUCUCGUGGCCCAGUUAAGGGUUCAACAUGAAGUUUCUACCUAUCACUAUUUACUGAGGGAGAGAACCCACCCAUGUACAUAUCUUGUACUAUUCCCCUCACUGUGAAACAAGUGUUGCUGUAAUACCCAUGAUUCUCAAUUGUGAGAUGGGCUUGUCUACAGACCCACUUCGUUGCUCUGAACUUAGCUGCUCUGGUCCUUUAAUGUGGAUCUCAGGUUCCUGAGCUUUCUUGAUUGGCUCUCUUCUUUUUAAGUCUGUUGGAAUUAGAAAAUUAGAAAAUUAGAAUUAGAAAAAGCAAGUCUGGGAAAAGUCUGGUGUGUGGUACAAUGUGACAUGUGUGGGGUAACUGUGCCAUGAUCCUCAAUAUACUUAACAAAAGAUUCCUGCACUGCAGAGCCCUGUAUAAUUGCUAUCUGAAAUCAGAGAUCUUUCCUUGACUAUCUGAAAGGGAGAAAUUUUCUUCAACAGUAAAAUCAGAAUAUUUCUUAGGGCUUUUGCUUAUGGGUCUCUAAUACUAAGGGUAUAUCAAUUGAUAUUCAUGUAGCAGUGUUCAAUUUGCUACAGGAAAAUCUGAUAGAGUAUUCCCUUAUUGUUCGUAUUGUAUAUUUUGGCACAUUUCAGGCAAGGACAUGUUAGAUGGUCAUUAGGAUGCCUUGAGCAAGUCACAGUGGUUCAUUUCACAUAUCUGCAGUGUGCUCUGUAUAGGGCUUCCCAUGUGCUUGACCCAGAAACAGCAGUUAGUGUGGAAUGUUGCAGCACAAGUUGCUGACAGGAGUAAGACCUUGUCAGCACAUAACACUUCUGCUCAGAUACCUGCACUGGUUGCCUUUUUGUUACCCAGCCAAGUUCAAGGUGUUACUAUUGGUAUUUAAAACCCUUAACACCUUGGGACCAGUUUACUUGUGGAGUUGCCUUUCCCAUAUGUGCCAACUCAAUUUCUUUGAUCUGUGGGACUGACACUGUUACAGGUGCCACAAAAUGCUUAUUCUGAAGUUGUGAGGAAUUUGCUUUUUAACGUGGCAACAUCUGCACUUCGGAAUUCCCUGCCUGUUGACACCAGGCAGGCGCCUUCACUGUACUUUUUGGUGCCUGAUUAAAACAUUCUUGUUUUGGUUAGCCAAUCCAGACACAUAGAUGUUGGCAUGUUUUCAUCUUUUUAUCAUUCAUUUUAGCUGUUUUCCAGUAAUCUGAAUAUUUAUUGUAAACCGCUUAGAGGUUUUAUUACAAUCAAUGGGUAAAUUAAAUUUUGUUAGAUAAAAAAUUCAGUUUACAAUGAACGUGGAGGUUGGUUCCCUUCUGUUCCUUCCCCAGUGGGAGCAACAAGUCACAGUCCCUGGCUUGGCAUUACAUCUGAACUGGAGAUUGCAGUAUGUUUCACUUCCAACAAACAAUGAUUGGUAAACCAAGAACAAAGUUUAGCUUCACAUUGCGGUUUGCUGCUCUCCAAACAAGCUCAAUGCUGGAGCCGAGUGUAAUGCUUCACCAAGAAUGAUGGUUUGUUGCUCCUGCUACAGAAGGAGCAAAGCAGGAGUGAUUUCCUCAUUCAUGGUAAGCUGUUUACCAUUCUUUCCUGCCACAUGUGAAUGCUGCCACUCUUGCUAUAUCUGCAUAUCCUGAUCUCCUUGGAGGAAGGAAUAUCCAUGUGACGAUAGGAAAAUACUUUGCAGUGUUAUGCACUUGGAUUUCAGUUAACCUUUUAAAAUUAUUGUAGAAGCUGUCUAUUAAGACAAGGUUCAAGAGGUUAAAAAUAAAGCAACCAUAUUGAAAAAAUGAAUGUACAUCUUCAGCUGAACAGUUCUUAACUACUGUCAUUUUUAUCAGUUUGUUCAAGGAUGUCAAGAACUACAUGUCCUUCCAGGUCAGAAAGAAGCAUUAUUACACCUACACGUUUUAGUCAAGCUAAAGCACUCAAGGAGGGGACCAAGCAGAGCCAUUGAGGCAUGUGACCUGGGCAGAGUCCAAAGGACCACAUAAACAGGCCUGAGGGCAGCAUUUGAUCCUCAGCCUGAGGUUCCCCAGCCUUGAUCUAGACUUCAUGGAUACUAAUUUAUUGAAUAAGAAUUCUGUACAGUUUGAGAACUCUUAGGGAGAACUUAAAAAAUAUUUUCUUCCAAUGAUGCCAGCUGAAGAGCCCAGCUCCUAGGGGUGGAAGUGCCUUCGGUCCCCUCAAUAUCUGCUGGCAGGGAGCCAGCCCCACUCAACAUUGAGUGGGUGGAGGAGGCAGAGUGCAGCGUGGUUCAGUGGCUGGCUCAUCCUGAGUGCAAGAGAGGAAGCCGCUCCAUACUAGGCCUUCUUCCGAUGAUACAGUGUCACACAUGCGCAGCGUGCACUCCUCCCCAAAAAAAUCUUGGGCACAAGAUGGCGCUUCUGGAAGAGCCUGUGGCUUCCUAGGGUGUCCUGUGAUAAUGAUUCUUUGUCAAAAUGAAGCAAAACCUUAAGUUAAUGGAGCAAAGUUGUUUUUGUAUUUCCUGAUUACCAGUUACAGGCAUUUUAAUGUAUUCCUGUUGUGUGUUAGAACUCAAACACUUGAGGCCAGGUAUUUAUAUUGGUGGGCAGGAUCUCUCUACCCUCCACAGGCCAACUUUGAUAGGUGGGUGGGAUUGCCCACCUGUCAAAUCACCUGCUUGCUCUAGUGGCAUCAGGUGACUGAAACCUGUCAGUGGUUCAAAGGGGAAUGCUGUAACCAUUGAUUUGCUGUUUGGUGAUGUGAGUGUGCCUUCAGAGGCUUGCUCCAGUAGCACAAAGCAGUUUUCCUUGGACCUGCUUGCUGAAAUGGCAGGGGAAAGCUUGGUUUUAGCAUGCAGUUCUGAAGCAAAGGGCCUUGGUUCACUUAAAAUGAAAGAUUGGUGUAAGUUAUCUUUAGUAACUAUUCAAUUGUUGAUUGUAUUGAAUUCCUGUAUUCAGUUAUAAUCUUAAAAUGGUGUGGGGGAGGGGAUCAGAUACAAUUAGAUUAGCCUCUGUAAGGAGCUAUACUGGUUUUGGGUUGUGCCUAUGCUUGUUAGGCUGAAGGAAUACAUAAUAGCUGGUCCUGUUCUUGAAAAUCCAGGAAUUACCUGAACCUUCCUCCAGACUUGUUACAUAGUAUGGGCACCUGAAUGUUACCAUUCUGACUAAUCUUGGUAGCCAGCCAUAAUUUUGUAUUUAGCCCACUGUGUAAUCCAGUCCCAUCAUAAUAUUGUAAUCAUAUUAUCUGCAUUUUAAAAAUUGCAAUACAAAUUGAGUAAAUGUCUUGGGGGAGGAUUGACCUGAUGUAUUCAAGUUAUAGCACUUCCUUCCACCUAUUCCCUACUACAAGCAUUGAUUCCUCACCAACUCUUUGAAAGAUUCUAUCAGUGGUGUCUCCGAAAAAUUUUAUGCGUCACUUGGGAAGAAAGGCGAACUAAUGUCAGUGUACUGGAAGACGCAAAGAUCACAAGUGUUGAAGCAAUGAUUCUUCAACAUCAACUUCAUUGGACUGGUCAAGUUGUUUGGUUGUCUGAUUAUUGUCUUCCAAAGCAACUACUCUAUUCCCAACUUAAGAAUGGAAAGUGAAAUACCGGUGGUCAACAAAAGAGGUUUAAAGAUGCUCUCAAGGCAAAUCUUUUUAAAAAUGUGGUAUAAGCACUAAUAACUGGGAAACACUGGCCUGCGAGGGCUCCAAUUGGAGAACAGCUUUUACCAAGGUUUUACAGACUUUGAAGAAGCAUGAACUCAGGGUGAAAAGGAGAAACGAGCUAAGAGGAAGGCACCUUUGGCAAACCCUCACUGUGAUCAACUCCCACCCAUAAACCUAUGUCCCCACUGUAGAAGGACGUGUGGAUCCAGAAUUGGCCUCCAGAGUCACUUACACACUCACUAUUAAGACUGUUUUCAUGGAAGACAAUCUUACUCAACUUUGAAUGAUCGAUCACCAAAGAAGACGAAUCCUAUGCACACUUAUCUGUGAAUAAGCUCUACUGAACUAUCUUCUGAGUAGACAUGCAUAGGAAGAGUUUGCACACAUGGAGGAUUUGCUUUACAAAGGUUCUCCUGCCCCUUGUAAUGCAGCCUUUUUUAUUUAUAUUAUUUAUAUAUAUAUUUCAAAAUGCUUGCUCUGUUGUUAGGUUUUAAAGUGCUAGAUGGAGCUGGAUAAUGUCAAAGGGAGAAGAGUAUGCAGCUUUGCCCUGUGGGAUUCCCCCCCCCCCACACACCUCAUGCAUUUUUUCUGUAGUCUUUUAUUGCUGUUACAAUUUAGACUAAGCAAACACUUUCAUUUCUAACGUUGUGAACUAUGAACUUAGGAGGGUCUCUCUCCCUUCAGAUAAAGCUGACUUCUCCCCUUCUGUUUUCAGUCUGGAACUAGCAAGGAUUCCAUUUAGCACAGAUAAUUGGUCCUAGCCUUCAGAGUGACUUGCUCAACUUCUGCAUCUCCACACCUUGUAAUUUGUUCUAAUGAUCCAUAUAUUUGGAGGAGUUGAAGCUCUUCUGAGCCUUAUCCUUAUUGCCAGAUUUGGGAGGGGCACCACCAUGGCAAGUGGAUUUCUGGAAACUUUGUGCAACUAAGAUGCCUAUGGCAAGAAUACCAAAGCACUAUACCUGAUAUUCCAGAUGCAUAAGUAGACCCAUCCCUUUCCAAAAGGGAUGGAGAUUAUCUGGAGAAGUUCAGGUGUGAGAAGCUACUCUUAAAAAAACCAUUUGACUACACCCACCAAGUGCAUGUGCAAGUACUUUGCAUGGGCCUUUCUGAAUCUUGCCUUUGUAGAGGGAUCAACUUCUUUCAGGAAAAUCACGAACUUGUUGUCACUGCUUGGUUUCCUGAGAUACUGAGUUAAUCCAUGUUUGGCGUCAAAGAUUCCAACCUACACUCCUGACAUUUCAACCAAAACCAUGAAUUGUAGAGCCAUGUAAAUUUGGUUACUUUUUCUGCCUUGUUCUCAUUCUCAUUUUCUUUCGGUAGGUGAUCCAUGUACCAUAUCAUCUCAGAUGGAACUGGAAGAAGCAUUCCGUUUGUACUGUCAGCAUAGAGAUGAAGGGCUCAUUAUUCAUGGUAAAUGAUGGUGCUGCCUGAAACAAUCUGUUUAACUUUAAACAGCAAUUUUACAUACCUUUUUGUAUGGUAUCCUCUUAGCAGUCAGUUUUACUAUUUGAAGCUUUCGACAAAAAGUCUGGCUGUGCUCUUCUUUUCUGUCUCCUUUUGGAAAGAUUAUGUAAUGCAAGUUUUGCUGCUUAAAUCUUUCUAGUCCUGGAUCUGAUCCUAUCCCCUCACAGCAUCUUUCUAUUCCCAUAUAUGAUCUUAUCUCUCACCACUCUCCAAGCAUGUACAUGUCUUUCUGUACAAAAUUUUUAAAAAAUCCAAUAUGUGCAUGUAAUGCUCUCCAUCUUGAACUGUCUAAACAUAGCUGGUAUAGCUGUAAGAUCUGUUUCGUUGGACGCUUAGCAUUGGGUCCAGCAGAUAUAUUUGAUUUGAUUAUUUGAUUAUUUAAUUUCCAUACUGCUUAAUAUAUUAAAAUAUAUCUCAGUGGUGUAUAAAAAACUAUGAAAUUCAUAUGAAUUGGCCCCAAUAUCCCCAGUUGCCUGUGUCUGCCAGCCUUGAUGUUGUUUUGAUGUGCAAGCUCAUCAGUCUCAUGUUUCAGUUUUCCCCUCUUCUACAUUUGUACUUCUUUAUUUUAAAGUAUUCCUCAAAAAGCACUCUCUUUAUCUAGUACUCUUCAUCCUAUAAAUCACUUCUUAGCACCUAUUGCUUCUGCAAACAUUUCCUAAGUCACCACAGUCCUUUUUUUUUGUUUUUUGCCUUCUGUUCUGACUGGAUCAUCAUCUGUGCCAUUUGAAACCCUGUUGUCUGCAGCUUUGUCCUAAACCAUAUAUUUUUAAGACACUGCCCUGCCUUUGUAUUCUUCAGUUGUGGAAGUAAUAUAUGAUUAUUGUUUUUGGAUAAAACAGUGAAUGGAUAAAAAUGUAAUUCAUUAAGACAUAAUAUAUACUUUAUGUUUUAUUGCAGUUUUCCCCAGUGUUCCAGAAAAGCCAGGCAUGCCAUGUCCAGGAGAAGACCGUAAGUACUUGAAUGUGGUGGUCCAUUCUUCUGUGUGUGUUUGCAUUACAGUAUAAAAUACUGUAUAAAAUACAGUAUAAAAUAUUGAAGACAGGAGUGCCUGGCGUGCUCUGGUCCAUGGGGUCACGAUGAGUCGGACACGACUAAACGACUAAGCAACAACAACAUAAAAUACCAUCUUAACAUUAAAAAUAUUUUUGUUAUGAAAAGCAUGUUUGUGUCCUUCAGAAUGCUUGUGAUGUACUGUGAAGUGUGUUUGGAGGUAUUUAAUUUAUUUCACUCAUUAUCACAUUAAUAAGUGGUAAUACUUUCAGCAUAGGUGAAAAGGAUAAAUUUAUUGCCUGUUACAUAAAAUUGUUUAGUAGUUGAGCAGCAUUUAAGCUGAUAGUUCUUUAUGCACUAAUCCUUCUACUUCUAAAGUUGUGAAAGUAUUAGAACAGUAUUUUAUGAGAAGAAGUUGGGCCAGAGUUUCAGAUAUAUGCAUUAAUGCAAGGCCCUUGGGUACCUUACUUUUCCAAGUGUGGGUGGUCUUAUGCAAAUAGAUGCUGAAAGUGUCAGAAAGUGUCAGUUAAGGCUAGUGAGGUCAGUAUAGUAUUAGUCUUGUGGUGCAGAAAUACUGCAGUUUCUUGGAUCCAGACUAAAUUAGUUGCAUUUCAUUCCCACUGAAAUCAGUGGGACUUAAAGCCUGUUCAACUUGUCUCAUGGAUUUCAGUAAAACCUUAGUUUCACGAACUGGAUCCAACCAACUUUAUCAAACUAUAGUCAACUCAUGGAAACAGUUGCAACUAAUUUGUGUAAACUACAGAAGACACUACUGAAGAUAAUGUUAAAUGUUCAUAUUUCGGGGUGUCUGAAUGUCACAUUGUUGCAUGAUAUCUAUAUUUUAAAGUACAAAAAAAAUUGCACAUAGCAUCUCAAAGUUUGUAAACAUUUAGUCUACAUGCAAAUAAGCACAUGACUAAUUCCUUGAGCCUGAGGGAGAUUAGGACUUGUGCUUCUAAAAAGAGCAGACCCUGUUGCUAAAUGACAUCAGUAGAAAUUUGUAAAACAUUUGUGAUACAGCAUUGUUCAGGAGGGCCUGCUGUUCAGGAGUGGGUGGUAGUUUUUAAAAACCUUAAGCUACUUUAGGCGUUUACCCAUAAAAACAAAAACAAAAUGGCACAAUUAGAGGCCAUCUGCAAGCCACAAUUUGAGGCAGAGCUAUAUAUUUUAUUGAACCAACCACUGUGUAACUGAAGUCUUCCUUGGCAGGUAAAAUAAGCCAUGUCUGUAAGAUCCCAGGAUAUUAUCUGAAGGUACAUGAGACCACCACUUUGCGGAAGCUAAGCAGGUCUGGUCAGUACCAUGGAACCAAAUGCACACUGUCUUGGGUUCCAUGGUGGAAGAAAGAUGGGAUAUAAAAUGUCUGGGGUAUAUAAUGUCAGGAAAUAUGUCAGUUUUUGUAUUCAGAAGUCUGGAUAUCCCUUUAUUCAUUCAUCUGCUGAUGUUGGUUCAAUAAAAUAUAUCUCCUUAACAUUUUUUAUUAGUCUGCCUGCCCACGUGUUUGUGUUAGUAAACUGGACUAAAAGGGGUAUUUGUGUGUGGAGCUCAACUUCUAUGAAGCUUCCCUCCCUCCUCCUGGAGGUUAUUCCUGCCACAAGAUAUGUUUAUAACCCUCUUCUGUGGGAUCGACAUUAAUAAUAACGUAGAAUUUUGGAAAGCAAGCAAUUAGUCCUAGAUCUACUGUUGCUAUAACAGAGCAGUUUUUAUGGACCAUCUAACAAAAUUAAAACCUACAGGUACCUUAUGUGCCCAGGUCCUUAGGCAUGCCUAAAGCAGCAUUUGAACAGCAGAACCCCUAAUUCCCUUGAGUUUCAAAAGCAGACUACAGCUUAUGUGUGAGGGGAGGGCUGCCGUUCAAGCAUUACAUAUUCAGAGCCCCUUAUAGGUAUACAGAAGUAGUUGUGCUGUUCCUGCUCUGUAGUGAAUCAAAGCUAGAAAGGAAAGAAUCACAUACAAGUUUGGGGUAUUGAAAGAAUCACAUCCUGGAAUUUACUUGAAUAAAUUCUAGUUGUCUCUUAUAAACUGAGAACAAGGAAGAUUUAUUCCCUGCUAUUUAGUUACAGGAAAAUCUCCAAAGCAUCGUGGCAAGAUUGCUCAGUUUUCAAUGACCUUAAUAGAAUGAAACUAGAAAUUGGUGUCAGAGAAAUGCUUGGUGAUCCGAUUCAAUCUGUGUCCUCACUGACCAUUGUUAUUAUGCAUUCCGCUUGAUGAGGGUAGACCUAGGAUCGAUUCACACAGCCCUUUUAGCAUGUCAGCAUGCAACUUGAUGGUGCUCAUUUCUGGUAAGACUAUUUCAACAUAUAAUAAAAAGUAGAUUAUCAGUCCUUGAAUUUGCCCUCCGAAAUAAGAGGCUGCUAGUUCACUUAGUAAAAUCCAAUUUCCUUUUUGCUUAUAGGUAGUCAGCGUUUGAGUAGAAAACUGGAGGCUGCGGAUGACAAUGUUACUGAGAUAGGGUUGGCAUGCUUUUAAACAUUGAGGGUCAUGCUAAUAUAUCCUGAGAUAGAAAAUUGCAGUGAAUUUGGGUACAAACCAAGAUCUUAAUAGUCCGUAUAUUGUACUAAAAUGCCCCAGACUUUCCAUUCAGCCUUUGUUUAAAUACCCUUUAUGCAUGGCACACCUUAUGAAGUCUUAGGAUAACAAAUAAACUGGAGUUCGGAUAGCCAGGGAAACAGAACUAUGUCCUUGCAGUGCAGAUGGUGUACUGUGAGUUUUCAUAGUAGUAAUGCCUGGAAACCUAUGACCACUUAGCUCAGAAAUAAAUGAAAUCUCUCUGGGGCUUCUUUACAGGUCCCAGUCUCUUCCAGCUAUGGUAAAUGAAAUAGUACUAGCUGUUGAAAACAAACACAUUUCUGCAUAUAUUAAUGAUUACGAAAUGUGGCUUUUAAAAAGGCCCCUAGACCAAAGUUUGGAUAUAGCCCUUCGAUUCCCUCAUUGAAUAACUAUUCAAAUGGGUGCUUUUAUUAGGGCAGCAGGUACUUUUGUGUACAUUGUUAUGUGAGGCUGUUGUCUGAAAAGCGGCUUAUAAAUACUCUGAAUAAAUGAAUAAUAAAGUCAGUUAGCUUAGUACUCUUAGAGGUCUUGAUUUGACAGGCACAUUUAUAAAUUAUGGAUCUGUAUAGACUCGGUUGACCUAGUUCUUCACUGGUAUGUAGAAUGCUCACGCUACUGCUGUGUUAGUGGUCAGGUUGAAUCACACUUGAAUUGUUUGAAAAGCCUAGUAGGAUGCAGUUGGUGAGUGACUUCUUAGGAUUUGUGUUGAGAAGGCAGAUAUUAUCUGUAUUCUAUAGGUAUGGAACCUUACUGGAAACAUGGUGCUGAGAGAGCUGCCUGUAUUACUAAGCAUUAAAGAUGGUUACCAACCAAUAAAUGGUAUUGGCUAGGAUUAAUUAUUAACUGUUCAAACAACUGUGGCCUGUACUGCACACUUGGACUAUGCUCAAGUGUGAGCAAUGCUUGUAUAUAAAUUAUCUGGUUUCAGUCAACGUCAUUAGCAGCAUUUUAAGUGUCUUUAUACAGUCAACUGUAAAAUAAAGUUUUAUAUGAGAGAUAAUAUAGUAAGAAUCUGCUAUAUUUAUAUUGAUAAAUUUCUCAAUGUAAAUAAAGUUGAAACUUUAAAAAUCUUUUAUAAACAUUGGUUUAAUUGAUUUUAAAAUUCUCACUCAUUCUUCUGUCUGGUGUUUAUAGUGAGCCAUAUUUCUAUGCUGGAAAACUAUUUUCAGGGAUAAGUGAGAAAUUUUAAUUCUUUGUUCACUCAAAAUAUGCUGCCACUUAAAUUAGCAAUCUGUUUGUGCAGACUAAUUUUCUACAAUUGUACAAAAAUAUGGACUUUCUGGAAUGAGUUGAAUAGAGAGCAGUUGGACAAAUUGUCCCUCCCCUCUGCCUUACAACUCCACAUAUUUUAUAUUAGGUUAUUAAAAAAUAGGCAUUUUAUCAUGAUUUGUGAGCAGUACCCUGAUUUCUGGCCUUAUUUUUUGAGUGUGAGCCUGCAUGUUUACAUUUUUUGUUGCCACGAACUUUGGUAUACAUAAAAGCAGUAGUUGUUUCCUUAAAUGCUUUUCAUUUACUCUGAUUUUUAGAGUAAACAUUAGUGAUGGCUUUUUGCUUUGGUUCUGUUUGAAAAUAAGAUGUGAUAACUAUAUUUUCCUACUAGCAAAGCUUUGUAUACUAUUAAUUCAACAGGGCUAUUUCGCAUCUGUUUCAAGCAGCCGUUCUAAAUUGUGUUCCUGAAACAUAUUGAACUAUAUUUUGUUCAGAAGCUUAAAUAAUUAUUUCAGGCUUAUUUUAUUUAAUAAUGUAAUCGGCCUUUCCUCCUACUCUUAUGAGAAUCCCAUCUGCAAACCACAACAGUCUGAUAUAAAAUAGGAUUUCACCAUUGUUCAGUCUCUGAACUCGUAGUGACCCUGUUUGUGUUCCCACCCCUUCACUUCCUUGUCUGAAUUAUCACGUGUGUGUAAAUGCUAUCUUUAUUCCUUAAUCAAAGGUCCUGGGUGUGACAACAACAAUUUCCUUAAUCAGGAUUGAUACAUAUGCAGAUCAAGUUGGAAUUCUGAUCUGUGGGGUAAGGUUGUAGAGUACUGGAGCUCCUUAAUGCAGGUUCAUGUGUGCUAAUUGAUUCAUGGAUGUAAAAUGAAAUGAUCUCUCUUGGAUGUCAAAUGUUACCCACUUGCCUUCGGGCCUUGGAUGCAUUUAUCCGGGCUAAGUAUUUAGGAAAUAGUUAAAACCACAUUAUGAAAGGUGGUUGAGGCACUCUGUAGGAAAAAGCAAGUGAGGCCUUAUCUACUACUUUAUUGCCAAGAAACUGGCUCUGGGCUCUGUGGUGUUGGAGGAGUAACUGUGCAGCUUGAUGUGGCUGCAGUAUCAUUUAUUAAAAAACAAACUGUGGCUGGCAACUUUGAGUUUUGAAUUGGCUUUCGGCUUCUGAUUCCUUGCCUAUGGAGAGCCAUAACAAUACCUCUGUUGUAGCUGCUUGCUGUGGCCUCGUGAAUGUAUAUUUAUUAGCAAAGUCUCUGUCCAUAAUAUUACAGGAAUAUUUGUUCUUUCUGUCAUCGGCUCCUUGACAUCCAUGCCAUGUUUUAGUUUGUGCCUCAGCUGCUAGCUACAGCCUCCCAAGGGAGCCAGUACCACCCGUGCCUGGAUACAUGAGGCAGAGAUGUGAAAGAGAGAGAACAGGAUAACCAGGCUUCCAUUAAAUAUUUGUUCUUAAUGUUCAGGCUGAUUCUGCCUGUCGUCCUUUCUGGGUGUCUAGUCCUAUUCACACAGCAGCAUCAGUGAAAUAAGGGCAAGGGGAAAUCUCAUUGCAUGCCUACUGCAUUGUAAAGCAUAAAGAAUUACAUGCUGAGGAAGCAAAAGAAUAAAACCCAGUGAGUAAUGCAUUUCUUUUCUGUAGAUUUUAUGUGCCUUUACUGUGAUUGUUGUGAACCGAAGCCAUUGAUGCAGUAUGUCUGUGCAUGUGGUGCAAUAGAUAAUAGAAGUCAGCAUUUUGCUUAUCUAGCUGCCUUAGCCUACAGUCCUCCUCUGCAACCACAAUUGCUACAAACACAGAUUUCGCCGCUGCCUCUUGCGUGCACUGGGAUGUGGCUGAAAGAGCUCUGAGACAUAGUGGGGGGGGGGGAUUUGCCCUGAAAAGACGUGUUCUUGCCAGGUGACGGAUUUUGGGGGGGGGGGGGGCACAGAGACCAGACAGAGGAGUAUGCAGAGUGAGUGAUGCUGCUGCUAAGAGAGAUUAAUGAAGGAAAUGUAUCCCAAAAAACCUGACGGUAUGUGAGUUGGGGCCUGUUUAUUUGAGAGUAUUGUUUUCUUUAUUUCACAGAUUUGUUUAGUGUUUGGUUUAAUUGGUUACAUUUGAAAAAAAGCUUAAAAUGAAUUAGUGUAUUCUGUCGUCAUGCUGAGAAGUCGAAUGGUACUGCAUUGCUACAUCAGACUAAAUCAAUAUGUUUAAUGGUCAAAUUGUAUUUUGUGCAGUAGCUGAUGUUAACGUAUGCUAGAGCUUUAUUUGAUAUUUUUUAACAGAGGACUGGAAGGGAAGAAUCAUUUUGCUCUUGUUUACUGUAUAGCAGCCCCCCCUCCUCUCUAAUGUCCUUUUCAAGUCAUUGAGCCACAGAAUCUGAUCAAGGAAUCUAAUCAUAUUUAUUCACAGGAGUCUUCAGCCAUAAAAAGACUAUCUUCUUUUGCCAGGUAUAUAUUUUAUAUUUGGUACUGGUAUUUGUAUAUUGGAGCCGGUUGUUGUUCCUUAUGAUCCAUUUGCCAUAUAUUGUUGUUGAAAAUUAAAUUCUAGGUCUUAAAUGGUUUUCUGGUGUUUAAUCAGCAUGUUCCCUUGGGAAUUUUUGUUCUAUCUGUGCAACAUAUUGUAAGGACGUAGUACAUGGUAUCUCAAAUGGAAGGAAAUAACGGCUUGUGGCCUGUAAAUAUUGUGCAACUCAUACGGGCAGGUUUUCCCUUUAUUUGUUGCUGUAUUAGCAGCAGUGAUUAGGUUAUUCAGAGCACGUGAGCAAGACCCAUCCCCCAGUGAAGAAAAGAGUGACUGCGACUAUAGAGGCAACUCUGAAGACAUAGCUUUGCUUGCAGAGAGCAUUUCUUUUGUACUGCAACUACAGUACUAAGAAAUGAGGUUUAUUGGCUAGACAGAUUGUGUGUGUGGGAGUAGUACAACCGUUUUUGUAAAAAGUAAACAGUUACGUAGGUAUUAGCUGUACCACUAUUUAUCAGCAGUGCUGAAAUCCCUGAUCUGCCCCUUUUAGUGUGCUUGUGCUUGUGUGUGUGUCUCCAUCCCAACCCCCAAAGUUCAUACAUGUUUUUUAUCUCUGAAAAAUAAAUGGGGAAUGGCUGUCAUAUGUCAGAUUUGUUUGUUUGAAACAAGUUACAUGACUUCUUCCUCUUUAAUUGCAGCAAUACUUUUCUCUCUUUUCUUCGUUAAAUCUGAAAUGACCAUAGCAUAAUAGCUGGGAUUCAAAGAAUCACACAACUAUUCUUUAUGUGCUCAUGGUGGCAUUUGGCUUCUGUUUCUCAAGUGGCAGCCCUUCCUGUCACGUGGCAAUCUACUUUUAAAAUCUGAGGGCUUUCAAAAGCAGAGUGUUAUCUUACAUAUGGACCUGCUACUUCGGUCAUACCUGUGUUUGCCCUUGACUGCAUCUGAAGUACCUCUUUAGACAUUGGUCUGUGUAUGGAAACCUCUUUAAAGGGGUACUAUUGGUUUGACUUUAGAAAGCACAUGACCUGAUUUUUACAUUUCUAGUGCCAUAGGAUUGUAUCAAACUACUAUAAGUUUUACUCACAGUAGACUCAUUGAAACUAAUAGACCUUAGUCACAUCCAUUAAUUUCAGUGGACUAGGAUUAUCAUUGGCUGCAACCCAGUACUGUCACACACUUUAAAAUGUAUUGGCUUGCAUAUAGUGGAAGUUUAAUUUUAGGAUGUCUAGUGCGUGGCUUUUGUUGUAUGUUAUACUACAUAAAAUUAAAUGGCAAAGCUGGCGUAUUUUCUUACACACAUCUUAGCUCUGCCUUGUAAUAAAUUGCUCUGUCUUCUAGGGCCAGUGUCAAGGUAAUUUUAUUCAAUCCUUUACUAUCAUCCCUUAGUUAGUAAUAGUUAGUUUCAAAACCUGGUUAGAGAGAAUCCUUGUUAGAGCUAGUCUUGGUUCAUGGCUAAUAUUGGAGUUGACCUAAUCCUUAAACAAUAGUUAAGGCCACGGGGAGAGGCAGUUUGUAUGUGAGGUAUGUGUGCACUGUGCAAUCCUGUAACCUAUAGUCAUAGUUAAGAGAUUGUGAGUGUUAUAUCUGCACUAGCACCUUGUGCUAUCACCUAGGCUUCAUAAUGCAAUGUUCUUCUUAAACCUGUACAGCUAUCUCAAGCUCAAGCCUUGAUUUUUAAUAUAUGAACUUUUGACAGACCUGUUAAUAAAUUGCUUGACUGCUUGUUGGCUCAGAUGUGCAAUUGUGCUGAACUUGUUAAAUAAUCAUUUUUCUUUCAGGGGUAAUAGAGUCAUGAGCAGUGUGCUCUGGUAAUGAGAAUCUCAAGGAUAUCUAUCAUAGUUCUUAAAAGGUGAAAGGUCAUACCUAACUGCCCACAACUCUUAAUUCAGCAAUCACAGCUUUGUAAUAGAAAGUUCAGAAGAGGCAGAAUCUACAAAUCAGUGACUGUAUCUGCCUUUGAUGCCAAACCCAAGGUUGUGAUCCUGUGGUUGCUGGAUUACAAUGUCCACCAUCCCUGACUAUUGGUCAUGCUGGCUGGGGCAGUAAUCUCAAGGUCACAGGUUCCCCACCCCUGCACUAAACUGUGGUUUACUGUGAUGUGCAUGAGCCACAGUAAUCAUCAGACUCACAUGCUCUCCCCUUCUGAAUAACCAAGAGAAGUCUGGAAGCUUUUGCUUUCUGAUUGCCAUGCCAUUCAGAAGUAGAAUUCUGGUUUACCUAUAAUUAGUUUCAACCAACUAGCUUUGCAUUUAAAAGUUGGUUUAUUUAAUAUUAAAAAUAGUAUUAACCACAGUUUGUUGCUCUAGUGACCCAGCAAGCAGCAGCUAAAGAGUGAAACUGAAAACUUCCCAACUUCCAGCUAGACAAAUCUGAAGCUUUCUUCAACCCUCUCCUGUUUUUCAUGUUGCACUAAACCAUGGUGUAAAUGCAGCCACUGACUCAGUUUGUAUGUAAUGCUAAGUCAAACUAUGGGUUAGUUUGAAUAAGCAAAUAUUCAGGUUCCUGAAGAGGAUAUUAUGGCUCAUUUUCUCUUCCCAAAUCAUUUUACCUCUGGGCAGAGUUAAGGUACAGCUUGUGAUUUAGCUCUCUCCAGACAAACCUUGAGUUGAAAUCAAAGUUUGUCCUACGAUUUAUAGUUUGUGGUUGUCUGGAACAGUUGUACCAUGAGCCCAGAUUCAGAUAACAUGCUAAGACAAACCAUGGUUUAAUUCAGUUCAGCAGCGAAAUGAUUGGAGAAAAGCAAAGUGCUGGUCCAUAUUUGCUCGUUGGUACUAAACCAUGCUUUGGAUGAGUGUCAGGUGCAAAUGAGGGUGUUGUCUUCAGAGCUGAUAAAAAGAUGUGAAAAUCAGUUUUCCAAAAGUUUAACUAGAAAAUGUGCAGCAUCUCCUAUUGUGGAAAAAUACCACAAAAACCAGUCUAUAGGCAUAUGUGUAAUUCAGAUAUAAUUGAUAAUGUUUAGAAACUUCAAAUGUUUGUAAUUUGAUGCAGUAAUAAAUACCAAGCAUGACCUAUUAUCAUUAAAAAUAAUAAUUAGAAAAAAGUUUGACCUCUCUCCAGGAACCCACUUGUUUGCACUAAGUCAUUGCUUGGCUUAUCAUUAUGUGCAAACUGAGCUGUAGCAAGGACUAGAACAGUAGUGUAACUUUUGUUCUCAAACCUGGACGCAGGUCUGAUUGAAAGUGAAUGACAUAAUUCUGCACAUCAAGCAAUAGUGGUCAAAUGUAUACAUGUAUUUUGCUGUUGCUAGGGCAACUACUAUUUACUUGUGUACUGGCCUCAAUAAUAAUUUGAGAAACUUCAAGUAAGGCACUUAAAGUUUUAUAGAAGUCUGCCAGCCCUCAACACCCAAUUGCCAUCCAGUUCUGUUAAGAAACAAAUAGUUUAUAAUCUUAUUUCUUCAUGGUUUGACAGACAGGAGAAUUGCAUUUUGAAUGUAAUAUAUAAAAUAUUGAACUUCUGAGAACUCAUGUAUAGUCAGAAUUGAUGUUCAGAAUUAUUUCUUGGUUGAAACCAACAGAUAAGUUGUGAAUUGAUUUAGUGUGAGGCUUUUCUUAAUUAUUAUCAAGUAGCUUUAGUAUCAAGGUUAUGCAGAGAUUUAAAUAAAAACGUAAGUAUUUAUAGAGUGCUUUACACAUACUAGUAUUAUGUGUGAAAUGUCAAAAACAGGUCCUCUUGUGGAGAAUUGGCUGCAUGUUACAUGCCGCUUGAAAUCACUUUGCAGAACAGAAAUUAAAGGAAACCAAAACAGCUGAUUUAAACUGUUGCAUUGUUUCCUAGAGUUGGACUAUAAAGGAAACAUCUGCAAUUGUUUGUUUAUAGUGACUUUCUGAAGCAAGUUGCUUUGCCCCUGGUUGAAAUGAUUGCUUUUUAAUGUGGAGAUGUCUAAAAUUUUCUCUUGUAGUGGAAAUUAAAUACUUACAUUAUGUCAGUUAGGUUUGUAAAUAGCCACCUGUGUGUUGAGUAAAAGUCACUUUAGGUGACCUGGCAUGGAAGUCUUGCACAAUGGGAAAAAGUUAAUUCUCUUUUCUUUCAGAAUCUAACAUAGAUAUCUGUUGACAGAUGGACUAAUAUAGAUUUCUGUUAGAUGAUAACAUUUGCAGAUUUAUUGCAAGGCUGCGUUAAGCACAGCAGCAUUUUUAAUUUCUGACUGUUAGACAAGCAAAGUGCUGCCAGCUGAAGCAAAAAUUACUUAAAUUUCAGACUCAUUUGAUACUCUUGUUAUGGCUUAAUGCUACCUGAAAGAGCCUUGAGCUUGUUCAUUCCUCUCUCCAGUGUAGCUAUGAAGAGAUUAAAAGUCUUUACUUCUGCUUUUAGCUAACCACACUUUGGCCUUAUGUCUGAGCCAGGACAAGCAGUGGUUAGCCUUAACUAUGGUGUACCCUUGUGGUAGGUAGUACUGUAUUCUCAAAUAAGUAUACAGAUGUGUGUUUUUUAGUACAGCAGACAGACACAACACUUGUUUUGGAGAGCAAAAGAAAGUAAUUCCUUUUGGACGUUAGUUUACUUUCUCUCUCACUGCCUUCAUGUCUGUGCUGUGUAACUAACCUCUCACCUUCCCCCCCCCCACCCCCAUUUUUUUCUCAUACUUCUCCCAAGUUAUGCAGAAACAAGCCAACUUCAAAUGUUGGUUAAUGAAGCUAGCUUGCUACAAUAAACCAUAGUUAACUUACGUUUAGUGUUACAUCUCAAUAUUAAACUGCAGUUCAUUGAAAACAGAAAUGAAAACUUCUGAUAUCCUCUACAAGAGGAGGGAGCAAAUGAGCCCAAGGCUCAUGCAUGUAACAUUGAAACAUGUCCAAACCAUUGUGUCUAAAUCCAGUCACAAUCUGGAAUAGUGUGUGGUAUGGCUUCAGCUGGCAUACAUUAUAGUAGCAUCUACUCAGGGUAGGUUUGGUAGGCCAUCCUGCUAUAAAAAUAUUAGUCAUGUUAGUGUACUCUGUGUCUGGAAAAGCCUCUCCUGGCCUUAAAGGUCUGCUAACCCUUAAAGCUAGUACAGUGGUACCUUGGGUUAAGAACUUAAUUCAUUCUGGAGGUCCACUCUUAACCUGAAACUGUUCUUAACCUGAGGUGCCACUUUAGUUAAUGGGGCCUCCCACUGCUGCUGCGCCGCCACCGCACGAUUUCUGUUCUCAUCCUGAAGCAAAGUUCUUAACCCAAGAUACUAUUUCUGGGUUAGCGGAGUCUGUAACCUGAAGUGUCUGUAACCAGAGGUACCACUGUACUGAGUCCCAACCUGCAGUUCUGAGCUGGUUGUGUGUUUGCUUCAUGAUCUCUGUCCAGGAUUGUAUCCCUUUAAGGCUAGGAGGAAGGUGGGAGGAGUUCACAGUUGCCUCUGUAGUGCAUGGUUGCCACUUGAGUUCUUGCCUAUGGCAAUUGAGCUUCCUGCAAGUGAGCAAGCAUGUCUCCAAUGGGAAGGCUUCCAUAAGACAUAGAUGGUUAUAGAGGGGUGAAAGGCAUUAAAGUGUGAGUUUCUGCAAGGCUGAAAGAUUAAUGGAACUGUGCAGCAUGUAUGCAAUUGGACUUUUACAAGCAAGCAUUUCUUUUAACAGGUUAUUAAAUGUGGGUCUUAAAGCUGUAUAUUAAAGAAGCAUCUGCUAGCUUUCCAUAGUUGAGUGUUUCAAUUAAUGAUGAUAGAUAUGGUAACCUGUAUAAUUUUUUCCCUUUAAAAAGGCCUAUUGGAUUGCGUUUACUUGUGUUCAAUCAACUAGGAAUUGAUCAGGCCAUAUAUCUCAAACCUAAUGUGGAGGGGAUGACAUAAGCUUGUUCUUGAUAACUGAGUAUGUGGAUAGAUACUAAAGGGCCCUGUGGGUGGGGCAGGACAUAGAACAUAUUAUUGGAAUAUGUAGUUUAUAACUAACAGUUUUAUCUGUUCUUAUAGUCAUGUAUUCUGUUGUUAGGAUCUGCCCUGGGACCUUAAGGUGAAGGAUGGGUACGAAAUCUAAAAAAAAUAAUAAUGAAAUUUAUUGCACUAUUAAGAUAGCAUUGGUUUGCUGUUUCUACUAUGUGUACUUAUGAAUAUAUGGAACAUUAGUAGUGGAGGCCAUUUGGCAGUCUAAAUAAUGGAAUAUAUGGUGUUUGAUUUGAAAUAAUAACAUGGGAAAUGUAAAAGGUUAUUCAGUCUAUAAAAGUGCAGGAAGAUAAGUCCUGUCCCCUGCCCCUUAUGUGUUUAAGGGAUGCACAUCCCUCUUUCUUUUCCCUAAUGAAUAUUUUGCUGUCUUCCAUUGCAUUCCUCAACAAAUCCACUAUGAUAUUUCCAAGUCUUCCUACUUGGUGUAUUCAGAUGAACACAAUGCCCUAUCCCUUAGCCAUAAUUACAGGAGUUUUAUGGGAUCCCAUGCUUCUUUUCUUGGCAUUCAUCACAGCUAAGGGUAUGUCAGCAUUAAUGCUAGUCAUGGUUGACACAUAGAAAGAAUCAAGCUUUUUGUCCCUCCAUUAUAUACACUGACUGACAGUGGCUCUCCAGGAUUUGAGACAAGGAUCCUUUCUUUCCCUACCUGGAGAUGUUGGGAAUUGAAUCUGGGACCUUCUGCGUACAAAACAAAUGUUCUCCAUUGAGUUGUGUCACUGAGCUUACCAAGGCUUGCUGCUAAUCAUGGUAUGAAGCUAGUUAUCACUCUUGGUUAAAAAAAACCCCCAGAUUAAUGUUAACUAUGGUUAUAAUCUGUGACAACAUAAGCCUUACUCAGUGUUAAAGCCAGUGGGGAAAGGGUCAGCUUGCUUUAGAUAAGGGAGGCCCACUGUCCAUCCCUAAACCUUGAAUAAGAGGAGAAUAGUGUUAUAUCUGCAUCAGUUCUGUGAUACUCACAGGACAAUUGCAUGUAUCAAGUGAAGACCUUAAAAUUUUCUGCUGCUGCUGCAGAAUCCAGGGUUUAUUCCAUGAAGUGUUGUUGUGGAGCUCAGAUUUGGUUGAUAGUGCUUUCUUUAACUAAGUGCUAACUCAUAUGUUACACUGCAGAAGUGUUUGCUCUUUGUGUGCUGUGUUUUCAUAGGAUGAAUGUUGCAAAAUGCAGAAGUGCAAGUGAAUGCAUAGCCAUGGAUGACUUGUAUGUGCCCACUGUGUUUUUAUAUACAUGCCUUUCCUUCACACUUUGCAGCAUUCACUAUCGCAAGCAGUAUUGUAUGUGCAGUAAAUGCAUCUGUUGCAUGAAGCUUGAAUCAGACUUCAUUCCCAUUUCUGUUCUGUAGUGAGAGAAUUUAUUAGCUCUGCUAAUUUUUUUAUCUGCUGUUAUAACAGCUCUUGUUUGCUUUGUGGUUUCUAUCAGUGUUGCUGUUGAUUAUUAUUUGAGAUGAUAUGGGCUGGUUCAGUACCAUGUGUGAUACAAUUCUCUUGUUGGGAGUUAUUGGAGAGAAGCUGUCUUAUUCCCCUCUGCUCUGAUACAUAGCUGAGUGUGUAAUAAAUAUAUGUGGGUUAUAAUAUUGUUAAUUGUGACAGGAUUGGAUAUGAUUGCUUGGAUGGUUGAGGUAUUGUAUGAAGUGGUAAAUGAUUAGAUGGUUGUGUAAAUGGGUGGUGAGAGUGACAUUGUAUGGUGAGGGUGACAUUGUAUGGGGAAGGCCAUAGAUCAGUGAUAGAGCAUCCGCUUUGCACGCAAAAGAUCCUAAAUUCAGUCCCUAACACCUCCAUAUAGGACCGGGAGAGGGCCACUCCCCAGCUGAUACCCCAGAGAGUUGCUGCUAGUCAGUGUGAACAGUAUUGAACUAGAUGGGACUAUGGUCUGACUCAGUAUAAGGCAGCUUCUUAUGUUGCUUUGUGAAGUUGCUAUAGUGUAUUUUAUAUAGGUUGGGAGUUUGUAACAUUUUGCCUGGUAACUUACUCAAUAUGUAAGUCAAUACAGUGGUACCUCGGGUUAAGAACUUAAUUCGUUCCGGAGGUCCGUUUCUAACCUGAAACUGUUCUUAACCUGAAGCACCACUUUAGCUAAUGGGGCCUCCUGCUGCUGCUGUGCCGCUGGAGCACAAUUUCUGUUCUCAUCCUGAAGCAAAGUUCUUAACCUGAAGCACUAUUUCUGGGUUAGCGGAGUCUGUAACCUGAAGCGUAUUUAACCUGAAGUGUAUGUAAUCCGAGGUACCACUGUAUUGUACAUUUAUGUGGGUUGGAUUUUUCUUAAUGUAAAUCAUCUACAAUAAAUCUAUAAUUAAAAAAAUGGUAUAUUUUGAUGUUCCUUAUUGUAAGCAGCUUUGAGAUCUGUGGAUAGUAAGUGGGCUAUCAAAAAAUAAAAUAAAAGCACUAGUCCUGAGAUGCUCUGCAGGGAGGAGAAAAGGAGAGCAGGUGCAUUGGAAGUCUGAAGCACCUGCAGAGAGAUACAGGCAAUGACCGAUUUAGGCGUAUCCGAAUGACAUGUGAUUGUGCACAUGGACACAGUGCCGAAGGAGCUCCAAAACAUCAUAAAGAUGUCACAGAAAGGGGCAAAACAAGAUGGGAUGGGGACAGAGCGGGUUUAUGCAUACUCCUCUGAUGCGUGUGGGAGUCCGGAAUGGAACCCCCAUGCAAACCAAGGAUUGCCUGUACCAAAUUCUCUCACAUUCUACUGCGAAAAUGUGUCUAGAGUGGAAGCAAUUCCUGACAGGAAUCUUCCUAAUACAGUCUUAUUAAUGAAGAGGCAACAGAAGUCUCUUCAUACAUAAUGCCAAACUGUGGUUUGGUGGUGCAGGAUCAAGCCCUAAAUGAACAAAUUGCACUUAGGUGCCUCCUGGUUUGUGGCAAAUCAUCGUCUGCAGUUAUUUCUGAAGGCAAAAUUUGUUUGGUGCUGUGCAGUGGCAGAGCUUCAUGCUCCGGCACCAGGGGGCGGAGAGCAGGCGGGGGUGGGGCUGGCACGUGUCCUGGGGGCGUGGCGCACCACCCGUAGGGUGAGCUAAAGUGCUGAUUAAUUGCAUCUUGUGUUUAACCCAUCUAUAAGGUGGUAGACUAUAAACAAACCCAUGCGUUAAAAAACUGGGCUAACCAUACCAAUAAAUAGGCUUUAUUAAUGAAUAUGAAGGUCUUUAUUCUACUGUAAGAACAAAAUGAUGGGAAGCUUGGAGGACCAUAGUGGGGAUUAUUGGCUAACAAAACUAGAUGUGACUUUAUUAAGAGCAUGUCCUUAAUUACCUGCAACUCUGGAAUAUAUAAUGCUGUUUUAUUAGAUAAUAAACCAUUACCUCCAAAGUGUACCUCUCUGUACACUUUGUACAUCAUCAUCUCUUUAGAAGCAGCGGUGAGGUACUCUGGAUCUCUUAUUCUCUGUCAGCAAAUUUAGUUGCCUCUUGAGAAUCUGAGGGGUAGGGGUUAUUAAUGUGAUAAUCUGGUAGGAGAAAGCACUUUGAUCUAGCUCAGAUAGAUGGAUUAGACCUGCUGACAUUUUCAGCUGGACACGCCCCCCUGUUGCUUACCUGACACGAGACAUUUAAAUCUGCAACUGCCAAAGAACACUUUGAAGCCUUAUUUUCAGGUGGGAUCAGAUCUACCUGAUGUCAUAUGACUUCAGAUGAUUGACACCUACUUAUCAAAUGUGGCCCACAGAGGGUUGGCCACUUUUUCAUUUGGCUUGCCCAAUUAAAGUGCUCCCCACCCCAACAGCUUUAAGCAAAGUGCAUGUGAUGAUAUUAGAGUGUUGCCUAUCCAAUGUAUAUUUAUCAUGGAUUUCUUUUCUGUUUCCUCAUGUCUGACAAAUGAUACUGGACAUACAAAUGCUAGAGGGGCUGCAUCUGCAGAGAUCAGACCAAGCGACUUCCAUAAGAAUGUGAUAACUAAGGAAAUGCUUUAUAAGUUUGAUGAAGUGUGAUUGUUUUGAAAUGUAGAUACAAAAUGGGCUGUAAAACUUAAUGAAAUCAUUUUGCCCCGUUUUCAAGAAAGAUUGCUGUUCUAGUAUUCUGUAGGAUUAUGCAAGGGUAGAAAGAAUAUUUAAGGAUAAAAUAUUGCUUACAGGCCUUCAUGAAUCUGUUGAACUUGAACCUCAGUUUUUUUGAAAACCCUCUUGAAAGAAUUUCUUCUGCUGGCAACUAUAAAUACUUUCUUGGAAUAUCUAAGCUCCUGAAGUGAAAGAAUUGUUCAAGUCUUCUGUUUUUAAUUGAAUGUCAAUCACCCUAAGCUAUUUUGAGCAGAUUUAUUACUCUAAUGUCACCCAAAUGAAGGGUUCUUCACUGCAUUCUAAUUUCGUUUUUAAAAAAAUAUUGUACCUUGAUACAAUUUUAGAGUUCUCUGAUAAAGGUUUGUGUGUUCCGGAAAAUGUCUACUUGGUGUGCUUGAGUUGUGCUUUUCCUGAAUAAUUAUCAUUUAUACUUGAGCUGGCCAACUUUUGUAUUCUUGAAGUGAUACUCUGUUCUCGACUUAAGUGCUCAGGCUGCAAAGUUAGUUGGGUUCUCUUUUUACUAGACAGUUUCACUCCUUGAUGGACGGUUGGAUUCUGUAUGGAUAGCUCAGUCAGUAAGCUCGUGACUCUUAAUUGUCUGGUUGUGAGCCCCAUGUUGGGCAAAAGAUUUCUGCAUUGCAGAAGGUUGAACUAGAUGGCCCUCAUGGUCCCUUCCAACUCUACAGUUCUAUGAUAAGUCGGUGAAAGGCCAGGAAUAUGUAUGCAAAAGCCAAAGAGAUAUUUCAUUUAGUUAGAGAAUAUUUCAAUAUCUUGAAACAAUUGAAUGUGACUGCAGAUAAAAAAAUAAUUGUGAUGUUAAUGGCAUAGAGAAUUUGUUUCAAAGUCCAUAUCCAGCCCACACAGCUAAAUGCCUAUAUGCAGCGCAAUAAGUCAACAUUUGUUGUCUUUCUUAUUGACAGCAGUAACUGUAUCCUGCUGAAGUUACUACACUUUAAAGGUAAAGGUAAAGGUACCGCUGCCCGUACGGGCCAGUCUUGACAGACUCUAGGGUUGUGCGCUCAUCUCACUCUAUAGGCCGGGAGCCAGCGCUGUCCACAGACACUUCCGGGUCACGUGGCCAGCGUGACAAGCUGCAUCUGGCGAGCCAGCGCAGCACACGGAACGCCGUUUACCUUCCCGCUGGUAAGCGGUCCCUAUUUAUCUACUUGCACCCGGGGUGCUUUCGAACUGCUAGGUUGGCAGGCGCUGGGACCGAACGACGGGAGCGCACCCCGCCGCGGGGAUUCGAACCGCCGACCAUGCGAUCGGCAAGUCCUAGGCGCUGAGGUUUUACCCACAGCGCCACCCGCGUCCCUUACUUACUACACUUUACAAUACCAUAAAUACUAGGUAAGAGAUAUGGACGAGAUUACGCAACCAUGUUUGUAUAACUAUACUCUAGUGUGUCUUCAUUUCUGAAUUAAAUAUAGUUGGCAUAUGCUAUGAUCCAGAGUGGAUGGGUAUUUAACAGGGUUCAGGCUCAAUUGCUUCAGUGGAGUAACCCAUGGAUGCUUGUGGAAUCAUUGAUUCACCUGAGCCUUCAAGUAUUUGCUGCAGCUGUUUGCUGUUGUGCAGAAUAUUGACUUUGAAGACUGGAAGCUACAGUUGGUUGAAAAUACAGGCAGCAACCAUUUUGCCCAGGGGUUCUGUUCUGACUUGCUCCCUGUUCUUUCCUCUUCCAGGUCCAAAAGGACCUGCAUGUCAGCAAUUGCGUGCCAUUUGGACAUGCCUAAAAUGGGCGGCACCUUAUAACAGCUAGGCUACUAGCUGGAAUUGAUAAUUUGAAAGAUAUUUCACCAGUGCUUCAUAGGCUAACUCACUUGGCACCAAUGUUAAUAUAUCUUUGUAAGGUAAAGAUCUUAUGAUUCUUAUGAUUUUCCAAAGCCUUUGAACUUGGUGACCAAUUUCUAUGUGGCAAUAUUUAUUGUACUGUUCUGUUGACAUUACAUUAUAUCUUUCUUUUAAAAAAGUGAAACACUGUGAAAAUGUUUAUUGAAGAGCUGUAAACAAAUUCAUUAAGUAAUUCAGUGUUGUUGUUUUUUCUUGAUUUGUUAUAGAGGUUUUAGCAUAGCAUGAAACAGCAUUCCUGGAUAUUGAAAACAAUUUCAAGAUCAAAACACAGUUAAAAAAUGCCUACAUUGUUUCUUUGCCUCCCACGUGUUUGCACUUCCAUGUAAGAAACAACAACAGUACAGGCUAUAGGGCUAUGCUACACCUUGAUCGCCCAAGAAACAGAAAAUGGUUCCUAAUCUCUUAGGUGCAUGACACAAAUUUGCUGAGCCUCUCUAUGUGCCACAAAUGCUUUCCUCCAGUCACAAAGAUAAUUUUAAUUUUGCCCUAAAAUGCUACCUGAAGGCUCCAACUACUGUAAAUGUGUUUUGCUGCUGAGAAUUCCAUAAAUUGAUUCUGAUAGGUACUGUUGCAUUAAGUAUAUGGGAUGUUCUCUUGGUGGUUGUUUUUUUUUAAAAAAAAAAUCUUUUGGGAAGGGGCCUGUUUUAACUCAUUUUUACAGCGUAGUAUUUUAUUUUAUUUUUGUUUUCAGCAAGUGUGAGCAGAUUUUCAGUUCUUGCACUAUAGUAUCGCCCAAGGUGUGGGAGAGUGCAUCUGCCAUGUAAAAUGCUGGUGUCAAUCUGAUCUUGGGUUUGACUACACUUCCAACUUAUAAAACCUGACAUGCCAUGCCCAGUCUUCCUGAUUACCUUCUUGUAUGUUAGUCUGCUUUUUUAACAUCAGCAAAUGUGAUCCUUUCUCACGCUUACAGAUUAAAAGAGGCAAUUCAGCUUGAGCAAUGUGUCAUGGCUGAGAACAGGCAACACUGAAAUGCCAUGGUUGCAUGGUACAAGAACUCUAGGCUGCAUCAACAGAAGUAGAGUGUCCAGAUCAAUGGAAAAAGUAUAUGCACUUCAACACCCAACUAUGCAUGUUUAGCAAUGCAGGACUAGAGUAGUCUAAGCCAAAUUUCUACAGUGCAUUGCAAUAAUGAAACCAUCUACCCAAUGUGAUAUGGAGUUCCAGCCUGGUUCCUCUUUCCCUCCUCAACCCAGAGGCAAGGCAAAGAGAGAGCUUAAUUGGCCUCAGUUACAGUGAAAUUCAAUUAGCUAUGUAGAGCUGUGAUGUCAUCAAAUUUACAGAUGACACCAGACUGGGAGGUGUAGCCCGUACCACCAAAGAUAGAAUCUGGAUUCAAGAUGACCAUAACAGAUUGGGGGACUGGGCCAAACCUUAGCAAAAUGAAUUUCAAUAAGGACAAAUGUUAGGUUCUACAUGUAGGCAGGAAGAACAAGCUACACAAAUAUAAGAUGGGGAAUACCUGGAUUGCCAAUAGUACACAUGAAAAGUAUCUAGGGGUCUUAGUAGACCAUAAGCUUAACAUUAGUUUAGAUUCCUGCAUUGCAAGGUAUUGGACUAGAUGACCCUCUGGGUCCCUUCCAACUCAACAAUUCUAUGAGUCAACAGUGUAAUGCUGCAGCAAAAAAGCUAAUACUAUUCUGGUUGCAUCAACAAAAGUAUCAAUCAAGGGAAAUAAUAGUACUCCUCUAUUCUGCCUUGGUCAGACCACACCUGGAAUACUGUGCCCAUUUCUGGGCACCAAAGUUUAAGAAGACUAUUGACAAGCUAGAGUGUGUGCAGAGGAGGACAACCAAGAUGAUAAAAGGUCUGGAAACCAACCCUUAUGAAGAAUUGUUGAGGGAGUUGGGUUUGUUUAGCUUGGUAAAGAGGAGACUGAUAGAAGAAAUGAAAGUCGUCUUCAAAUAUUAAAAGGGCUGUCACAUGGAAGAUCCAGCAGGCUUGUUUUCUUCUGCUCCAGAGGCUUGGACACAGUGCUUUUUUUCAGGGGGUACUCAAGAGUAUGCAGUAGCACCUCAUUUUUGUUAAAAAGUGGGGCACUUACUGUAGCAACUUUAUGGUGAGUACCAGCACCUAUUUUUCUAGAAAAAAGCACUGAUAGGACCCCAACCAAUGGAUUCAAGUUAGAAAAAGAGAUUCUGAUUAAACAUCAGGAAGAACUUUCUGAUGGUAAGAGCUGUUUGACAGUGGAAUGGACUCCUCGGGAGGUGGUAGAUAGUCUUUCUUUGGAGGUUUUAAAGCAGAGGUUGGAUAGGUCAUCUGUCAUGAAUGCUUUAGUAGAUAUUCCCGCAAUUGCGGGGGGUUGGACUAGAUGACCCUCGGGGUCGCUUCCAACUUUACAAUUCUAUGGUACUACGAACAUGUGCAUACAUCAUUUCUUUGACUGCCACUUGUUUGCAAUUCCACAUUAAAAAAACACAACAUCUCUGAUAAGAAUAUGAAUUAAGCUCUGGGAAUAGAAAUCUGACCAGCAUAAAACUGUAACAAGAACAGCUUUGGGCUUUCUUGGAAAAAGAGAAGCUGAGAACAAAGAGAAAAUUCAAUUGAGCGUGACAUUUGGGGAGGGGGAGAAGGGAAGAAGAAGGGAGAGAGAAAAGGAAAUGAAGGUCAGGUUUUAUAUUCCUGAGUGGCUGUUUUCCUGGUGUACAGAUAUGUGGAAAGUUGUUUAUAAAUCACUAUACAGGAAAAACUGAGUUUAAGAAGCAUCUUUACCUUAAAUGCUUUUUUCAUACAGAAAACUGUCUUAACCAUAAAAGGGAAAUGGUGUGAUUGUUUUGACUUAGCGUGUGUAAUGAUUAGUGUUCUGUAGCAAGCUAUUUUUCAUAUUUCUUACAGAGAUUGGAAAUAAUGCAUACUCUUUUUUUUUUUUUACUCAACAGAGAGCAUGCAUUAAAUCCCACUCCUUUUCCAUUUUUACAGGGAUUGGGACUAUUGCAUACUUUGCAGUGUUCUUUUUAGGGGAUGCAAUCAUUGGUGUUCUACUGUGACUGACUUCACAUGAAACUGGAGAUUAUUCUCUCUGAUCCAUCAAAAUAGCUUCUAGUAUAUUUUGCUAGAACUGGAAGGAUGCACUUCAGAUAUAUUUUAUCAGUGAUUGCACUUUGGGUGUGACAGCUGCACUACAGCUUCUCUCAAAUUCAUUUUUUCCCCUUUGGUGUGUCCCAUAAAUCCUAACACCAGUGAAGCAACAAUGAAAGAAAUCAAAACCAGUUAUUUGUGAAUAGAUGCAUCAACUUACCUUUUCAUUUAAGCUAAACUAAUUGCAGGUUAGUACUCGGCUUGCCCGGAAGCCAAGCAUGCAAUAAUGGGUGGACUCUCUACCAGUCAGCUCUGGAAAUACUGUAAUAAGGACUCUGUAUUCUGUCCAGAUCAGGUAUCCCUAAUACUCCUGUGUAUCAGGCAAUUGAAAAUAAAAACUACCAGGAUUCUUAUACUUUUGUACAGAUCUAUAGUGCAGCCGCAUUUUGAGCACACUGUACAGUAUACUGUAGUGGUGGAAAAUGAGGUGGGGGACUGAAAAACUUAUGAGGAAAGCAAAAUGAUUGGUGCUUUUUAGUUCUGAAAAAUAGCAAAUGAGUGCAUGAUAGAGGAUUAUAAAGCUAAGUUUUUGUUCCUCAUAAUAUUACGUGGAUGUGUAUUUUAAGUUAUCAUUGUGACUUGGUGUUUAUAUUUAGUUUUAAUGAUUUGUACUAUUUUUGAAAGUUGCUUUGGACCACUUGUUUUUAAGCAAGUCAUAAUACAAAUAAUAAUAGAACUUUGGGUCAUCCAAUGAUCCUGAUUGGCAAGAAAUUCUGAGCAGGCAAAAGGUGCUUCCUGACACAGUUUAUAGUUAGUUUACAGAAUUCACUGACAUAAAAUGUGGAGGGGGCCACUAGCUUAGGUUGCUUUCAAAGCAGGGUUAGACAAAUUCAUGGAGGAUAAAGCUGUCAGUGGCUACUAGUAGGCCUGGGCAAUGUAUCAAUACAUCGCCAGGACCAGUAUGAGGAACAGAGCGUGAUAGCGGCUUCACCCGGCGGUAUAUUGCAGGUGAAACCGACACUGCUCCUGAAUCCCUGUGCUACCAGCAUCACUUUCAACAUUGGGCCACUGGUAGCAGUGGGACUCAUGAGCAGCGGCUGUUUUCCCCGCAAUAUACUGCUGGGUGAAGCCACCAUCACGCUCUCCCCUUCAUACCACAGAUGGAGGAGCAAGCUGUAUCGCUGGGCUGAUGCAGCUUAUUCCUCCCUCAGCUUCUUUAAACUGCUCCUGCCCCGCAGAUGAGCAAGCUCUGAUGCCUCGUGCAUGAGCCAGAGAGGCAUGGAGCCGUGCAGGAGGGACAUUGGGGCUCGCUCAGCUGCGGUGCGGGAGCAGUUUAAAAAAGCUGUAUCAGCCCAGCGAUACAGCUUGCUCCUCCAUCUGUGGUAUGAAGGGCAGAGUGUGAUGGUGGCUUCACCUGGCAGUAUAUUGUGGGGAAAACAGCCGCUGCUCAUGAGUCCCUCUGCUGCCAGUGGCCCAAUGUUGAAAGCUCCACAUUGCUAAACGUGCAUGGUUGGGUGUGGAAGUGCAUUCAGAUACAGCAUUUGUACAUUUGUCUUGACUGGUUGGCGAUUUGAACUCAGUUCUCCCCUGUGCCGCUCAGACGCUUGCCUGUGAACAGUUUUGUAGCCUUUUACAAAAGGGUGUGAAAAGCACACAAGGAGAAGACAUAUUUCAAUUUGAUGGGUGGUGAUGAUUAAAAUAUUCAUGAAACAGCUACCACUGCAGCCACUGUUUUGGCUCAGCAGUGAUUUGAAUAUGGGCUCUCUUCUGAGUUGUCUAGAGCUUUCAAAAUUGCCAUCCUUUAUUGUUUCUGUGCAAGCAAAACAUCCUGCCUGCCCCCAAAGAAUGCAUUUUAAAGAUAAAUUACAGUGCAGUUUUUUGGGAGGCAAGCGAGGUGAUGCGUGUACAUAGUGUGGAGAUACAAGGCUAUAUGCAGUGAGUUGUAGCAGACAUGCAUGAUGAGUUGCCUAUUUGUUCAUAAACUCACUGGCAGUGUGAGAGCAUUUGAUUAAACACUGCAUUGUUUAGAAGACAUUCUGAAGUGCCAGUGUGUUGGAAAUUCUUUCUACAUUUCCUUUAAAUAAAUAAAUAAACCAAAGGUCGUGGUAACAGGAUUACCACUGCUGGAAGUGGACUGGAGCACAGUAACAAUCGGUUUUAUCACAUUUGUCAUGGAAGAGUUAAUAAAGCUACCGUAUUUAUUAGCUGUUGAGUUUAUGGCUGCCCUGUUUAAAAUGUAUCAAUGCAUCCCCCCCCCCAAUACACUGCAAACAUGUUGAAAUGGCACUCCACAACAUAAUUAGAGGAAUACACAGUGGUCAGGAAAAGGACUGUGAUAAGCCAGUAAAUGGUUGGGGUAUUGGUUUAAAUGCGGAAUUUGGCAUGCAAAACUUGAAGAAAUCUAGCUAAACAUUGUGAAGUUUCUGUUAGUCACUCUUUGCCAAGAGCAACCAACAAUUUAUAGAGGGGAAGGCAACAGGAAGGGCAGGUGAAAGAAAGCAUAGCAGGAAGGGACAGCUGAGUGAGAAGUUGCUGUGGCAAGUACUGGGGAGCCCGGCAGACAAUGUUGGCCAAAAAUUGCAGCUGUGGACCAGAAAUGUUCCCUGUUUAUAGUAUUUAGGGGUCCUGUCCAGGUUUUUUAAAAAUACUUUAAUAUUGUGAUUGAUUAUCUUUGCAUUAAUUUUCACUAAUUUUCACAACCAAUGCUUCUGAAGAAAGAAUUUGCUUACUAGAUCAGGGCAGUUUUGGUAGUAAGUCCAACUUGGGUUUAUGCACAAGGAAAUCUGCAGCGUUUCAGCCUUAGAGCUUGCUCAGAAGUGUCCCAAACCUUUUUCCUUGCUGAACUGGCUGGCUCCUCCAAGAGGUGGCACACAGACCCGCAGAGGGGCAGUCGUGACACAGUGCAUGUAAGCACCCGCGUUGUGUUUUCACUGUGGUAUUCUGCUUCUCUGUGUUGCUACUACACAAGGCUCCUUUGAGAAUGUGACUAGUUCUUGGUCCUCAUUUUGCUCUUCACUCUGGCUUGGUCACUUAAGCAUCUCUUGCCAAGACACCAUCUAUUUCCUCCCUCCUCACCCCAGAAGCCUUUUAGGUUGCAUUAAUCAACUAAAGCCUGAGUAUAGUUUUGGCAAGAACUCAUGCUAAUUGAAUGUCAUAAUUAGCAUGCUUUGUUUCUUCACUUGGCUGUAACGUAGCAGUUUGGAUGACAAUGUUAUGUUGUAAUGAUUGCAAAGUAUGUUAACUGCUGAGAGUAACUACCAUAUAGAUAAAGCUCCUUCAAGAAUAAUGCAAUUGUUUAUUUUUGUCUGGUGGAUGGAUGGAAGGUAGCUGAUAAAGGAUGUUGGGUGGAUAUUUUAAGUUCUGACACUAGGAGAAGGUUUGUGAAGAUCUAUUUAUGUUAAGUGCCACUUGAGCAUCUGCAGUCUAAAAUUAUAGUUAAAUUGAUCCCCAAGUAUCACGUAAUUGAACUCAGUAGUUGUACUGUCCAGACUUGCUUGAAACACCUAAUCCUUGAAUGGGGAACCUGUGGUCCUUUAGAUGUUGAUGGAUUCCUGCUUCCAUCAUCCCUAACAAUUGGCCAUGCUUGCCAGGGCUUAGGGGAGUUGGAUUCCAACAACAUCUGGAGGACCAUGAGUUCCCCAUGUCUGCUGUUACAUAAUGUCCUUGCAUUUGACCAAGCCCUGACAUAAAUAUUUGGUUUAUAAAAUACUUAAGGAGUAUAAAGACAUUGCUAAAAUUCAUUAUUUCAUGUUGUGGUUUUUGAAAUAAAACCAAAACUGUCUUAGAAAAAAGAAUGUGAUGUAUAUAUGAACAUUUUAGAGGCAACAGUUUGCUAUAUGUAUGGUGCCUUUCUUGGCUGGUUCUGUUGCAUGUAUAUGUAAUACCUUUUCAUGGCUGUAAUUCUGUGCUACCAGUCAUGCCGUAGGCAGCUGCAGUGAGCACUGUUGGGUGGUUUUAUUUUACUUAACCUUAAAUUGCAAUGCGUGCUUGAAGCACCAUUCUAAAGCAGAAUUUUGAGUACUGCACAGCCACCUACAUAGUCAAAUUCACUUUAUAUACCACUUUUCUGAAUACAUGACACUCAACAGAGCAUGACAAAAAAGGAAAGGAAAAUAUAAAUACCUACAUCAGCAAUCACUAUCUAUAAUAACUCCAUUUUAAAAAAUUCUCUAAAGUAAACAGUGUCAUAAUAAAACGCAAAAUUCAAAAACCUCCAUUAGCAGCACCAGCACCACAGUAAACCCUUUUGAGGUGCUGCAGAGGGAGGUGGAGCCAGUCUUUAAUUCCAGGUGUUGGUUAAGAACAGGGUAGAACAUUUUCUGACCUGAAUGGUGAAUGGCAGCUAGUAGAGCCCUCUGCUCUGGUGAUGGUUGCUAUAAUAGGGAUGGAGGAGAAUUUCAUUUUUACCUGAAGUAACUAAUUUGUACCUCCUGGGCUAAUACACAGAUCAGAGAGCACAGUUAUGGUAAUUCUUUGAACAGCAUACAUUUCUGAAUUUUAUGAUGCAGUUCAGGCUGAAAAAUAAAAGUCGAGAAAUGUAUGUGUGAGGGAAAAUGGUUUAUGAAAGUAUGUAUUUUAGGAGGAGACACAAAGGAAAAUGUGUACAAAAUCCAUAUUAGGAUAAAUGCACACAAUUUAAAUGCAAAUGUUUGCACAUUGUUGUUUUUUUAAAGGGAAUGGAUUUAUGCAAAACAGGUAUGGCCAAAUAUAGACUGAUCCCUUCAUGCAAAUAAUCUUGAUCCAUUAUCAUUUAUUCUUUAGUAAAAGAGUUUUUCCUUUUUUGUGGAAAUGACCAUUUUUCUUGUAUAAUCCACAAGAGUUUACAAAGAACCCUCACUUGUUCUUUAGCAAAGCUGUUUUUAGGCAGAAGGACAUUUUCAAACAGUACAGCUGGCAGGCGUCUUAUAUAAUUAGUUGUACUUGCUGGUAAACAAACUCUUACACUAUGGAAAGCAAUGACAACUCCUACAUUAAUUAUUCUAUUCCAUUCAAUACUGUAAGCCUGCGUUAGAAUUUAUCCCUUUAACAACAGCUUUGCAUUCAUAUUCAUUACACAGAGAAACUUGAUUGAUGAUCGUAAUUCAAUUGCUACUUUGAAAGCCAUGCAAUACAAGAGACUAUUAGUUAAAAAAAUACAUUUUUGUAAAGGCAACCUUAUUCUAUUAUAGCUUAACUUUUAAAGUUCCAUUGCUUAGCUUGAUAAAUAAGCCUCAUUCCGUUCUUUGAACUUGUAAACUUGCAAGAAAGAAUAGGCUCUUCUGCAUAGAGUACAAAGCUCUUAACUAUGGAUGGGGGACUUCAAAUGUAUCAUCUAUUCAUUCAGUAUAAAUUGUAAUACUAAAAUACUUGCUUCCUUCUCCUCAUUUUAAGGUGUUGGCCAUUAAUCUACAGCUAGUUUCCAAGGACAGGUUUCAUGCAAUACUCACCGUGCAAAUGUUUGAGAAACCAGUUCUGUAGGAAAAAAAUGUCAUGAGCAGCUGGUGAUAGGCAUCAGUAAUGCUGUUCAAAGGGGUGAAAAUUACUUUAACAAAAUGACCCAUUGGGUAUUAUAUUUGUAUCUUAAUUAAAAUGUUAUGUAGAAAUGUUAUGUAGAAAGAGAGAUGAGUGGUACCUCACCCUGAAACUCCAAAUGACUGCUCAGUGGCUUUAUGUAGAUAUCAAAUUGCACUGGGGAUAAGAUAGGGGGUACCACGGAGGACUAACAUACCCACCAGGGGGCCAAAAUACACUUUUCCAAUGAUCCUCUCUGGACUUGGUCCUGAAAGUAGGAUUGGAACCACUAUAAAACAGUGCCCCUGGAGGAUACCAUAGUUGAUAAUAUCAAAGGCUGACAAGAACUCUUUGGCAUUACUCAGUGAUGAAAUGACAAGAAUGUCCGCUGUAGAUCUUAAAUCACAACCAGGACAAUUCAACUAGAGCCUCUCCUUCAAUUAGUUAUGUCAUAAGUCAUUCAGGGCUUUAUUUGCCAACACUAAAACCUUGAAUUUGGCUCAGUAAAAUACAGGCAGCCAAAGCAAACCUUUUUUCAAAUUGGUUCUGAGCAGCUGAACUUGUCAGUUCUCUGGCUGAAAGCAGCUGCAAUCUCUAGACCAUAUUCAAAGGCAGCCCCAUGUACUGUGCAUUUCUGUAGCCUCAACUGGAAGGUUACCAGAACAUGGGCUAUUGUGGCCAUGGUAUUUCUGUCUGAGCUGGAAAUAUGCACUCGUUGCCACUGGGGUUACUUGAUGCUUCAAAUGACAGAGCAAGAGAGAGCUGUGUGUCAGCAUCAUACUGGUUACAAUGCGCCCCAUCCCACAGACAGGUGGAUAAUCCAGUUGUGGUCACAAAUGUCUGCCACAUUUUCUCACCUGGCAUAACCAUCCACCUGUGUUAUGCACUCUGUUUUCUGUGACUCUUCAAAUAGGUGUCUUUACCUAGUCUUUACCUUCCCCCUUUCCUUCAGCCAGACAUAGACCUCAUAUUGACACCACAGAACAGACGAAGGAGCACUUAAUAUGAAGUGAGAAAUAAGUUCCCCAGAAGAGUAGGAACACUAUAAUAAUUCAUAAACAAAAUAUCAAAGUUUUUAAAGAGUUGCAUUCAAACAGUUGGCAGCAGGCUUAAGUGCAGAUGCUCUAAAAGAGCAGAGAGGUGAUGGAUAUGAUAGUAUGGUGUGAAAGAGCAGCAAAAGCUUUGCAGUAUCUGGUUUCAUAUUUCUUGCAGCUUUGUGCACCUCAGGCUCACCUCCACCCCCCAAUUCUGUGUAUUUUUAACACACCUGCAACACUACACUUGGUGGUAUAAUCUUUUCUGAAAGAUUUUUCAGUAAUGCCUUUUAAAUGAUGCAGUUAUUGAAUUUACCAGGAGAGGGUAGUCAGAGCUGAAUUUCCUGUAGUGUGAAAAAAGCUUCUCACAUAGUUUCAGGAUAAUUUGUCUGAAAUCAUGUUGUUGUAAUAAUGCACGCAACAGUAGAGGACUUGUUGACCUAUUCUCUAAAAGGAAAUUCAUAAGAAAAGCUAUCAAAUUGCUUUAGCUCAUCAGUGGCCACCUACCACCUGUUGCCCUACACUUAGAUUUAAGUGACAUCAGCAUUUUAAAGAUUAUAUUUAAAUCCCGUCAUUUCUUCAAAAAGAGACUAUUCAAGCAUUUGCUUGGCAGGGUGUGUGGUUGGAUACAACCUUAUAAUCAUAUGUCACUGGUCUCAGUCAAUUUCAACACCAAAGUACUGUAUUCAUUGGAUGUUUUACUGGCAGAACUCUGCUUUCUGCAUUCUUUUUUUGGAGGAGGAAUGGCAGAUUGCUUAAAUGUAAAUGUAAAAGCAAAGUAUUGCAGAUUGGAUCCUGGCUAAGUUGAACUUCAUUCCCAUUGAGAUCAGUGGAACUUAAGUCAUGACUAACUUGAUUUCUUUGUGACCUGAUUUCAGAUCCAAUCCAGUAUAUCACUGCUGGUAUACAUUUUUUUUCCUUAAGGAAAACUUAAUUUUAGCUGGGUGUUACUAGAGAUCAAAUUAAGAUUGCUUAGCUUUAUUAGUUCUGCUGCCUGCUUUGGGGGAUAACCAUAUAUACAUUUGGGGGCCCUAGUGUUUGUUGCCAAUCUAUGUAGAAUUGUGAUCCAGUAAAUGUUUUGAUGUUCAUGCAGACUUAAUUUUAUGAAAAGCUAAGCUUCUCCAGGAUAAGUAAGUUUCUUCUUUCAGAAAAACCCUCACAAAAAACCAACAACAGUUAGAAGCUUGUUUAAGCCUUACAAGAUGCACGUGGUUGUAUUCAACAAAGUCCUACUCAGAGUAGACCAUUUACAUUUAAUGAACUUUAGUUAGUCAUGGACAUUAACUUCAGUAGGUCUUGGCCUCUUGCUGUCCUUUUCAUUCUCAGCUUCCCAGUGUUUCAUCCCUUUCUGUGUUGCAUUUUUUCUCCUCUAAGAAAUCACUAAACAUCACAAUUGGUCAUUUUUCUUUGAGAAGAACUUUAUUAUGUUGAGCGUCACCAAGGGGCAAUUUUAAUUAAAACUAAGAUUGUCUGUAGUUUAACAUCUUAGCUAUCUGGUAAAAUAUUCAAUUGCUCCAACCACUGUGUCUGUAUUUGCAACCCACUCUUUUUAAUCCAAACUUGCCUUGAUCCUGAUGAGAAGAGCAUCCAUGUCUGCUUGCUGCUACAGUGGUUUAGAAGGGUUAGAUAGCUUUCUUUCUCUCUAUCUCUCAAAAGAAAACAGAGAUUCUCUCUCAUGAAGCAGCUUGUAAAACAUUCAGUUGCUCCCAUUACAUAUUACUUCUCCUCUAAAGUCCCACCUUGCAGUGAGAAAUGCAUUUAUCAAUUUACAGAGCCAGACAGGGGCCUUAAGCAACUCCAACAGAAUCCAACCUUGGAGGAAUAUAUUAUUUAGUUCAAGUUUUCCCUGUGUCGACUGCUAGAGCUGGAAGUAUGGAAAAGCAGAAAUUCAACAGGCAGAGGACAUUGCUCUGUUGAGCAGGGAAGAGCAGAAGGCCAUGGUCCUAAUAUUUAGAGGCAUCAUGGUGCUUGCUAGUUACAGGUAUUGAUAUUGCAGACUAUUUUUCAAUCCUAGGUAGCAGGUCUCAGCUUCAGGUUCCUGUUUCAAACCCCAGAGUCCCUGAAAAGUAUGUUUUUAUAACUAGUUUAAGCCUACUCUGCUGUUUAGAGACCAGAAUGUAUUUAAUUUUCCUCACCCCUUGUGACUAAUACAGGCUUGUUUCUAGACUGUGUGUGAGUACUAAACAGCUGUAUUGAGUGAUCUUGUUUUUUAAGACUAAGUGCUUCGAAGUAAAUUAAUUGGAACAUUAUAUGAAAUAAAACAGCUGUGUGUCCUAUGCAGGAUGAACACAAGAGAAUUAAGUUCAGCUUUUGACAGGAGUUUUACUUUCAGAUUGCGGGCUUACAAUAUGCUGAAGUACAGGCAAUAGUACUUUUGCUUGGGAAUUCUAAGGUUUAUGUACAUGGUCAAGUAAUGUAUAAGUCCAUCAUUUUUUAAGCUGUGUGCUGGGGACCACCAGCGGAUAUCAGGCCACUUUCGGGGAGGGGGCUUAUUGCCACAGCCUGCCCAGCCCCUUACUUGUCUGUCUGUUCCCAGCUGUGCUAAGUGAAGAUGGCAGGGAGGCCAAGAAGUUGGGGUAGGUUAAGGGAGGUUUUCUUUUUCUAGGGGAAAGAGGCCAGAGGAAGUGUUGAGGGAAGAAUAAUAAUAAUAAUAAUAAUAAUAAUAAUAAUAAUUUAUUUAUUUAUACCUCACCCAUCUGGUUGGGUUUCUGCAGCCACUCUGGGCAGCUCCCAACACAAUUAAAAGCACAACAAAACAUCAAAAAUUUCCCUAAACAGGGCUGUCUUCAGAUGUAUUCUAAAAGUCAGAUAGUUGUUUAUUCCUUUGACAUCUGAUGGGAGGGAGUUCCACAGGGCAGGCACCACUACCAAGAAGGCCCUAUGCCAUAAGGAGAUAAAUUGGUGAUAGAUAUAGAUAGAUAGAUAGAUAGAUAGAUAGAUAGAUAGAUAGAAGGGAAUAAGAGGAGAAAGCUAUUAUAGGAGGAAGAAGAGAUGAAAAACCGGCAUUUGUGUGUGUGGGGGGGUGUCGUUAUGUGUCCAUUUCAAGAGACAAUGAAUUGUGCCUCUGUGGUGAAGUCAGACCACUGCAUUAGUUGCACUGAAACGACCUCUCCAGGGCACAGACCUGGGCGGACGACAAGACACCACUUUCAGCCUCACAAAUGAGGUCCAAAGGAAAGCAGAGCAAUAUGUUUGGCACCAGCUUGGCUGCUGGAGUUGCCAGAAGGAGGGCAUACAAGGCGCCAUCCAACUGUUUUAGGGACUCCACUCUGGAUUCGUGUUGGGUUUAAUCUUUAGCCUUUUCCUUCUCCUAGAUGAGCUCCCUUCUCAGGUUGAUGAACCCCAUCUGGCAUAUCCAUCUAGGAAUGCAGGAGAGUACAGCACAGAGGUGGAAGUGAGACAGUUUUGGAAUGCUGGAGGUCCCCUUUUCUAUCUGCUUUAACCCCAUGCAAACCCACCUACCUUAAUACAAGCUGAGUUGCAUUCCCACACUUUCAACAGUUUGUAUGACACUGUGAACUAUACUAUAGCUAACUUCACAGGUACACAUACUCUCAAAGAGGUGCUUGGAGCAGCUUUGCUUUGUUCCAUCCUGUCCCAUUCUCUGCUGCCCUUUUUGCCCGAGCUGUGCUUAGCCAAGGCCCAGCUUAUUGUGUCAUCUGAACUGUGGCUCAUAAUUAAGCACUCUUAUUACUCACCAGAAGCAAAGAUAUCACAUCUAAGCAGUCCUGAUUCAGACGGCCUAGUGCAGGUUCUUCAAGGGCUUCUGGUAGUUCCUGGAAUUCUCCAAUAAUAAAAGGAUACUAAAAAUGCACUGAAUUCAAAUAAAAAUCUAAAUUCAAAGACCACACCAAUAGCAGAUAUGAAAAGCUUGUGGGCAGUUUGGUUGGAAAAAUGGAUGCUGCAAGGUGCCAAAAACACACACCCAUCGCUCAGUAUGUUUAAAAAAUCUCUGACGAGUCUCCAAUUUGCCAUUUAGGGCAUGAAGAACUGUCUGAAAGAUAAUUGUGGAGGGCUGAGCACAAAACCCAUGUAACAGAUUAAAAACUUGCAUUUCAUUUUAAUUCACUGGGCCUGGAGUAAAAGAAAGUGCAAGCUGCACCAAGUUAACAAUGAUCAAAUUAUUCUGGAUGGUGAAGUGGGUCAUGGACUGGUUGUAAUCCUAAUACUUUAUUCCCCCCCUAAAAAAACCCCCCUGAAAACACUUUUAAUGGUAUUGUUAACUUUUUAGUGUGUCUGGGUCAUUUUUUUCUGUAAGACUUUGAAAUAUUUGGGGGAGAGAAGGGUAUCAAUUUAUUAAAUAAAGCCAGAAAUAAUAAAUAAACAUCCAGCCCAGAGAUAAAACACAGCCCCUCCCCAAAGGAACUUGAUAGCAGCAUAAAGAAUCACUCAUAAAUAAGCCAGUGAAAGUAAGUAGUUCUUCAAGGUCCUUCUGAAAACACAAAGGCAAUUUACAACACAAUAAUAUACUUAAAAUAGAAAUAAAAUAUGAUUAAUAAUAAAUACCAACAUUAAGCAGCUGAUGGAAGAAGUUGAAACUCAGUUCCAGGAAAAUUAAAACUUAGCAGGUUGAUAGGUCAAAACUUCACCCCAAAAACCAUGAGCUAGUUGGCAUGUAAUACUGUGCCAAACCAUGGCUUAGUACAAAUGUGCUGGUUCUUGGAAAGAAGACUUUGACCGCUGCACACCUCCUCCAGUCCUGCUAUUGUGAGCUAAGCCAUGGUUUGUCUUAGUGUAGUGUAGUGUUUGAGUCCCAGCUCAUGGUUUGCCUCUUUUUGACAAAUCAUAAGUUGUAAACCGAAGAACAAACCAUGAUUACAGUUGUGGUUUGUCUGGGCAAGACAUUGAGGUCACAUUAGAUAGCUCAAUGAAGGUGUUAACCCAGUGUGUGGCAGCCUCGAAAAGGGCAAAUUAUUUUCAAAGGAAUUGAAAAUAAACCAGCCAAUAUCAUAAUACUGUUAUGCAAAUCUAUGGUGUGACCACAUUUGGAGUACUGUGUACCGUUCUGGUCACCACACCUCAAACAGGAUAUUGUAGAGUUGGAAAAUGUUUAGAAAAGGGCCACCAAAAUGAUCAAGGGGAUGGAGUGACGUCCCUAUGAAGAAAGGUUGCAGUGUUUGAGACUUUUUAGUUUAGAGAAAAGGUGACUGAUAGGUGACAUGAUACAAGUUUAUAAAAUUAUGCAUAGCAUGGGGAAAGUGGGCAGAGAAAGGUUUCUCUCUCUCGUAAUACAGUGGUACCUCGGGUUACAUACGCUUCAGAUUACAGACUCCGCUAACCCAGAAAUAUUACCUCGGGUUAAGAACUUUGCUUCAGGAUGAGAACAGAAAUUGUGCGUCAGCAGCGGGAGGCCCCAUUAGCUAAAGUGGUGCUUCAGGUUAAGAACAGUCUCAGGUUAAGAACAGACCUGCAGAACGAAUUCAGUUCUUAACCUGAGGUACCACUGUACUGGAACCUGGAAACAUCCAGAGAAGCUGAAUGUUGGAAGAUUUAGGACUGAUAAAAGAAAAUACUUUGCCAUGCAGUACAUAGCAUAGCCAAACUAUGGAACUCGCUCCCCUAGGAGGCAGUGAUGGCCACCAGCUUGGAUGGCUUUAAAAGAGGAUUAGACAAAUUAAUGGAGGAGAGGGCUAUCAGUUGUUACUAGCCAUGAUGGCUAUGCUCUACUUCCACUGGUAGAGGCAGUAAUGUUUGUGAAUACCAGUUGUUCUGUUCCCUAGUUUCCCACAGAUAUCUCUGGUUGGCCAAUGUGAGAACAGGAAGCUGGACUAGACACAUCUUUGACCUGAUCCAGCCGGCUGUCAUUAAGUUAUUAUGUUCUUAACAGCUCCCCCACCAGACAUCGUUGGACUACAGUUUUUGUCAUCCCUGACCAUUGGUCAUACUAGCUGGGGCUGAUGGGAGUUUGAGUCCAACAGUGUCUUGUUUCUUCAUCCCUGUCCGUUGGUGAGGGUACUGAUUGAAUGAUUCUCCCACAGUGUUGUUUAAAGUUGUGGACUAGGUCCGAUGCACUUCUUGAAGUAUCCAUCAGCAAUCCUUGGUAGUUCUUGCUCUACCUCAUUUCUUCAAAUCACUUUGCAUAGCUUGUCUCUGUGGUUCUUAAAACAGCCUUGUAAGCUGGACCAGUAUUUAUUCCCCUAUUGCAAAUGGAAGCCAGUGCCAAAGUGGUAUCUUUCCAAAGACCACCCAGAAUUGAUGGCCAAGCUAAGCCAGAGACGCUUAGUUAAUUAUUUUGACUAUUAUGUUGCAUUAUGCCAACUUAAAAGAAAAUAUAGCAUAACGGCCUUUUUGGUGGCAGCACCCUUCACUUCCAAAGGAGGGGGAAAUAGUCCCAUUAUUUACAUUUAGACGGGCAGUGUUAACAUUCUUACAGCUUUUUGUGGUUUUAAAGUAUGAUUGAACACUGAUCCUUUUGGUUUUGUUUUAGUUUUGAUUUUUGUUACUCGGCAGUUUGUUCUCUGGAGACCUUUGUUCGGGCUGGAAAGUUGUAUAAAAUCCUCCCCCCCCCCCAAUAAAGUUAACCACUCCCCCAAAUCUGAACUCUGAAGAUUUUUUUCUUUAGUUGUUAGUUCUCUAGUUUUCGACAGGAUUUGAAAGCAUUUGAAUUCUGCAUGCUGCUUUAAGCAUUUGCUUGAAGUCCUUUAUUGGAAUUAGCAAUCUCUCCAACCAAUGCCAGAAUUCUGUCAACUCUGUUUAAAAUCUUGAGUUUGAAGAUAUUUGCACUUAAGAGUCCCUGCCUCAAGGACAUUUUUGUUAUGAGCACUGGUAUUUCUGCUGUGAAUUGCGUUGAGCUGCUGGGGGAGGGGAUCUUCAGUGGCCUUGAAAUAGACAUUUUGUUUGCCUUGGUCUCUCUUAAAUGCAUUGGUGUUUUUUUAAAAAAAAAUAUUGUUUGAAACUUCUUUUCAAUGUUCGUUAUACUAAUUAAGACUUGUAGUCCUAAUGUGUUUUAAGGGCUUUGAAACACUGCACAUUUUAUUCCCAGCUCUGAGGUAAUUCAAGAGAUGCUGCCUUUUAAAGGACAUUUACAUAAGUGUUUAGUUGGUUCUGACUACAUUUUAAGUUUUGUUUAAGAAUUGCUACAGGAUUAUUCCAUUUAAGGAGGCUCUGUCAAAAUCAAAACCCUCCAGAUCUUCAUAUGUGCCUCAUUUAAUUUAGGUAGGAGCACUCCAGAAGCUGCCAUAGUUGUCACUUUAUCUUUGUCCUGAGUCCCCUGGUGUGUUACUAAAACAAAUGUAGUAUUUUGGAACUGAAUUAUUGGGGUCUCCUACAAAAAUUUGUAGGGCAUUCCUACCUCCUCAGAGGAGUGCUCUUGUUCAGGACACCUGCCUGCCAGCCUGGAGGGUGGAGUCUCGUACUGUUCCCAUCUCUUAAGGAGGAAAUUUUUGUAGAAGAGGGUGCAGGAAAGGACAGGCGUUUCUUCACGCCAAGACUUUCCUUAUUGCCGUUCUAGAGGGGCUAGGAAUUAUAUCCCCGAAUUAUAAAGCAUUGCUUCUAAGCAUUGUCUCAUACAUACUUGGAGUUUUGUGUUCUGCUUGUGUGUGUAAUACUAGUUACCUAUUUUGUUUUUAGGAAUACUAGUUCCACACUGCAGCAUUCAUGUGUGUCACAUAGUUGGUUUCAAAUGUAUUAUUUCAAACCUUGGGCAUACAGUUCUUAUAGAAACUACUACAAUUCUUUAUGAAUAUUCUACUAAUAGAUGUUGAAAUAAAAGCUCACAUCAAGGUUUGUUUUUCUUAAGGCCUUCAGUUUCUGACUGGUCAAGACAAACUAGGCUUGGAUGCAGAAAGGGGAGAUUUCUUCAAAGGGAAUACCGUGUAAUGAAUGGGCAGGAUCUGGUGUUUUCAGGCCAAAAUAAAAUUUCUGUGGGUAAUGAGUAUUGGACAAAAUUCAUGCAGUAUGACUCUUGGGCAAAACAGGCCUAAUGAGACUUGUUUUGCUAAGUACUUUCAGAACAGUCACUUGCAUCAAUCUUAACUUGGAGGCUGCUAGAGUAGGGGUGUGGAAACUCAGACCUGGGAGCCAAAUGUAGCCCUCUAAAACUCUCUGUCUGGCCUUGAGGACUCUUCUCACACUUCCUCCCUACUUACACUCUCUCUCUCUCUCUCUCUCUCUCUCUCUCUCUCUCUCACACACACACACACACACACACACCACACAAUCACUCACUCAAUCCCCAGGCUACAUCCAUCUCACCAGCUUUGCCUCACUCACUUCUCAAGUACUUUUGCUUGGCGAUAAUGUGUCCUUGAGCUCUGAUCAUGCCUUCUGCUAGCCUGGGUGGAGCAUAGAAAGAGACGUGUGUGAGAGUAAAAACUAGCCUACUGUACAAAGGUAAAAUGUGCUGUUGUUACUUCACUCACUUUUGCUUCUGUUUCUACUCUCCACAGGCGUUUAUUUAUAUAACAGAAUAUAUACACCACUUUAUCAAUAAUCUAAGUAGUUUACAUAGAAUAUAAAAUGUUCAUAAAAAUACCGAUACAAUUAAAUAUUAAAAGCUAGUAAACCUAGUUUAUCAACAUAUAUGCCAUAUCAGCAAUUAUUUAAAAAAAAAUACAUAGUAGAAUUACAUGGCUGGGUACACUUUUCUAAACAAAACAGUUUUUAAAACUGCCUAAUAUUAGUGGGCGGGCAAUUCCUGGUAAUAGGUGCCGCCAUUCUGAAAGAUCCAUUUCUUGCAAAGAAAAAGUGGGGGAAAGAAGACCCAGGUAACUACCAUCCGGUUAUCAUGACAUUGAUUCUAGGAAAUGUCAUCAAACAGAUAAGUAAACAAUCGGUCUACAAGCACUUAGAUAAGGUUGCUGUGAUUACUAAGACCCAGCAUGCGUUUCUCAAAAACAUAGAAGAUGGAGCAAGCUUGUUUUCUCCAGCUCCGGAGGCUAGGAGCAAUGGUUUCAAGUUAAAAGAAAGGAAAUUUCAUCCAUUGGUUUUCUGGGUAGUAAUGUCUUUGCUGCUGAUCUGUUUUUACACAUUGAAUGUAUUGAUGAUCUUUGAUUUUUAGUUAAUCUGUUAGCUACCAUAGGAGUUUUGUAGACUGAAGGGCUGUGUUUAUUUAAAAUAAAUCAUUUUUUCCACCCCUUCAGAGAAAGCAGAGCAUGAUGAGUGCUACUUUUCAAAGACAGUACCUUGUUUCAGCCGCCUACAUUAACAUUCUUAACCAGGACCCAAAAGACCCAAGACGCUGCUUUGGACUAUUGUAUUUCAAAUGGCAACUCUUAUGCACUAUGAAAAACUGUUCUUAAAACGGAACAGACUCAAACUCUAUUGUUAGAUUACAUAGUUGAAGGGGUCCUGUUCAAGGAAAAAUCCAAAAAUUCCAUAUAAAAGUAGUUCUUCAAAUCUUGACAUGUAUUAGCACUGUAGGACAGGUUUCUAAAACAAGAAAAUGGCACUUUCUGUGGUACUCAGUUGCUCAUUCUGUUAUCUCUUUUAAAUCUGGUUUUUAUCUCAACUUUUUACUUUUCAUUCUUCAGGGAGUAGAAAUUGGUUCUGAAUUAGCCAUAACCUAACUAAAACUGCUACACAGCCAAGUCUAAGUAAACUUGUUCAGAAAACAGUUUCUGCGUUAGGAAAGCUAUAGGUCUUUCAUUAGUGGUGAAAAUAGCUUUCGUGCAUAUUUUGAUAGCAAAAUAAAGCAGAAAACACUUUUUUUUUUAAAGUACUGAAUUCUUCAGAUUGUCUCUUCAUAUCAGUUUGGCUAGAGUGGCUGUGAUCCCAAAUAAGUUCUGUCAGCACAAAUCUCAUCUCAGAGGUUGUAGUUUAUUAUGUCAGGAUAUUUGAAGACCGCCCUCGUAAAUAGAUGAAAAAAAUAUUCAGCGUUCUCUGAGAAAGUCCAAGAACUCGUAUGUACAUUUUUUUUUAAGGAAAGCAUUGAGCGGACUUCUUAAAAUUUGUAACCUGAAAAUUAUUAAAUAAGAUGUAAUUGUGUCUGUAUUAGGGCACAAUUCAGUUCCUACUGUAGCUCCCAACAACAUGGCUUUCCCAGGAGCAACUUUUAAUUUUAAAAGUAAGGAGUGUGACUAAUGAGUUUCACUUUUGCCACAUCCUGCUACCUAGCCAAUUCACUAGCAACAACUUUGUACACCUGGCCUCUUCUCCUCUGCUUCCUUUUGGGAAAUUGUAACUAGUUAUUAUAGACUGCUGUUUGUGGGGUAUGAGUAGAGCAGUACAUCUUUCCUUUCCCCCAGUGUGGACUGCUAGCGAGUCCUACUGCUUACAGCUGCCAUCGCCUCUACUCCACCUUACCUCUGGGGUGGUAAUUGUGAAUCUAGACAUUUAUUUACUCUGUUUAUAUCACCCCUUAAGGAGCCACAUCAUGUUCCUCAUGUCUGCUCGUAAUCCUGUGUGAAAGGCAAUAUAUAGUCCAUUGGGUAGUGUGUUCUGGACUCUGAUCUGAAUGGCCUUGGGCAAAUCCUUACCUGUCAGACUCUGUUCCCUCUCUAUAAAAUGCCAGUAAUAGUGACUUGCAUCACAAUUGUUGUGAAGAUGAGUUAUGACUAUCAAUCCAAUUUCAUCCUGGAAAGCGCAGGUGAUGCAAAAAUCUAACUUGCCACGGUAUCUAUCUGAGUGGUCCUCAUGUCCCUAAGGUUCCUUUGUCCUGGUUCUGUAUUUUUAAAAUUACUGUACAACUGAGAAAACAUUUGAAUUGUUCCCUCUUUAUUUUUUUUAAAAAGGAAGAUCAAAUAGUGACAUCAUCUUCUAGCACAGGGAAAAUGGGAAUCAUAACUGUUCAAAGAUUUGUAUGGUUUGGUGUACUUCUUGCACUAUCCUUUUAAGCUAACUUGUAUCCUUGAUGUUUUCAUGAAAAGCUGGUACAGCAAGACUGCCAUGAUGAGGGUUAGCAAGGAAUGCUGUUUCUUUAACCCAGUUAUCUCUCUCCAUCUCACCUGAGCUUGAAGCAGCAAGCAGUCACAGAACUGUAACAAGAUUAUAAUCAUGUGAGGGGAAACAGCAAGAGGGGGGGAUGGAGGAAUGGGAGAGGCUGGGUGGGGGGAAGCAUCUCCUCCAGAUGCUUUUUGACAGCAGAUUGUGUUACCAGCAAUAUUUAGCUGUGCGUGGAUGUUCAGGAAAGCAAGAUUAAGGCGCAACUUGCUCGAUGUAGAGUGCGUGUGGUAUUACUAUGCUCCUGCUUUACACCUUUUUAAUUUCCUUCUUAGAAUCAAUCUACCGACGUGGAGCCAGAAGAUGGAGGAAGCUGUACAGAGUGAAUGGGCAUCUGUUCCAAGCCAAACGCUUUAACAGAGUGAGUACUGUUGCUUAAAAAAAAAAAAAAAGCCUCGGGAGUGGUGUGUGUAUUGUACAUCUGUGUGAGGUGCUGUGAAUUAUUAUCCUUUCCUACUGGAAGCUUCCUAUACUGGGGAAGAAUAGGCAGAGAUUUGGUUCAUCUCAAUUCAGUUUAUGCAAUAUUACUGAAUAAAAGGUCUUUGAAUUCAUUGUGGGGACAGUAAUGUAGGAUUAAUUUCUCCUCUAUGCGUUUGAAAACUUGCCUUUUGUGUGUGUCUGUGUCCAAAUAAAUAUUUUUCAUGCUGCCUUUCCAGCCAGUCUGCAUCGUGAAUACUCCCCCUAAGCCUAUUUAUUGUCUUUCACCGCUUCCUUUUUCCUAUUGUGUGUAGAUUAGCGUUAAGAUGCUUAGAAUUCUCUUAAAAUGCAGAGGAGCUAAAUGGAUAUGACCUAAUUAACGAAACCACAAAUAUUUUUAUCUACUGAGCUGCAAACUCUACUGCGUGUACUAAAGACACAGCCGUGUUAAGGGUCUGACUUCAUCUAUAAAAGCAAAGGAAUCCAGAGACCCCUCCUUCCUUAACCCAGCCCAUUAUGCUGCAGCAUGUAUUCUCUACAUAAUACAGUCUUCUGAAGUUUUGUGAAAAAUGUAUGAGCAGGGGAGUGUUGGAUUUUAGGUUAAUUAUAAGGAUUGUCUGACUAUUGCUGCCUUGUGGGAAAGGUGGAGAGUUCUUUAAUGGCUACACACACACACACACACACACACACACACACACUUAUCUACAUAUGUAUGUAUACAUGAACCCCUAAUAAGCGGUGAGCAAAAUAUUUCCUGAUUAUGGUCUUAAUAUCUAAGUGAUAUGAUUCACAGAUUAAUGUGGGGCUGUCAUAUGCCAGUGCACUCUUAAUUUGAAUAUUAAGAGGUUUUAGGGGACAAUUAAACCAGAAUUUUGGGAUCAACAGUUUUUAAUGUGGCACAUAAAGCACAAAGCUCAACCUGAAUGGUACGCAAAGUUUUAAAAGCUUGUGAAUAGUACCAGUGUUCCCUGAUGCUAAAUGGAGGCCUAGUUAAAAAUAGUCACGUAAAGGCUAAUGCCCCUGACUCUACUAUUAUGAAUUUUCAGACACACACAAACAUAAACUUCUGCUUUGUGAGUACCUUCUGUACAUCCAUUUCAGUUCUGUCCUUACCUUAGAAUAAGUUUCUUUUCUAGUAGAAAGAUGUUUUAAAACAUUUGUUGCUUUUUAUGAUAUGGGGGGGGGAGUGUUAAAAGGGGGAGGAACAUACAGUAUACAAGGGCUUGGGCUUCUUUGAAAGCAAAGGAGCUUUCAAAAGCAGAUUGUGAUAUGGUAGGGAUAGAGUCCACUGUUUAAAAGAAGCAAAGUCAAGAAGCCCACCAUAUGCAUGCCAAAUAUUGGUAGCCAUUUGGAUUCCAGACCUAUGAGUAUGAGUACUCCUAUCCCAGAUAUGUAGGGGACGCAGGUGGGGACUUGCCGAUCGCAUGGUCGGCGGUUCGAAUCCCCGCGGCGGGGUGCGCUCCCGUCGUUCGGUCCCAGCGCCUGCCAACCUAGCAGUUCGAAAGCACCCCCGGGUGCACGUAGAUAAUUAGGGACCGCUUACUAGCGGGAAGGUAAAUGGCGUUCCGUGUGCUGCGCUGGCUCGCCAGAUGCAGCUUGUCACGCUGGCCAUGUGACCUGGAAGUGUCUGCGGACAGCGCUGGCUCCCGGCCUAUAGAGUGAGAUGAGCGCACAACCCUAGAGUCUGGCAAGACUGGCCCGAAUGGGCAGGGUUACCUUUACCUAUCCCAGAUAUGAGUAUUUUUAAUUGAAAGUUUGCUUAGAAAUCAAAUGGUAUAGGGUUGUAUCCAAAUACGGCAUACUCAGAGUAGACUCACUGAAAUUACUGGAACUGUUAGCCAUGAUCAUUAACUUCAGUGGCUCUUUUCUGAGUAGGACUAACAUUGGACGCUACCCUGAUUUUAUUCUAACCAAUACAUUUCCCCAUACUACUACAUUCAUGUGGGAAUUCUGCCUCUUCUGCACACACAAAAUAAAUCUUGAGGUAUAUGAAAGAGUCUGCUUCAAGUAAAAGUGUGCAUUUCAUGCUGAAAGCCAAAACUUCUGCUUAAUACUCUGUGUGCCAUAUAUUGCGCAAUAUAAAACAAAUAGCAGGUCUCACUCAUUUGGGUAAUGUACAGACUUGGGCCUUGCUCAGAAUUAACCAAAUGUACCACAAGAAUGUAAAAGAAAGAUGCUUUUAUCCCAAGCAGAUGCAUAGCUUUUUAUGUUCUUUAUUCCUUACAGUAAAUAUACCAAAACAGGUGCAGUUAAUGGUUAAAUUACACAAUUUGCUAUGCUAUCAGAUCAUUGUUAAACUAAAGUAGCAGCACAAAACAUGGUAUUAUAGCUACAUUGCAGAAAGAUUUAGCCUGUACACAUGUUUAAGAUCAAGGUACAGGAUAAGGAUGAAGAACUUUGACCCUCCAGGUUCCAACCCACAUCAGUCCUUAUCAGGUUUGCCAAUAGUCAUACUGUAUACCCCCUGUAUGGGGGAAGAGGUUAGGAAGCCUGCAUCUGUGAAUGCAAUCCUCUUCUAGUCACUUUGUAUUCCACAAAAUUUUGUUAGGUCUAGAGUUUCCUCAGGGUGACUUCUUGUGUGAACACUUUAAGCAGGAGUCCAGCAAGUGGAAAAAGCAAGCAUCUCUUCUCCAGCAUAGAUGCAGUGAAUUCUACUGUGUAGACUGUAGGCCCUCCUCUUGUCGCAGUACCAUUUAAUAAGAAAUGGGCAGGCAAGAAACUUUCAUAAACUGAAUAUAGAUAUAUAGUGUGUGUGUGUGUGUGUGUGUGUGUGUGUGUGUUUACGCUGCUUGAAAUAGAACCAUGUGGAUGCAUCUCCUCGUGGCAAGCUAUUUGUGUGAAACGUCUUCCCAUAAAGCGUGGGCAAUUUCAGUUUGCAGUGGUGCGGAUGAAAUCACCCGAACUGCAUGGGGAGCUGCUUUCACACACAUGGCUUGCUACAGAGUUGCUCCCACACAGCUCCAUUUCAAGCGGCCGCCCACAUGGUAAGUUGAAUGUGUGAAUUGGGCCAUAGUAACGUCUAACAAGGCACAGAACUGCUUUCAGGGCUACUCAGUCAGGGGCUUCUGUUCCCAUGAUUGUCACUGUGGCCUGAAAAUUAGGGUUUAUUCUUCAGUGCAAAGCGACAAAUAGUAAUACGCUUUUGAUAUUAGGUAGCUUAGUUACUUUUUUUAAAUGCCCCCUAUUAUGUAUAAUUUUCCUUUCUGCUAUAAGUGUCAGCUGGUCUUUAUUCUCAUCCCAGGAAGUUGUAAAAUAAUGAAAUUUAGUUUAUUGUGAACCUUUCUACCCACACAGAGUGACACCCCCCCUUGCAAAGCUGAAAUUCUUGACAAUCCACUGUUUCAUUUUAGAAAACAUUUUGCUGGAGCAAGUCUCAUUUCUCAGUUGUUGUAGCACACUCUUGGCCAUUUCCACUCAGGAGUGCUGUUACUGGGUCAUCCUAUGUACUCUCUUUUUAUAAGCCAAUCACAUUGUGAAGGGGAGUGAUGGGUGAGUGUUUUAAUUACAGAAGAGCUAGAGGGGUCCUUGCUCCUUUUAUUUUUUUAGCUACUGUUCGAGAACAGCAGGAAAUAUAUUUUGGCUAAAAUUAGGAGGAGUCAGGAUGGUGGUUAUAGAUUUUGCUAAAUGCCCAUAUAUCUUCCCCUGUAAUUUGAGAAGCAGAUAUAGGUGGGCUUACAAAUUCAAAUUCUUAAUGCUAAGCCAGUUCAAGGUGUACACAGCCAACGGGUCUGAUGUACAGUUUUUUAAAGCUGAAAAUGGAGUUAGAUUUAUAAGUGUGACUUUGCAAGCAAAGUCAGGUUGGGUUCAGUGGCUACUGUGUUGAGUUAUGGUGCAAGAUUAAGUAUUGACUUUCAGUUUGAAUUAAUUCCCUUCUAGGGUGAGCAAUGUCAGAUCUAAUGAUGAGGGUUUUGUUUUGUUUUUUUAAGAGCAUUUUAGAUUUUGUAGAAACAAGUUUUGUAGUUGGGAAUAUUUGGAGGAUUUUAAACAAGGCAAUGUGUUGGCACAACAUAAAAAAUAGUUGGUGUUGUGGAGUUAUCCUCCAUAGAUCUUCCCUAUCCCUAUAGUAGAGUUUGACUACACUGUGGUGCUUUACUCUCAACUUCAAUGUUUGUUUUGGGGGAAAGGAAGAGGUUAGUGAUCAGACUGAAUGAUAGUUGUAUGUAUUUCCUUUAAGUUAUAAAAAUGAAUUUAUUAUGCAAAUACAUCUUACUCAUAUAUGAGGCUUGCAGUGGUCUCCCAUCUCUGUUGCCAGCCAGGGCUAAACCUGCUAAGCUUCUGUAAUGCUACAAUGUCUGGUUUUCUAAGACCACUUGUUGGGCCCCUGUGUAUUCUUUAAGAAGUAGGACUAGUUCAUACUUUCUAAUUUUUUUGGAUGGAGCAACUGGGGCUUACCGGAAAUUGAAGGUUACAAAUGCAGCCAUAUUGAAGCAGGCUUAUGACAGCUGUUCUGUGGUUAUAUUUCUUUCUGCAUGUUUAGAUUAUCUUGUUUCCAGAAUAUGAUUGGAAGAAAAUGGAAGUUGAUAAGCUUUCCCCACCUUGUUUAAAUGCCUUUUGCAGGUGAAUUAUAACAUUGGUUCAUAUUGACUGAAAUAUUGAUUUGCCUGCCAGUAAAAUGUUUAUUGGAAAUCCUGUUUUAUUUUUUGCAAAGAACAAAAAAAAUUAGGCUACUUGGCUUGAUUCUCCCCCCCCCCCAAAAAAAAAAUUAGGCUCCAAGUAAAACACUUAGAGCAGGAGUUAUUGGAACACUUUCGAUAGAAAAUCCUACUACUGCUCUUUUUAAAGGAAGGAUAACCCUAUCAUUAUUGCUAAGAAACAUUUAGAAAUAAAACCUCUCCCCAAGUUCCUUUUAGGAAUGCUUAUUGUUUAGAUAUGGGCUGCACAAGAUGGCUUUUCUUUGGCAACUGUCCUUCCACUUCUGGGGCAGAGGCAGCAAAGUAAACUGGAUUAUUCUCAUUCCCAGGUCUUCUAACAAAUUUGGAAGAUUCUUUAGAGAUGCUCUCUAAUUUCACAAGUCAAAUACUUCCCCUUUUGAUAUAUCUUGCCUUAAUAAGAUGCCCCUCUUAAUUUGCGGAACUUGGCACAGAUCAUAUUUCUUUGAUUCCUGAAGUACUAUUGGGAAUUGGAUAGCAAUUGAUGUGCAGGAAGAUAACACUUUUUUGAGCCUCAGCUGUGGCUGAUAACCUUCCACUUUCUGUUAGGGUUUUCUCUGUUUUCUCACAGUGCUGCUCAAGUGUAUGUAACAUCUAUGUGUGAUUUGUUUAUGAAGUAUUAGUUCUUCUUUAUCAACUUUUAAUCAGACAAAUUAAACCAAGAUGAUACAGCUAAAAAAUAUUGAGGGGAGGAGAAUCAAUCCUAUGGCAGGGGGAGAUCUUUGGCCACCUUAAAAGGCCAAUACACACAUUCUUAAGUUUAUCAAUACAGUUCUGCUGAGGCAUAAAUUUUCAUUGAGCAUCUUGCAAACCCAAGAAUGGGGUGCUAUUCACUUGUUCCACUGACCUGAAAAAAAAAUUCAAGCAAAUAGGCUCUUGAAUGCUGCAGCUUCAUCUAAUGCAUCUCUCAAUGCUUAGAAUGAACUACUCAUCCCUUCAUGAUAGCAGGUUGUGCUCUUCCUCUUUUGAAAUCAGUGCACAGUCAUUGUUAUCUUAUUGUUCUUUUGCUAAUGGAAUACCCAUUCUGAUCUUUUGCCUUUGCAUCAUGAAAGAAAAAGGAAGUGUUUGUAUGAAGGCAUAACAGCAGAAUGCCUCUUUCUGUAAUGGUGGUAGAUUUGUGAAUGGUUUUGCAUGUACACUAUGAAUUAGGGCACUGAAGGAUGUACAUUUGGUGGGGACUGGUUUGAAUCUUCCAUGUGUAUUACAUGUGGGUCACUAAAAUCAGGCCAGUAGCUUGGAUGUACGGAGCUCCAUAGUUGUACCUGAGAGCUUUGCACAAGCCAGGUGUUUGUUUUUACUUUGACAAAAGUAAUAUUAACCCCAGAAGAGAAGCAUUUUCAGUGAUGUGUCCCAUAGAAAGUACCUGACAGCACAAGCUUCUGUUUGCUAUCUUCUAAGGAAUGGCCAUAGCUCAGUGGUAAAGUUUCUGCUUUUUGCAGGUUCAAUCCCUGUUAAAAUGUAGAAUGCAAGAAAGAGGGAGCUCUGCCUGUGACCCUGGAGAGCUGCUGCCAGUCACAGUAGAGAGUAUUGAGCUAGAUUUAUUUGUUUGUUUUCAGUAUGUUUAUUCUGCUCUUCAGCCAAAAAGGCUCCUAGAGGAACUCACAGCUCAAGAAAAAACUAGACCAUCUCUGCCCUCAGGCCUAAAGUCUAGAAAACAUGUGACAAAAGGGAUGGAUCGAUUGGGAGAGUAGCAGAAAAGCAGGUUUGAGCAUCAUUUCUUAAAGUUACAAGGUUCUUAAAGAGGACCAUCUGGGACGGAAACAAUUCAGUGAGAAAAGGAGCCAAAGGGUGUCUCAGGAGAGGCAGUGGAGUGGCCUGCCUUCCCACCUCUCCCUCUGCUUCUCCUGCUGAACAAAUAAUCUGCUCCCUAACUUUCCAGCCAGUGAAAGUUACGUAUGAGAGAACCUAUUAUUAGUCCUAUAGAAAGUUGUCAAAUUGCACUUGUGAGCAAUUUUUCAUUGUGCAAAAUGCUUUAACCCCCCCCCCCCUUAAUCUGGAAGAUGUCUGUAAGUGAGUGUAUCUGAAAGAUGAUUCAUACUUUUUUUCCCCCUCCUAGAGAGCAUACUGUGGCCAGUGCAGUGAAAGGAUAUGGGGUCUCGGAAGGCAAGGCUACAAGUGUAUCAACUGCAAGUUGUUGGUCCAUAAACGCUGUCACAUUCUUGUCCCACUGACCUGCAAAAGGCAUAUGGUAAGUUUGGCUCCAGCGCAAAGCUUCAGUGGGGCUGUGUACUUUUUUCAUGUAUGAAGGCUAUACAGAUGUGCAGUUCAUUAGUUUUAAAAGAUCUGGUGUUUGCAGCUGUGCCUUAAAUAUAUUGGGCCUAUGUUUUUACUUUAUUCAGGUGCUUUGAGCUAUUCUGAGUCCCUCAUAAUAUAAAAGACCUUUCACUAAUAUCAUAAACAUACAUUCUCUUAAACUAUGGGAAUAAACUCCACUCCCAUAUCCUUUGCCAUAUUACGUAACCCUUACUAAAUUAUUUUAAUUGGUAAUCUCCCAAUCCUUUCCAUUGAGGUUGACUUGUAGUCCUGCUUUGAUAUGAGAUGUUAAGCUCUUUAGAAAAGGAUCUUGCCUUACCCUUACUUGAAUCUAUGCUCUUGUGCAAGCCAUGCUAACUUCAAGGGAGUUUCUCCAAGAUUAAUAAUACAGUAUCUAAUUCAUUCAUUCAUGUAAAAUAGAUAUGUAUGUAUUUGCCUCCUGUAUAGUCAGUUAUUUCUGACAGGAUCUUAUUAGUGUCCUUGCUAACCCACAUAAGAAACUAUCCAGCCAUAGCUUUCACUCUGCUUAGGGUUUGUAAGCUUAAAAUCAAAACCCAUUGGGAAUUCAUUCUUUCUAGAUUAAAGAUCCUUUGAAUGCUUUUGGAGUUCGUUUCUUGUCUGUGCUUUCAGGACUUUCCUGCUACUUUAAAUUGUUUCCAGGUUUUUGCAAUAUAGAUUUAAGAGGCUCUGUGCAUUAUAUAUUUGUCCCUGGAAUAAAAGGAGCAAUUAGAAUAAGAAAAUGCAAAAACUAAAUGACAUCUUUGUACAUAAAUGCAAAGCUUUAUAAAGCAUAUGAAGUCAAGUUGGGUAUAAAAUGUCCCACUUAAUAGCUCAAAAGCUGCCAGCAGUUACAUGUAGUUGUAACAAAAGUCAAAGUUGAAGGUAUUUGUUAAAAGUGCUGAGGCAGGAUCCUCUACAUUGUAAACAAAAGUGGCUUUUGAAGCAAAGAAUCCAUCCUGUGGUAAUUUAUAUGCCACUUUUCCAGAUGUUUGUCUUGGGAAAUCCCAGGGAAAACGACAUAAUGCUGACAUGGAAAUUUAUAGAACUUAAUUUUGCAUAAUGCAUAUGUGUCUAAAACUAUUCAGUUCUUAAAAUAUUAGCUAAAAAAGGAUGCUUUGGAAUGGCACUUGAAAAAUCUUCAGGUAUGAGGAUUGAUUAGCCUCCAUAGAUAGGGCACAUCUUUAAUUUUGGCUUAGCACCUGCAGAGGUUCUGUUACGUCCCUGAAUGUGCAUGUUCUAGAAUGCAGCAAGCAGAGGGCCAAAGAGAUGCAGGUUUGCUUGUAGGAGGAGGAAUAUUUUUAACCGAAAAUGUUUCUUUUUUUAUAAUUCAAAAGCAUUUGAAAAAGGAAAUAAGUCAGCUUGUUGGCUUCUGUGACUCCUUGAGCGGAAAGAAAAAAUAAAUCCCCAUUAGUAAGCACGAUGUCUUGUCAGUGCAGAGAGGUAUUUUUUUCCCAUAAACGUAAGGUUGUGAAUCCAGACUUUUAAAAGUUUUCAGAAUUUUGAGACCAUUGAUUGAACCAGAAUUUUCCUUGGGGGACAAGGGGGACCUAAAUGGUCCUGUUCACACAUUAGAAGUGAUGGGGGGGGGUGUUAAAAAAGUGGAGGAAAUUAUCAAAUCAACUUAAACAGGAAAGAAUUCCUGGAGUCAUAUGCUCCAUUGUUGGAAUAUUGAAAGACAAGACAAGGGAAAUUUGGGGACCUCUUUAAAUUAAAGUAUAUAUUGGAGGUUUGGUAAUAUACCCUUGGAAAGAUGUGUUUAACAAGUUUUCUUGCACUUUUGAAUCAAGGGUUUUAAAAUGCUGUCCGCCAUUUUGGCAAACAGGCUGAAAAGGGGGAUACUUGCUUGUGUGAAUACGGAUAAAAUGAAUUUAUACCAGAGUAAAAUAUUUUAUUCAUUAUAGAGAGACUCAUAUAAUGGAUUAUGUUAAUGACAAGAACAGGCCUGCAUUAUUCAGCUUUCCUAUCCUAUGUUUUGAAAUAUCCAUGGAAACUCCUCAGUGUUUUGUAUAUUCUUGCUCUGAGGAUCUGUAGGUGUGAAUCGGAUGCAUGUUAAAAUGUGUGUUCGGAUGUGGAUAUGCUCCUUUGCACCAUUAUUUAGUCAUUUAUUUAAUGCAUCUUUGUCUUGCCUUUCAGCUGUAAAAGGCCCCCACAAUGUCUUACAUCAAUCCAAUAAUAAGAUUGUCUUUGCCCUCAGGUUUACAUACUAAAAGUCAUGACACAAAAGGAGAAAAGACAGGGAGAGAGUAGGAAAGAAGCAAACUCGGGUGCUAGUUCUUAGUUACAGUGUUCUCUUUAGCAGGGAGAGGAGAAUGUAAGCUUGCUGCUGCAGCUGCUCCUCUGGCAUAUGAAUAUGACCAGGUAGGUCUCUAUCUUGCCAUGAUAGGAGUCAAAGGGACCUGACCUCCCAGUAGUCCUUGAGGCUAAUAGCCCUACUGGCUAAUGAAUGGGGCCAGAGCCUGCUGCCCUUUUAUCUGUGCAAUCCCAGGGCAACUGUCAGCUGGAACACUCAGUAGGGUGCACUUUCAGAUGUGUGUCUCAGCUCUUAAACAUUUGACUACCUUGCACGAGUCUUUGUACGUUCAGUUGCCAGUAACGUUUUCCACAACAGAAAGUAAAUUCGAACCAGAGCAGAAUUGGGCUCAGAAUAAAUGCCCCCCUCAGCAGAACUACAGUAUUCACCUUCAGAAACCAAACCUGUUAGAAUAUAUAAUGCUUAAUUGAAGUCUACAAAACCCAUGGCAAAAACUCAUAGCAGAUCUUGAUAGGAGGCAAGAUAAUACCUAUUUAAAGCACCAUACAACGUGUGUUAUCUACCUAAUUUUCCUCCAUGUAGGAAACUACCUAUGUUCUGCAACAUGUACACUGAGUUACAUAUGUUUGUCUCACAUUAAACUACUGCUGUCUUUCCUCCAUGAAGUGAUACCAUUUAAUGAAGGUGGAUCCUUAGAAAUCCUGAGAUUUCAGCACCAUUUUUCUGGUUUCCAAACCUACUUUUUGCAGUCAUGACUUAAAUUUCUUCAUACAAAAAAAAAUAUGGUUUUUUUUCAGCAUGUGCAAGAACCUACAAAUGAUACCCAAACAUAUUGGGAUACACUAAUAUAUUUUGAGAGUGCAGUCAUGUCUCUUGGGCUUUUUUAACCACCUCCCCCAAAAUCUACACUCUUUCUUGCUGUAUGCUGUUGCUAUAAUCUCAUAUGAGACAAGUUGGGAAAUCUUUAAUUCUGCAGGUUUUAUUUUAAAAAGAGAAUAAAUGUAAGGUUUGUUUCCAUGCCUAGCUAUAUGCUAGUUAAUUGGAGAAGCAUACUGCAAGGGUGGGGGGAGUCUUCAGGGAGCAUGCUAGAGUUGCAUGAAAGUCAACAUUAGUGAGUUUUCAGUAAUAUAUAUUCUUACAGGAUUCUGUGAUGCCUUCCCAGGAACCUCAGUUAGAUGAUAAGAAUGAUGAAGUUGACAUUCCCACAGAAGAGAGUGAUGGAAGUAAGUAAUGUUUCUUUUCUCAAUGUACAUAUUUGGGGGUGGGGAAUCAGCUAGUCUAGCCCUUAUAUGGUGCCAUUAAAUGUAAAAAUCCCUACAGAUUUAAUUGGUAGUUUGGAUCUCCCAGUUGCAGCCUGCUGCAAAGUGAGAACAACUAUGUUUGGUCCAAGACUAUGGAAUGGCUUUACCAUGAGAAGCCCAUAGUUUAAUAAUAGAGCACACACAGUAAUAGAGCAUACAUAAGUUCCUGUGUUCAGUCCCCAGCAACUGCAAGUCUUCUGCUUGAACUGGAGAUCGGCAGCCAGUCUGUGUAGUAGUAUUGACUGCUUUUAUUCUGCUUUGUCAUUUUCUCUUGCAGUACCUUAUAUUCCUUCAGCCCGAAAGCAUGACAAUAUUAAGGAUGAUUCUGAGGUAGGUUUUAUUAAAAGGUUUAACUGUUGGGUUUUUCUUCAGUCUAUUAAGCAUGCACAUUUCCUUAUUUCUGUCAUACUUUUUCAACAAUUAAAUAACCUUUAAUUUUGGUCCUAGCAGGUUCAUUAGAUAGACCUGUUGCAUCUCCUGUAUUAGCACCAUCUCUAGCAGUCUUCCUUUCUAGGGUUACAUUCACCUCCAGAUGACACCUAACUGCAACCCCCUCCCCUGCAGUGGUGAAAUCAAUACAAUCUGCCUGGUCCCAUUUACCUCCUGUAACUUAUGGUUCCUGUUUUCUAAUAGCUAUCCAUGGGAAAGAACUGUUCCUUGGAAAAACGUUGGGUCUUCAGGAGUUAAAAUACUGAGUGGGAUGCAAAUUGAGUGCCCUUGUAUGGGCUUGAAUGCCCAUGCAUGGUUCUCCUUUCAUCCCUCCCAAGAAUCACUAUACAGAUAGUUAAUGUUCAUGGAAUCAUAGGACUUCCCCUGCAAAGACAGGCUCUGGUGGAUUGAGCAGAUGAGACCAAUAAUAGGUCCAAUAGUCAAGAAGGUGGUUUCUGCCUAUCCUGUAGAGGGAAGUGAGGGGCAGGUGGAGCUCAUCAACCCGGGAAGGUAGCCCAUCUAGGAGAAGCAAGACUCUGAUUCUAAACCUCCACUGCCUUUGGAGUAUCUUUUUCUUUGGGAGAAAAAAAGGCUAAGGAGUAAACCCUACACAAAUCCAGAGUGGAGUCCCUAAGACGGUCAGAUGGCACCUUCUACGCUUCCUUCCGGUAACUCCUGCACCAAGCAGAUCCCAAAUGCAUUUCUCUGCUUUCCUUUGGACCGCAUCAGCGAGACCGAGGGUGGGGGUCUUUUUGUCUGGGCAGCUCUGGACUUUCAACACACUGCCCAGGCUUGCGCCCCAGUAGGGUCACUUCUGUUUGACUUCACCCCCGGAGGCACGCUCCGUUGUCUCUUGAGACAGACAGAUGCCAACAAAAAUAGAAUCAUAGGACUGUAGAGUAGGAAGGGGAUGCAAGGGUCAUCUAGUCCAACCCCUUGCAAUGCAGGAAUCACACCUAAGGAGUCCGUGACAGAUGGCCAUUUAACCUCUGUUUAAAAACCUCUGGCGAAGGAUAGUUCACCACCUGAAGUAGUCCGUUCUACUGUCAAACAGCUCUUAACAUCAGAAAGUUCUUCCUAAUGUUUAGUUGGAAUCUUCUUUCUUCUAAUUUGAAUCUUGGUUCUGGAGCAGCAGAAAACAAGCUUGCUCCAUUUCCAUGUGACAACCCUUCAGAUGUUUUGGAGUUACAGAAAUUCUAUAACUUGAUGUGUUAUGAGAUGAGAAUUGUCAAAAAAUAUAUGCUUAAACGUCUAAAAAAACUUACCCUCCCCUUUUUAUAGAGGUUAUCUCAACAAUCUAGGACCACUCUCCCCCAACCUCCAACUAGCUGCUUGAUAAAUCCAGAAACACUUUAAAUAGUCUUAAAGUGCUUUUAGAACAAUCACUUUUAAAAAACAAAGAUGCCAGGCAAUUCUUUAAUAAACAGACCAUCAUUUGAAAUGCUUCAUCUUCUUUCUUCACUAGAUUGGCUGCCAGUGCUAGUAAUGUACACAUGAGUGGCUUCUGCAGUUGACUAGACUGUCCUAAUUUCUGCCCAUAUAUUCUCUGCCUUAAGCAAUCGUUUCUAAAACCCCAAGCUUAAAUACAAGUUAAACAUAAUAAUUGAUUGAUUUUCUUAAGAAAAUCUAAGAAAAAUGAGUAUUUGUUGUGUUAGAUGUACACAUAACUGGACACGGGGUCCCCCACCUUAAUAUUCUUACAUUUGAUCAUCCCCACUUCCCUAACAAGUCAUUCUAAAAAGCACAUCCUGGAGAUGUGUUGUGUCGCUAGUCUUAUUCAGAGGAAUCUUUAAGCUCUGUUCAAUCUCCUGUUAAUAGCAGUCAAUCCUAGAUCAAGACUCCUUAUAUCCUUGAUCUGGCUAAAAGCAGAGUACCAAAAGGUCAAACCAAAAUAGACUGUUAAAAUGUUAAACAUUGUACAUAUAGUUUAACUAUUUUAAAGAUCUGCGUUGCAUUUGGUUUGGGAAAUAACCCCACAUUGCUUCCAAUAAUAAUUACUCUAAAAUAAUCGGAAGAGGCACCUUUCAUAAGUCUCUUGCUAGGGAGGGAAAAUCUUUUUUUGAGGGCAAAUAUUUUCUUUCGGACUGAGAUCAGAUUAGGGCAUAUUCUCAGUUGUUUAUUUGAUCUGGUCAGUUUCAGAGCAGUUGUAUUAUUAUUGUAUUAUUAUGCACAAAGCAAUGAACAAAGCUAAGAAUGACAUCAAAAGCACCAUAAAAAUCUCAUUACAACUAUAAAGUCUUUCUCCAUCUUAUUGAAUUUUUAGGUUCAGCAUGAAGAUGCGUCUUUUUAAUCAGGCCUUUGGGAAAGUAUAAUGCUGUAUUUGUGAUUAGAAUUUUUGCUGCGGUUUUGUGCUUAAAUUGUUAGACUGAUUAUUUUAGUAUCUUAAUGGUUCCUUAGGUUUUUAUGGGAUGUGGGUGGUGCUGUGGUCUAAACCACCAAGCCUCUUGGGCUUGCCGAUUGGAAGGUUGGUGGUUCGAAUCUGCGUGACGGGGUGAGCUCCCAUUGCUCUGUCCCAGCUUCUGCCAACCUAAAAGUUCGAAAGCAUACCAGUGCAAGUAGAUAAAUAGGUACCGCUGCGGUGGAAAGGUAAAUGGUGUUUCCGUAUGCUCUGGCUUCUGUCACGAUGUUCAGUUGCGGCAGAAGCGGUUUGGUAAUGCUGGCCACAUGACCCAGAAAGCUGUCUGUGGACAAAUGCCGGCUCCCUCAGCCUGAAGUGAAAUGAGCUCCACACCCCAUUUGACUGGGGUCAAAGGUCCAGUCACCUUUAACUGGACUUAACCAUCCAGGGGUCUUUUACCUUUAGCCUUUUACCUAGGUUUUUAUAUUUCCUUAGUUUUAUUUAUUUAAUUGCACAUAUUUUAAACCACUUUGGUGAAGGGCAGUUUGAAAUCAAAUCAAAUUAACGGCAACAUUUAUGCCGAAACAGAGCACUAAACAGCUUGCUUUAAACAGGAGUUUUUCAAAAAGCCUUAAAAGGUAGAACAGGCAUAGGCAAACUCGGCCCUCCAGAUGUUUUGGACUACAACUCCCAUCAUCCCUAGCUAACAGGACCAGUGGUCAGGAAUGGUGGAAAUUGUAGACUCAAAACAUCUGGAGGGCAGAGUUUGAAUAUGCCUGAGCUAGAAGGAAGUCUGAUAGAUCUUCUCAGGGAGGGCAUUCCAGAGUUUGGGCACCACCACUGAAAAGGCACCAUCCCUUCUAAGAAUGAGUCCUUUGGUGAUGGAUCUUUGAGGGUUAUGUUUAGAGUUUGGGAAUGUUCAUAUCAGAGAAGUGGUCUUAGAGGUAAACCAGUCCUAGGCUGUUUAGCACAGGGAAAAACAGGUAAACAAUGGCACUGGUACAUUACUGGAGUUAUAUACCUGAAGGAGCGUCUCCACCCCCAUCGUUCUGCCCGGACGCUGAGGUCCAGCGCCGAGGGCCUUCUGGCGGUUCCCUCAUUGCAAGAAGCAAAGCUACAGGGAACCAGGCAGAGGGCCUUCUCGGUAGUGGCGCCCGCCCUGUGGAACGCCCUCCCAUCAGAUGUCAAAGCGAUAAAUAACUACCUGACAUUUAGAAGACAUCUUAAGGCAGCCCUGUUCAGGGAAGUUUUUAAUCUGUGAUAUUUUACUGUAUUUUUGGUUUCUAUGGAAGCCGCCCAGAGUGGCUGGGGAAACCCAGCCAGAUGGGCGGGGUACAAAUAAUAAAUUAUUAUUAUUAUUAUUGUAAGAUCUAAUUGCUGAGCAGUUCUUCCAGGCAGCCUAGUCUUCUAUCUCCACCACAUGCUUUUUGUAUCAUAUAACCAUCAGAGGAAAAAGCGACUGUACCUAGGAAUCCUUCGAUUAUUCAUUGAUACAGCUCCAUCUAAGAGCUGCUGCCAUGUAUAUGAAACUAAAUUAUCCCUUAUUUGUAUGAAACAAAUUAUCUUUUGUAAGCUACCUUGGGAGGGCAUUGCCCUGAAGAGCAACAUAUAAGUUCUAAGAAUAUACAAUCAAAACCGAACAGGACUGCUGAGUUUCAAUCUUUCUCUCAAUAGUUCAGCCCUACUUUUACCAACCAAUGCCUCUAGAAGCUGAAAGGUCAUUCCACCAGGGGAAUGGCCAUUUCUAGCCUUCAUCGUAGGUUUGUCAGUAGAGGAGCUGUGCAAAGCUUCCAUGUAGUCCACACCACCUAUGUUUCUGUAAUACUGUUGUCUAGAACCUCCCAAGGGUGCAACACUUUCCUCCCAGGUAUGUCAGCUCACUAAUCUAUCAUAUAUAGGAGACUGCAAAAAGGUCGCAAAGAAGACUGGUAGGUUACUUAUCUGUCAGUGAUUAUCUUCGAGUGGUCACCUCUGCGGUCACACAACAUUGCCCUCCUUUCCAUUGUGUGUGUUGUCCUGUGCACUGGGAAAGUUGCAGUCACUGAGAAGGAAUGUGCACACCCUCCCUUCACUGGUAUUUCCCUUUUGGGGAAUGGAGGAGGCAAUGCCUGCUUCCUGACUAAAGCACUAGAGUGUUCUUUUGAAGCACAGGUCUUGUGCACAUAGCAGUACAAAGUGCUACUCACUUUAAAUACAAGCAACAGUGCUGCUGAUGAGACCUCUGUGAGCAAGCUGAUACUGGAGAAGAAUGAUUUACAUUCACCUAAGACAAGUGUUGAAAAUGAAAGGAUAUUUUUAUUUAUUUAAGUAUGAUUGAGCAAGAGCAGUAUUUAGCAAUUUUUAUGGUAUGUUAAGCUGCCAAUGUUUGUUUGUUCAAAAGGCUAUGUGGUGUCUUACCUGCUUGCCUCUCCUUAUAGGAGCUCAAGCCAGUUAUUGAUGGAAUGGAUGGAAUUAAAAUCUCUCAGGGGCUUGGUCUACAGGACUUUGAUCUAAUCAGAGUUAUUGGACGAGGAAGCUAUGCCAAAGUUCUAUUAGUGCGGUUAAAAAAAAAUGAUCAAAUUUAUGCGAUGAAAGUAGUGAAGAAAGAAUUAGUCCACGAUGACGAGGUAAGAGCUUAAUUCAGUACAUUACAUGAAAUCACAGAAGCAUAGCCAAGAGAAUUAAUUAUAAGGGGAAAAUGUAUGGUUGAUUUGAUCAUAAAUUUCAACCCUCCUCAGCCGAUGAACACUUAACAAUUGUUGCCAUUUUGGUUAGACACAGUAGGCAAGAUGACUUUGGGGGGAAAUCUAUGGGAGAUCUAUUAUGAUAUCACCCUUAAAAAACCAAAACCCUUCUUCCACAGAAUUUGCAUGUGGCAAUUUCUUAAAUGUAUUUACUGCUUUUCAUCAAAGGAUCACAGGGCAGUUUACAAUAUACAAUUGAUGUUGUCAGAGAGGGUAUUGCAUCACAUGUCGUUUGGCCCUUUGUUGUCUCUGAAGGUGAGCAGACCUAGGCUCAGCCAAUUACAAAAGGCUAUUGGUAAUCCCUUGUAUACUCCUGAGCUUCUAGGGAAUAUGCUGGCAAAGCGGUACCAAGCAGGAUUGAACUCUCCACUCACCAGCUCAUGAGCAGAAGAUUCAAUCCUCCUCUCUGCAGGGGUCUGCUUCUCCAGCAUGAAACAGGACUCAGGCUAUUGAACCCUUUCCACCAGCUGAUGUUUCCCAGUGAUGUCAUCUGAUUGACAGGUGGACUUACUGACAGGUGGACUUGGUUUGGGGAAAAUGGCCCUGCUGGCCAAGUUAUACCCCCUGGCAGGCUGAGAUCGGCCCACAGGCCAGAGGUUCUCUACCUGUGAUUUAAAUGCACAGUUUUUCCCACUGAUGAGAAAUGGAGAUAACCCCAGCUGCACAGAAACAGUUACUAGAUUUUUAGGUGCGUAAAUACAUACGUACAUACAUACAUAAUUUUAUUUGUAUGUCAUCUUGUUUCCCAAGAAAGACAGAUGUCAGCAAAAAAGCAAAACCUUUCCAUAGCCAAAACCAUGCUCAAGGCAACUUACAACAUGCAAAAUACCAUAUAAUUACAAACAAAGCAAACGUAGUCAUAAACAAUAAAUAAACAUCAAAAAGUACACAAUGAAUUGAACAGUUUCCACAUAAAUAAUAUCAAAAAUAAAGCUACAAAACAUUCAUAUCAAUAACUGCUACCAAAAAAUAUCGAUAAUAGCAACCCCCCCCCCCCAAAAUACCUGAGUCCGAGAGUCUGUUCAACAGCCUCAGCUUCUGCAGCUGGAGUCAAUCAAGGCCAGGUAGAAAAGGGCCUGCAAGGCAGGGAGCAGGUCUUCCAGGACUCACAACCAAGAAGUGUAUUUAUAAAAAACACAGAUAACUUGAAUCAGGAUUUGGUCAAAGUUAUAUGAAAGGGAGCAUCCCCAAGUUCAUUUUAACCAGAGUUAACAAUUUUAUAGAAUGAUUCAUUCAAGAGUAAGGUGUGUGAGGAUGGGAGAGAAUGUGUUUUCUCUUUCUCACACACUCACCCGAACCUUAAUUUUCUGAUUUUUAGUGCUUCUGGAACUUUAAUAUUUUGCACAUACAGGCAGGAAAAUGUUGAAUGGGUCAGGACAUCAGUUUAAAGCAAAUGCUUUAGUAGUGAUAUAAAUAUGUGCAAGAAGAAUAUAAAUGUGUUUGACUGAACUUCUUGGUGUUGUCCACAGCCUGUUGUAUAGCUGCCAUUGUAAUGAUCAAAUUACUCCGUUUCAGGAUAUUGAUUGGGUGCAGACAGAAAAACAUGUGUUUGAACAGGCAUCCAGUAAUCCGUUUUUAGUUGGCUUGCAUUCCUGCUUUCAAACGACAAGUCGGUAAGUGAGCAAAUCCUUAUCUCUUUACAAAAUUUAAGAUAACUACUUUCAAGAACCUUGAUGGACAUGGCAAUCUCUGCAUAUCUGUGCUAGAGCUUUGCUACCAGAGUGAACUGAAGUGAGACUUACAUGCUGUACAGUGGAACUUCGAGUUGUGGACGUACUCCCUCCUGGAGGCACGUCUGCAACUUGAAGCAUUUGCAUCCAGAAGCGCCGCGUCUGCUCAUGCGCGAACGGUCAAACCCGGAAGUAACCGUUCUGGUACUUCCGGGUUGCCACGGGACGCAACUUGAAAAGACGUAACCUGAAGCGGAUGCAACAUGAGGCAUGACUGUAGUCUUCUUGACUCCAGGAGAGUGAAUGGCUUGCUGCCAUUGAUUAUUUCUCUUUGGCCCUUGUUACCAUUCUUGCUCAAAGUUUACAUCUCUCUAACAUGUCUGAAAUGUACUUUUCUGUGUUGUUGUUAAUAAAUUUAUAUACCACCCUUCAUCCAAAGAUCACAUGACAAUAUUCAGCAUAAAAACACAAAAGACAUGAUGUAAUUGGAAAAAGCAAAAAGUAUUUUCAAGAAUUAUUCUAGUGCUAGGGGAUCCUCGUUGCUCUGUGUCCUGGUCCAUUGCACCAGAAAGCAGGGUUCUGUUGGUUUAACAGAGCUGACUUAGAUACUAGCACAUUUUAUCAAACACACAUGAGCAAAGCAUGCAUAACAUUAGACACUUUGGCAUAGGAAGUAGAGUGUCCUUGUUAAGAUACCAGGAUGGAAGAACAGAAAUGAAAAAAAAAGUGAAAUAAAAGGCAAAUGACAAGAUAAGCUGUUAAAGUGUGGUGUAGUGGUUAAGAGCAGUGGACUCAUAAUCUGGUGAACUGGGUUCGCAUCUCCGCUCCUCCACAUGCAGCUGCUGGGUGACCUUUGGAUAGUCACACUUCUCUGAAGUCUCUCAGCCUCACUCACCUCACAGAGUGUUUGUUGUGGGGGAGGAAGGGAAAUGAGAUUGUUAGCCGCUUUGAGACUCCUUAGGGUAGUGAUAAAGCAGGAUAUCAAAUCCAAACUUUUCUUCUUCUUCCAGAAGGGAGGGAAUUUUACAAAAUAAAUAAAAAACAUGAGGUGUGAUGGGCCAUUAACAGCGGUACAGUACAGUAAACACUGCUUUAUAUGUCAACAGAAGUCUCUUAAACGGUUUACAAAUCCCAGCGAAAAAUCAACAUGAGAAAUAAAAUGCAAAUUCCUCAUUCAAAAAUGAACAAUGCUACUUCGGUUUGAUGAUGCUUCUACAUUUGGAGGGAAAUGGUGCGUGCGAGUAGUAGUGGAGGCUGGAAAGUGUGUUUGUGUAUGACUGAGAGCGCGCACAAUAAUAUAUCUGUCUGAAGAUAGUGCAGGAUACUGUCAUCUACCUAUCCUCAUUGUGAUCUGUCCAGAGAGAGAGAGAGAGAGAGCGCGCAAGGGUUGUCAUCAGAGUGAAUCCAAAAGAAGAUAGAGCAGGCAUGCAUCAGUCACAAAAGAAUUUACUGGGCAGGGAGCGGUAGAUGGGGGGAUGCAGAGACAGGCACUAAAAGCUGGGAGUUCAAGGAGUCAGUCAGGCUCAGUGCAUGCCAGCAAAACUGCUUUCCUAAAAUCACACUGAGUUCUAGGCUUCAAGAUCUGUCUUAGGGCAGAUCCACACCAUACAUUUAAAAGCAUAUCCAAUGCACAUUUAAAGAACACGACUCUCCGCAAAGUAUCCUGGGAACUCUUCUUUCCCCUUCACAGAGCUACAAGUCCCGACAUCCUUAACAAAACUGCAGUUCCUAGUAUUAUACGGGGGAGAAUUCAUUUGCUUUAAAUGUGUGUUGGGUGUGCUGUAAACAUAUGGUGUAGAUAUGCCCUUAGAAAGGUAAGAACUAACAAGAUCUGGAAAUGGUGUGGCAAAAACUAGCUACAUGAUUCCUCUGUUGACCCCAAAUGAAGAUUUUAAGAUGCAGUGUGCAUAUUUAACAUGCUUUUGAACAGGAUAUAAAUUUGGACGAUUAAAAGGCCCUUCUUAAUUAAUCCUCUUCUAGAAUGCGCCUUGGCAUUUGUGUGAGUUUUUAUUUAUUAAUAGUGCCUUCUGUCCUUUCAUUGGAUGGCAUCUUUAUGCAUAGCACAGCUUGAAAAACAGUUUUGGGUUCUUUUGGGAGAACACUUAAUAAACUCUUAGCUGCCGUCAAAGUACUAAUGGAUUUUUUCUUGUCUGCAUGAGCUGAAAUACUACUUCAGGUUUUUUACCACUUCAGCUUUUAAUAGUCACACAAAACUUAUUGUCAGGCUCAGGGGUUGAGACUCAUCCCAGGAGACUUUGCAGUGGUGUCCAAACUUUUUUCAAAGAGGGCCAGAUUUGAUGAAGUGAAGGGCUGAGAGGGCUGACCAAAGGGCCAUGCCUGCUUUAGGGAAUCUGAGAUAUUCUUGGACAUUCUGGGGGAUUUUCCAGUUCAUAUGCCUGGCACUUCUAUUGAUGCCCUGGUCUCAUUGUACAAUAGUUUCCUUGUGAUCAUAGGGUAUUGAUGGUGUUCUUUGUUAUGCCUGUUUAUAAAUAAAUAAUGUGAGCAGAGGAGAGCAGGCAGGCAACCAAAUGGGCUAGUCUUCAAAGAUCAGCCACCCAAGAACUCACUUGCUUGAAGCUGGCUGUUAAAAGGCAGCCUUGGAGAACUGCAAGGAUGUGCUUCUUGCCAGCUAGCUGUAAAACGUAGCCUCAUUUCUUUGGCCAUAAUUAAACCGCAAAGCUGUUUCAGUUCCUGUCCCUCCCUGCCCAGGUUUGAUACAGAUCCCAGCUAUCGUAGACCCCUAAUCAAUCACCUUCAGUGAUCAAAUGAUACUAAAGCUGAAAGGUAAAGGGCCAUUUUGCUUAACCGCAUAGCAUACUUACAGCAAUAUUUUAAAAGCUUUCAUCGGUUGCCAUGGUUGUAGAAGUACUAGAUAGGGUAUUGUCUUGAGAAUAUGUGGAAGUUCUGUGUGGCUGUCUAGACAGAGAUUGUGUUCAAAUUGGAUGUACAGGGCAUAACAAAAAUAUAAUUCACAGCUGGAGGUGUUCACAGCAUUACAGAUGCAUCUCACUAUUUUUUGGCCUGCACAAAUCUGGAGUGGAGUCGCUAAGAUGGUUGGAUGGUGCCUUAUAUGUCUCCUUCCGACAACUCCUGCAGCCAAGCUGGUUCCAAACGUAUUCCUCUGCUUUCCUUUGCACCAUAUCAGCAAGACUGAGAGGGGGAUCUGGUUGUCUGAGCACUGAAUUCUGACUUUCAGUGCUCCAAAAAUUUAUUGAGCAGGAUAAAAUAAUUGCAAUGUCCUGUGGCUUAAAUUCCAUUAACACCUCCCCCCCCAAAAAACCCUAUUGAGGACACCAGACCCAACUUAAAAUAAAAGAAAGUUGACCACCUGCCUCUCCAGAUGUGCAAGUCUGAAUGUCACAGUUCUGAAGUCAGUGUGUGCAUGUGUCCAUGAAAAUGAAGCAUUUUGGAGUGGAUGGGUUUGGGAUUUGUCCCAUUUCUACUUUUACACUGAUUACAAAAGACAGCAAGGAGAUUUUACACGAGAACAAGUAUAGCCCACCCUUCUGAGAGGAGAGGCCAUCAUUCAUUCAUUCGUUUGUUUGUUUGUUUGUUUGUUUGUUUACUUCUGUAAACGUAUAUCCUGCCCUUCCUCCUAAAGGGAUCUCAAGGUGGCUAACAGAUAUAUAUUUCUGACAAUGCAGAAAUACCAAUAAAAGCUUUCAAAACAACCAAAGUAAAAUAGCAAAAUCAGUGGAAAGAUUCUUAAACUCCAAAGUCUUGGCACAAUAAUGAAGGCCCAGGAGGAUAUGCUCUCUCAUCAAGAUCAAACCAUCCUACCUGCCUUUUAUCAGUUUUCCUAUCUUCCAUACUUUCUGGACUUAAAAAUGGUAUCCUGUCCCCAGGUCUGGAUUUAUUGAUCAUAAAUAAGUGUAAGGGACAGCUAUUUCAUAUGCCAUCAACAUUACAACCUGAAGUCUUGAUGUGGCCCAAAAUAAAAUGAAUGUAUUCCUAUAUGUGUUGCUUUUAUGCCAUAAUAUUUCUUAAACAGGAGACAAUGUUUUUCAAUAGUAAGACACUAAAUAGACUAACAGCAUACUGUUGGAGUGUGUUCCACAAAAGUGAAAUAAGAGGGUUGGUGAACCGAUAAUUGUCUUCUGUAAUUAGAAUGUUACAUGACUGCUUAAUGCUGAUUGGCUUGUGUGGGCAAUUUCCUCAAGCCAGAUAAUCAGAACUUGCAUGUUAUACUUUCAGGUUGUUUCUUGUUAUAGAGUACGUGAAUGGGGGCGACCUCAUGUUUCAUAUGCAACGGCAAAGAAAACUCCCUGAAGAACAUGCAAGGUAUUUUAAGUGGCAGCUAAAAAUGCAUUGUCAUCUUUUUGCAGGUGCCAACAACUUGUUUAAAUCAGCUUAGUUCCACUGAAGUUGUAAGUGUAUUGUUAAUGCCUUCGGCAAUGUAUGGGUUGCCUUAAAGAGUUCUACUUCGCAGGCAAAACGUUGAUCUCCCAAUUCUAGAGUCUGGGUGCAAUCCCUUGGCUCCUAUUACCUGGAGUUCUUUUCUGCUGAACUUCUGUGAGAUUUCUUAUGCUCUCUUGUUGCCUGUUUGUUAUAUUGCCCUUUAAUCUUUCUAAAUGUGGCAAGGUUGGUGCCGCAAGCACAUAUGAAACCAAUUUUGCUGUGGAGGCCGGUCCAUUAGGACAAAUGAGGCACUGCCCCACCAAGCUCAUUCUGCCCUCAGUCAGCCCUAGCCUGCUCACCUUUUGCCCUGGAAGAGCUCAGCAGGCUGAAGGAGGAUGGGGACAAAACUAGAAUUAGUUUGGGCAGGGCACACCUUUAUCAGCACAACCAGACGCCUUCAUCUGCCCCAGCUGCAACAAAAUAUGUCUUUCCUGUAUUGGUCUCUAUAGCCACAGCAGGCACUGUAACUCCAGUGAUUUGACUUCACCCCCGAAGGGGCACUCUUCCAUUGUCUCCUGAGACAGACGGAUGCCAGCAUGUCACUGGCUCUGGCUUCACCUACUGCUCUGGCUCACCUCCUACCACCCAACAAUUCUCAAUGGGUGACAGCCACCACUGAUAUAAGAGUUAUCAAAAAAGCAUGGCAUCCUGUUUGGGGUUUGAUUUAAAGUGAGAUACUGAUUUAAACACUUAGCAUGUGAGCUUCUGAAUCAAAACAAGAUUAGUGUAGAUGCUCCUCACAUUUGGACUGGGGAGUGUAUUUUUUUUUUAAAAAAUGCAUUUUAUUAACACUGCUCUUAAAAGUCACUGUUUCAUUUAAGGUUCUAUGCUGCUGAAAUCUGUAUUGCUCUCAACUUCCUACAUGAGAGAGGCAUAAUCUACAGAGAUUUAAAAUUAGACAAUGUUCUCCUGGAUGCAGAGGGUCAUAUCAAGUUAACAGACUACGGUAUGUGCAAGGUAAGUUUACUCUUCAAGCCUUUGGGCUUUUUUCAUCAUAGUGUGUUUUUUUUAAAAAGCAGAAUUGAUUAUACUAGAAGGAAUUUGAGAAAUGUUCUCGCACUUUUUUCCCAUUGAAGUAACUAUCAGGCACAUUACUGGUCUUUGCAGAAGACUUUCCCUGUGUCUUUGUACUUCCUUCUAGCUGCAGUGCAGUUCCACUUCUGGGAAGGGUGCAUACAUAGGCCAGUCCCAGCCUUUCCCACAGCCCCUUAGAAGCUUGAGGUACGCCUUAUUAUUUUCUGCUGUACCUCUAUCAAGCAACACACCCUCCCUCAAUUUACUCUAUUUAGGGUGCCUCCAUAGCGCAUCAGGAAGCCACUGUGUAGAUGUUCUUAGCAUGAGAAUGGAAGGCAAAAGAAAAAUUAGCUGAAAAUACUGAAGGUAAACAAGAACUGUGCAUGGUGUAGAUAAAAUGGAGAAGUUUCUCAGACACAUAAUACUAGAACUCAGGAUCAUCUAUUGACACUGAUUAACAGAAGAUUGUGGAUAGUUAGAAAAUAGUAGUACAUUACGUAGUACAUAAUGCACUAGGGGAAAAUUAAAACUUCUAGUUUAGAAGACUAGAAGAGAUGUCUACCAAUGGCUACUAGUUGUGAUGGCUGUGUGGAACUGCCAUUCUCCUGCAUGGAAUUCUGUGCACUCACCUAUUGCUACCAGGCUAGUGCUUAAAUAACAAUGCUAUAUAAAUAAAUUCUUCAGAGUAACAGCUUCAGUUGCAUUAAGUGGUAUGUGUGAAAUGCUUUUACUUACUUUGCCAAACCUUUAUUAGGCAUUACAAGUAUAGGCCAUCAUAAACAAUAAUAAAAUAUCCAUAUACAGUGGUACCUUACAGACGCUUCAAGUUACAGACGCUUCAGGUUACAGACUCCACUAACCAGAAAUAGUACCUCGGGUUAAGAACUUUGCUUCAGGAUGAGAACAGAAAUCGCGCAGCGGCGGUGCAGCGGCAGCGGGAGGCCCCAUUAGCUAAAGUGGUACCUCAGGUUACCUCAGUUUAAGAACAGUUUCAGGUUAAGAACGGACCUCCGGAACGAAUUAAGUUCUUAACAGGAGGUACCACUGUAUAAAGUUUUAAAAUACAUACAAAUAAACAGCCAUGUAAAAUAUAUAAUGUGUGAAAUGCUGAAUUUUCCAGGUUUUGUGGAGGAGUCCUGGGAGUGUGGCAUCUCCUGCUGACUAAAAGGAAAUUUCAGAAGGUCAUGUUUCUUUCAUACAUAAACUGUUGUGUUUUAUUUCUGCAGGAAGGAUUGGGCCCUGGUGACACUACAAGCACUUUCUGUGGAACACCAAAUUACAUUGCACCAGAGAUUCUACGAGGAGAAGAGUACGGUGAGUUGUUAUGUAGUGUGUAUAAUGAUUUAAUUGCUGCAAGUCAUUAAAGUUCUAAUUUCAAGAAGCUAUUGAUGUGCUGCUUAUUUAUUUAUGUGUAUGUCUUUCCCCUAAUAACUAGAUGCCAGAGUAAUAGCAGGGUUUGUAUGUUACUUACUUUUUUGUGUGAAGGAAAAUGUUGAGUUCUUCUUAAAAUGUGCAUUGUUCAGAAGAAUUGUAAGACUAGCUCAGUACUCUGUGCCUUGAGACCAGGUAGCAAAACUCAAAUGAAGUUUAAAAAAGAAGAAGUUUGCCGUCAUCCUCUGUGGUUCAAGAUGUAAUGGCAUGUAAGCUAACAAAGAGCAAAAUUUACAACAGCACAGAACAGCUAAAGGUUGAGUGAUGUUUUCCCUCCUGCCGCAUUGCUGUUCUGUGCUGCUGUAAAUUUUGCUUUUCCUUAGUUUUGUGAUUUUAUUUUAUGAUUUUAAUACAAUAUAUUAAUGUAGCGUUGUAUCCAAUUUUAAUCUUACUCAGAGUAAACCCAUAGAAGGUAAUGUACAUGACUAACUUAAAUCCAUUAAUUUCAGUGCUCUGAGUAGGACUGACUUUGGAUACAACACACAAUAUAUAUUUAGUGAAGAAUGUAAGUAUAAAUAACAAAGGCAAUAUUAACUUUUUUGCUGUUUGUGUUUGGCUUUAUUUUCACAAAGGGCACAAAGUGCUCAGUGAUUUGUAAAUCACACAACAGAAAUGAGUACAAACAAGGGUUUGAAAUGAUGCUUGAAUGUAUGUGCUGCUUGAACGUAUAAAUCUCAAAUAUUUUUACAGGGUUCAGUGUGGAUUGGUGGGCACUUGGUGUCCUAAUGUUUGAAAUGAUGGCAGGAAGAUCUCCCUUUGAUAUUAUUACAGACAAUCCAGAUAUGAACACUGAAGAUUACCUCUUCCAAGGUAUUGCUGUUUAAUUUUGUAUGUAUGUAUUUCUUGGAUUUAUAUCACAUGCUGAAAGUCAGUGGCUCUCCAGGAUCUUGUACGUCACCAACUACCUGAACCAUGGUUGCUUCUUGGGCAGGCUUCCUCAACCUUGGCCCUCCAGAUGUUUUUUUGGCCUACAACUCCCAUGAUCCCUAGCUAGCAGGACCAGUGGUCAGGGAUGAUGGGAAUUGUAGUCUCAAAGCAUCUGGAGGGCCGAGGUUGAGGAAGCCUGUUCUUGGGCAUUCUGAGACAAUAUAAUGGAAUAGCACUUUGAGUUUUAUAAGUGGCCUGUAUGAGCUAGUGGGAUUUGCCAGUCAGGACAAUUUAAUAAUUCUGCAUACUUACUAAUUAGAGGGGUUUAUCUACUGUUGUCCCAUUACUGUAGAACAUCUGUUUAGAACUUGAUCUUCUCUUAAAGUGCUCCCCAGAUCCGCUCCCCAAUAGAGGACACCCCUUCCCCAAGUUCUCUGGUAAUUGCAAAGGUUGUUAAAGGAGGAGAACUGUCUGUCUGGAUUUGCAGAAGGCAUAAAUGGUGCCACAUCUGCAAAGUCUUUGCUGGAACUUAAACAAUCCAGGCUUCUGUCAUAAAGAGAACUUGGGAAAUGGUAACAACCACUUGCAAAUCCCCAUCCACACCUCCACAAACUGAAGAGGCAAAAGACUUGGGCCAUUUCUUGUCUUCUAGAAAGCCCCACAAGAGGUAAAACAAUAUUCUGUCCCAUAAUCCACUUUCUCCAUACCAUGCAUGAAGUUAUACACCUUGAUCGUGCCCACCCUUAACUUUUUUUAGAAAACCAGAAAGCCCCAAAUGUUGCAACAUAUCUUCAUAGGGAAGUGGUUUCAGCCUCUUAAUUGUUUUAGUUGUCCUUUCCUGAACCUUUUCAGUCUUUACAAUAUUAUUUCUGAGGUGUGCCAACGAGAACUGUACACAGGUGUGGUUGUACCAUGUUUUGUAUAACAGCAUUAUGAAACUGGCAGUUUUAUUUUCAAUCCCUAAUGAUCCUUGACAUGGAAUUCACCUUUUUCACAGCUGCUGCGCACUGGGUCAAUAUCUGUGUUAACGAAUAUACUUUGUCUCUAAAUUUCACAAAACAGAAUCACAAACUUUCAAAACCAUGCCCACUUACUGUAAACUUCUAUUUGUUUCACUCCAAUUUCUGCUUUCCUGUUAGAGGCAAGCUUUCCUCUCAGUGCUGAAUAAUCUGCUCAUUCCUGGACUGUUUAGUAAGAAUUAUGGUACUGUAUCAGAGAAUAACAUCUCUCUUUUUUUAAUUAAAAAAUCUCCUUUUAACAGUUAUCCUUGAAAAACCAAUCCGAAUUCCAAGAUUCCUUUCUGUGAAGGCAUCCCAUGUCCUGAAAGGAUUUUUAAAUAAGGUAAAUUCUGCACACCUGAUCUUUUGUUCUAUUCUUGUUUGUUCAAAACCACUUAUUUGACUUAUUUCUCUCUGCUUCCUCUAUUAGCCCCGGAACAGCCAUUCUUCUCUGGUUGGCAUGGAAUAUAUCCACGUGAUGGAUUGUGUUCAAUAGUUUGCUUAAGGCAAGGCAUGUGACUAACUGAACUGUUGGAGGUCUCUCUUUUCCUUAGUCUUCUCCUUCAGUUCAGCUCUUGCCUGAAGCAGAUGUUGUCAUCCUCUUCCUCCUUUUCAGCUUUGUGCUCAGGUUCCUGUGAACUUCAUCUUCCAUCUUUUCCUGUAUUUCACUGCUUCCUUUUCUUCAGCCCCUUUUCCCUGUUUGUUCAGCUCCAUAAAAAAAAGAAGCAGCAUUCCUUGUACUGACCUUUUCUUCUUCUUUCUCACUGGGAGUUUCUGACCCACUUUUCAAAGGCAGCCCCAUGUAGCAUGUGUUACAGUAAUACAAGCGGCAUGUAACUGUGGCCAAAUAAGACACCUCAAGGAAUGGGCGCAGCUGGUGCACUAGCUUUAGCUGUGCAAAUGCACUCCUGGCCACCGCAGAGACCUGGUGACACCAAGCCCCAACACUCUGGGCAAGUGUCUUCAUGUAAAUAUUAAAUAGCAUGGGGAACAGAACAGAACCUUGAGGGACCUUGGAGGCCAAUGGCCAAGGCAUCAAACAGAAUUCUCCCAGCACCACCUUCUGAGUACAACUAUCCAUGAAUGAACGGAGCCACAGAGCUUUAUCAAAAUUGUCUUAAUCUCACAGAUUUAUUACUGAUGCCUCUCUUGACAUGGUGCUGCUCAUUGGCCAUUCUUUUUCUGCCAGUGCAAAGACUAGAAGAACAAGCAAUAAGCUGGCCUUUGUUUCCACUUCAAGGCAAACUUUUUUUGGCAUAGGAAGAACUAAUAGACCUUUUGUCAGUUUUAAAAGCCCUUUUCCUCCUUUCAUCCUCAAGGACUUUCCUGUCGCUCCAGGGAUUACAGAUCCAACAAACUGGUCUGGACCAGAAUCCAGUUCUCAAGGCACAAGCCAUUUUCUUGCUUCAAGACCAGCAACAUCAGCCAAUCCAAGUCAGGCAAACGACUUCUGAUACCCAGAUUUUUAUUCAGACGGCUGUCUCUACUCUUCUUACAUUGCCCUUUUAACUCUUUUGUUUGGUCUGUUUUUUACACUUGUAAAGAAUUGGAGCUUCCCUCCCACUGGAAAAGAGGUGGCCAGUCAUGUUCUCCAUUGUUUUCCUUCUGGAGUAAUUUUGGGGUUUUCUUGUUCAGCCUGCGCUCUCUCUCAGGGUCUGGCCUUUUGUAGCUUGGCUAUGGACAGAACUGGAAGUGGAUCUAUCUAUCUAUCUAUCUAUCUAUCUACUCUAUCUAUCUCCAUCCAACAGUUCAGCUAGUCACAUGCCCUUGCCUUAAGCAAAUCAUAGAACGCAACCCAUCACGUAGCUGUAUCCCUACGCCAACCUAGAAGGUUCAUUCAUGGUAAGUGACCAGUGUGUCUUUCCCUCUCAUAAUUAUAAUUGCUUUGAGCAUUUUAAAUGUUGUUGUUUUUUAACAGGAAGCUGUUUUUAGUGUCACAAUUAUGGACAUUGUGCGAAUGGAUAUGAUUUUCUCCAAAUUUCACAAAGUAGAAUCCUAAGUAAAAUGAGAGUAGUAAAAUAUAAUGUCUAAAAUUACUGAGCAGGUCUCAUAAGCCCUUAUCAGUAAGCAUGCGAUUCAGUAGGCAGUUAGAUACGGUGUGUGACCCUAAGCCUGCUGAUCCACAAGCGGUUCUCAAUAAAUUCAGUGGGACUUUCUAAGCAUGAUUAGGGUUGUACCCAUAGCUAAUUUAAUGAAAAAGAUACAUUUACUUAGGUAAUUCUAGCAGUUUUCUUUGAAAAGAGUAGGUGAUAAAAUAAGACCAAAGUUUUCUUAAUCAUAAAUGGUACCAAAAGAGCUUCUCUCCCAAUACAAAUAGCAGCUUUGGAGGGGUGAAUUUCAUUAGAACUGCAGCCUGUCUGUGUUGGGGGAAUAAACUCCUUUCACUAUGGCCCUAAUGCUGGCCCUCCAGAUGUUAAUGAACUACAACUCCCAUCAGCCCCUGCAGGCAUGACCAAUGGCCAGAGAUAAUGGGAGUUGUAGUUCAGCAACAUCUGGAGGGCCAAAUGUUUUCUACACCUGCUCUAGUGGUUGCUAGUUGUGAUUUUUAUUUUUUAAUGCUAAUUAUAUUUCACAGCAGUUGUAGUUUGGCUCUACAUAUUUGUACUUCUUGUACUUGUAGCUGUUGUUUAUAUCAUGGACAAAAUUAAUUUUGUUCUUGCCUCUAGGAUCCCAAAGAGAGGCUUGGCUGCCAACCACAAACUGGAUUUUCUGAUAUCAAGUCUCAUACAUUCUUUCGCAGCAUAGACUGGGAUCUGGUAAAGUUCAAUUUCAUAUGUAACCCAUUGUGGUGGUUCUUAGUUUAAAGUAUUGAUUCAAGCCAAUAUCACACUUAGCAAGUACUCUGUCAAAAAUCUACAAGAAAAUACAAACAAAAAUCUACAAGACUCAAGGCAGGGUGCAGACGAAAAUGUCUUGCAAACUUUAGAAGGAGCUGUUUAUAAUGUUCUGACAGCUACCCCAUUCUAAUGUUAAACUGCUUAGGAAACUUAAAUAAAAGGUCUGGAAUAGUUAAACUUAACUUGAUAUAAACAGAUGGACUCUAGGCUCUAGGAUACCAAAUGUUAUGCUAACUGUUGGAAUAUCUUAGCAAAAAUUAAUUCCAGGUGGGUAGCACAAAUUUAUUACGGUAUAAGCCUUCAUUGGCUUGAGUCCACUUCAUCAGGUACACUGCAAAUACAGCAGAAGCAGCAUUUGGGUGAGAGAUGGUUUGUAAUGGGAACCAAUUUAGAGCAGAGAAACACUUCACCACAUCCAGCAGAUAUCUUUCCCAGGACAUAGCUUUUAUAUAGGCCUCCAGCAAAACUGGCCUGUUUUCCUAGCUUCCCCACAAUGAAGAGGACCAGAGAUGUGCAUUAUGAAAAACAACAAACCCAAAGGGUUCUUAAGUUUCUGUCUCUUUAUCCCCAUUUCAGCUGGAAAAGAAGCAGGCAACCCCUCCAUUUCAGCCUCAGAUCACAGACGAUUAUGGUCUGGAUAACUUUGAUACCCAGUUCACCAGCGAACCUGUGCAGCUAACUCCAGAUGAUGAGUAUGUUCUAAUAUUGUUAAGCAUGCUUUAUAAGAAAUGUAUAUUAUGCAGGUCUUUAGACGUUAUCAGAUCUGAUUUUGUGAGGACUGAAUAGCUACUAAACCUGGUUAUGCUCCUCAUCAAAAUAAAAGAGUGAUAGAGAGCUUUUGUUGCAUUUACAGGUAGUCAAAAACUAAGAAACCAAGGUGAUAGUGUAGGAGAGACAACAGGGCAUGGGACCAAGGGAAAGAGACUUCUGUUUUGGCAGCCAUAUACACUUCCAUUAAAAAAAAAUUAAGCAAAUGUUCACUAUGUAGAAAGGUAGCAUAUAAUUUCCACAUCUUGCAUCACUUCAUGUUCCCUGGUUUUCUAACAUUGGGAAUGAAAAAUGUACGUUUCUAUGUCUUUAGGCUGCCCUUAUAUGGUUAUUCUUUGCUAGGGAUCAGGAUCCAAAGGAUUGUAUGUGUAUUAGGGUUUUUCCUCCCUCCUGCUGCAACCCCUUAAGAUCCCCUAGAGAAACAUCUGAUGUCACAUGAGGAGCAGCAGCUAGAAAACAAAGCAGGCAGUUUUCCUUUGUCACAAAGGCAUGCACUUCAAGCUGUUGAGAUUCCAGUCUGAGGUAUCUCCACACUGAUGAGAUUUGUACCUGCACAGAACAACUUGGCAGAUUUGCAGAGAUUUAGUCAGUAAACUGAUGCUCACACCUCCAUCCGUGCAAGGGGAGAUGCUCAUAGUGAAAGUUGUAGCAUGUGUGCCUUUCCACUCGCUCUUCUAUCACAGUAGCUUUGUAAAACACUCCGCACUGAAGUGCUCACUGCAGUCUUUUAGUUAGAUCUGUUUCUUCUGUUAUUUUCCUUUCCUUUGGCCUCAAGUCCCAGGUUACUGCUGUUGGUCUGUAAAUGUUUAGCAGAAAGUUACAACUUGGGCAGCUGUGUGUCUGUAGUGUAGUAGCCAAUCCUCAAGUACAGCUACUUUUGUGAAUGGAAGCUCCCCAUACGCUCUGUUUGGCACCUCAAAACUGAAAUCAAAGACUUUGGCACCAGAUUUGGAAAUGGUGUUUUGAUCUGGGUCAGCAACUUCUGCCAUUUGCUUUCUAGAGUUGCAUGCUCUUGCAAGUAACUGUAUCCCCCCACCCCACCGCCAACACAUAUUCUGGGGCUUCAGUGUCACGCCGCCAAACCCUUCUCGUGGCUUUUUUUUACCACUGAGAGGUGAAAAUGCCUUCGGUGAUAUCUAAAUACUCUGCAAAGAAGGAGGCAGAUUCCAGAGCCGAGUGUAAGAUGUCAUCUAUGCAGUUACGCAACCUUCCUCCAUUGCUAAUACCUCUUUCAUCUGGCAGUGGUUAGAAUCGGAGUGGCAAACCUGUGCCGCUUCAGAUGUUGACCUCCCAACUCCUGUCAGCCCCAGACAGUAUGGCCAAUGCCCAUUGUUAAGAUCGCAGAAGGGAAGGACGUCUCUUGCAAAGACCUGUUUCUUGUUGUCUGAUGUAGAGAGGUAUAUAUCCUUUUAGAACAUCCAAAUUUCUUGCCAAGGCUUUACAAAUUCAUUUAAUAAAACUUAAGGGGGAAUGGGAGAUCAUUUAUCUUGUAAACGUCGGGGACUAGAAAUGUAAACCACUAUUAUUAGCAGUAUGCUUGUUGUUAAUAUUUUUGUGCUUGUAGUCGUGGCUGCUCGCUAAACACAAUAAAUUGAACUAACUGACUCAGCUGGCUGACAGUAUAGCCAAUAGUCGGGGAUGGUGGGAGCUUUAAUCCAGCAAUACUGUAUCUGGAGGGCCAAGGAUGAGCCCACCCCUAGGUUAGAAGAAACUGAGUGGGAUGGUGCUUAUCCUAUUGCUUUAUGCAUUGCAGGGGGUUGGAUUAGAUGACCCUCAGGGUCCCUUCCAACUCUACAGUUUUAUGGUAUGUCCUUUUCUAGGAAGGAUAAGCACCAGUUCUCCCUGCUACAGAAGUUCUAGAGACUUCUGUAAUACCUCUGCACAAGUGCAGAUCCCUUCUGUAUGGCUACACUGAUGACCAUUCAGAGGUAGAAUUGUGUGUCUUACAAAACACCAAAAUGGUUGCAAACAAGAGAUAAUUGUGUAUGUGUGUGUUCCAUUUUCAGAGAUGUAAUAAAAAGAAUAGACCAGUCGGAGUUUGAAGGAUUUGAAUAUAUUAAUCCAUUGUUGCUGCAAACUGAGGAAACAGUAUGAGAGAAUGGCAUCGACACAGAGGACAAAUAAUUUGAAUGAACUUUGACAUUUAAUCCUUAACAACAGUAUAUGCAUGCAAGGCUGGGGUAAACUGUAAGGUUUUGAGUGGAGACCAAUGAUGAUAAUUGCUGCUGAAAAAUCAAAAAAACAUGAUUUUGGUAGGUGUCUUCCUCUAUUUUUUUUGGAAAAAAAGAAGUUUGGGGCACUGACAGAGCUGGCUUCACAAAGAAAUCUGCAUUUCGUGCCUGCUUCAUCAAGGAUCAAUAGUUGUUUGCAUCCUUGGAAGAGAGAUUCCAAACCACUUUCAAAGCUGCACGCUUCUGAUGGACAUUUUCAUGCAAUGAGCUACUAGAACAGUGUAACAUCCUGAAGAAUAAAAUUGUUAGUGGUGUUGAAGCUUACUUUAGAUGCCUUUUUUCACAAGUGGUACCUAUCUUAAAUGUCUGUUUUAUAUAUAUAUAUAUGUAUUACAUAUAUAUAUAUAAUGUGGAAUAAAAGGAGUUGUGUUUUAUUAGCAAUUAAAACAAGUUUGGGUACAGUAUUAAGUGCCUAAAUGGAUAAACUGCAUAAAAAUAUUCCGUAUUUGGUACACUUGAUUAACCCUGGUAAGUUCUGGUUAAAGAAAAAAGUAGUAUUUUACACAUGGAACAUAACAACUAACAGCUGCUAUCUAACAUUAACUUAUAUCUUCAUAGAACUUUUAGACGGGACUUGGAUCUCAGCAAUAACAAUUCCAAAUUAGAAUUUAUCAAUUGAAAUAUCUAGAUUAUGUUUAAUGUGGGAGAAAACAAAAUUUACCAAAAUCUCAUUAGAAAAUUUAAAUUUGCACAUGGUGGAUUUCUGAAAAUACUUGAGCAGUGCCUACAAUGUCUUGUGUUGUAUACUAGAUUUUUGAAUAAUAUUUUUAUCAAUGCAAUAUUCAAAAGGAACAAUGGAAGUGUAAUAGAUCAUAGCCUUAAAGUUUUAAAGAAAUAAAUUAUAGGAUAUCCAUCAACAUAUUGCAUUUUUUUCUGAUAAAGCACACCUCCUAUUUAAAACUAUCUGCUUUGAAAUGUUCAGCAUCUUGUCACUAAGCUCUACAGGAGGAUGUUUGGUAAACACAACACUCAAAGCAGUAAUAUAGUGAUGGAGAAAAUGAACAGAUGUAUAAAUAUUGUAUGACUAUAAUAUAAAAUAUGUCCAUAUUUCCUCUUUUGAAAAUGGAGGAUGUUGCAUCAGGUUAAUUGUCUGUCAGCUUUGGGAAUAAAAACGUGUCCAUACGUUUGAGGACAAACAAGGGCACGUUGCUAUCUAAAACCAUUCAGAAUUAUUGGUCUCUAUGGGAGAUAACAAGACACCGUAUUUCUUUCUUUUUUUAGUAGAUUUUCGUUGUAACUCCAUUGAGUAGCUUGCAGUUCUGGGGAAGAAAAUUCUUCAGGAAGGAGAGAAACCCUGUGUGCCAUGAUAUCUCACCCAAUUCGGUAUAAAAUGCAAGACAACUUGCAACCGUUUUCACAUUACUUUUAUUGUAUAGGUUUCUCAGGGUACAGCAUUACAUUAGGUGCUGAACAUGACAUCUCAGUUGCAUUCAAGUCCAUGAGGUGCUAGGAUAAGACUGCCAAAUCAUGGUAUUGAAAAAUCUUUCAAAGAACCAUCAGUUAAGACUAUAUUUUGUAUGUCCCUUACCCUGACCACUGAAUUAACGCACAUCUGUGAUAAUUCAACUUUAUUAGUCCCAUCCAGAGUUGUUGAAAGUUGCUCUCUGAACUAUCUUUUUUGUAUUAAGCAACAUAUGUUCUAACCAGCACUAAGUAAUUCAGUUAGAUGUACUUUCCUCAAAUGCUUGGGGUUUAGAUAACCAAGUCACCUAGCUAAGAGAGUCUUGAUUUCUUUUUAAUUGAAUCAUGCAAAAGAUUUGAAUGCCAUUUUUCUUCUUCUUCUCCUUGGUGAACCCUGACUGGUCUGUGUCUCUGUAUCUUGGAUUCUCAGUGUUCCCUGAAUGUUUUGUGUCUCUGUAUCUUGGAUUUACAACUGAGCAGCUGGUUUUGCAUGGUGAUGUGACCUACGGAUGCUGUCUGGUUCUGGGGCUAGGCAAAACAUGAAGGGUUCUUUGCCCUGAACUUCUGUGAUAUCAGAACAUUAGAGUAGGGCGAGUACACACACUUGCUCAAGACAAAAACAAAUCCUUGAUUUAUUUACAAUUGAAGGCAAUUUACAAUGUUGCUGUGUUGCCAAAUAAGUUGCUGGUUACAAGUCAGUUGCUUGUGUGCAAGUGUAUGACUAAUGUUCUGUUCAUGAUGAAGGGGAAAUUUUUUAUAUAAAGUACUUGUUUUAUAAAUUAAAGAACAAAUGAAGGAUGUAAUUAAAUGUGUGGUUUAAAAAAAAUCCUAAUAUAUUGCAAAUGGAUCUGGUAAUGAUAUAAUUGUCUUAGUAUGUAAAUGAAAUGUAAAUGAAAACACUCUAGCUAAUUUAAUGAUUGUAAAACAGUAAAUAUGUUCUUGUAGUUUUGUAUAAUUAACUAGUUGAGAUCUUUGGCCAGUUUUAUUUGUGCAAAAGAUGGUAUACUAACCCGUAAACAGCUAAGAUCAUUUAUAUUCUUGCACAUCUAUUAAAGACUUUAAUGAAAAAGUUUAGACUAAUUGUUUCACUAAGCAGACAUUUCCCAUAUAAUUUGCUUUGCCACAUGUUCCAUGUGCCAAAAGGACUUCAGCAUUUUAUACCUUUGUAUGCUAUACUGAAUUUAUUGUUUUGAAGGAAACCGUGACAAAAACAGAUCUUAUAUUUUAGGCUCUGCUACUUAAUGUUAAAAUACUUCUUACUGGCCUGUUACUGAUAAGAUCAGGAUUAUUCUUGUUGUAAAGGUAAUAACAGGUUCAGUUUGUAACAGGUACCAGGUCUUGGUGAACUUGUGCUGAAUUUGCUAAGGUAUUUGUGAAGCUAUACAGUAAAUUGACUGAGUAUCUUAAUGAAGUACAUCAUACAAAAGCAUUAGUGAGCAAUCUGAAUAAACACACAGAAAUUGCAGCGGAGGAAAACUGCUAGCUAUCUUUUUAUUGAAAACUUUGUGGCUGGAUGACUAUUUAAUUUUCAACAAACCCCAUCCCCUAAGCACCCUGAAGCAGAUAAUUUUGUUAUUAGAUUUUAAACUCUGUACAGUCAUGGUUCAUAAUAUGUCCCAUAGAGAACAUACACUUCAGUAGUGCUUUUAUUCGAAACAUAAGUCAUGUGUAUCCAGACUUCACUGAGGUUCCCACAGACAUUUACAAUACUGACCUGAUAGCAGGAUAUACAUAAUGAAAUAUGACAUGGCACUUGACCACCUCCUUCUUUAGUUUUUUUGAUCUGUGGUAAAUUGCUGCAAAUUUAUUGACUACUAAGAACCAUUGGCUGUUCUCUGCUAUCUUCUUUGUUACCAAAUUACAUCUACAUCACUUUCAGACAAACAUUUAGCAAGAUGACCAUCAAUGUCCAGUUUUGACCACCUGAAAUUGGAAAACAGAAUUAUCAGACUUGCAGAUUUUAGUAUAUGCAUUUAUGGCCUUCCCUUCCCCAUGCGAUCUCAAGGCAGGUUAGAUAGCACUGAAUGUCAAUUCGGCUGUAUCGUGCAGGAAGAAAUAUCGUCAGUAAGCAACACUGCAGAGGGAGUGAUACUCUGAACCACAGCUGUCAACUUUUCCCUUUUGCAAGGAAACCUAUUUGGAAUAAGGGAAUUUCCCUUAAAAAAGGGAAAAGUUGACAGCUAUACUCUGAACUCAUCCUUCAUCCCAUCCUGAAGACAUGUGCGAAAAGGUGUGUCUUGAUAUGUUGCAGUGUUAGAAACAGAGAUAUUAAAGCUAGGAGUUAAAUGGCACCUUAAACUUAGGUUAUGGGCACCACAAUGGAAUGUCUAGGCACACUUUUUUAUAAUGAGAAUACAAAGCUGAAAAUGGAUGAACUGCAGCUAAAAUAUUAUGUUCAUUUUUCACAUGGCCUAGUCCUUCCCCUGCCCACUCCCCUAAUAUUCUUCAGAGGGUCUCUUCUCCAAUCUUCAGAAAGUAGCUGGAAGUGGGAAGGCAGAAAAAGGUCCUCCUUUCCUUCCACAUUGCAGUUUUAAUCUGAAAUCUUAGGUGCAGUACUGCGCCCGGAGAUCAGAAACUGCUCAUGCUAAUGAAAUUCCCUGUCGCAAAAUGCGCCUAGAACAAUGGGAGUUUUGAACACGUCUGUUGCCAAAAUGCACCUUGGAGGGGUGGAAGGGUCUUCCACAACCUGGAGACCACCACUGAAGACCCUCUCACACCCUGCGGCAGAAUCAUCAGCCAACCCUCCCCUGUAGAUCUUAACGCCCGGGAGGUGUUACAUGGGAAGUAGUACAUCUCAAUUUUGUGUUGAAAUGAGGAAAAAAUGGCAUGCAAAUGAGGGUAUUAAAAAUGUGUUAAAGUCUCCCAAUACAAAUAAAUAGUGUUUCAAUUUUGCGUUUGUUAGGGGAAAUCUUCCAUGUGCCGUUUACUAACAAUUUCUACCUUCCAUCCUCCAUUUAGCAAGAGCAGCCAACACCCUUUUCUGUCUUCCCAUUGCUUUGUGCCCCAAUUUCUUCCUAUUGGAUGUGGCAGUGUUUCUCAAACUUGGGGUCUCCAGCUGUUGUUGAACUGCAGUUCCCAUCAUCCCUCACCACUGGUCUUGCUAGCUAGCUAGGGACGAUGGGAGUUGCAAUCCAACAACACCUGGAGACCCCAAAUUUGAGAAACACUGGAUGUGGUCACUUCCAUGUGUGCGCGCUGUGGAUGUCAUGACGAACUGAAAAAUGAAUUUGAGUAACAUAACCAAUACUUACUUUCCAGUAAAGUGGAUCUGACACAUGGGACACUGGCUGAGAGCUAAGAUUUCUUCCCUGUGGUCCUCUGUUUUUUCUUGGUUGCCGACACUCAAACAAAGAGCAGGAGAUUCCUGCACAGGUAACACUGAUGUGGCAUUGUUAGGCUGGCACAGCAAAGUACUUUGCUUAUCAUCAUUUGAUAGUAUUUUCUUUUCUUUUCUGCUUUUUCCUUCACUCUGUGUUGUAGCCCCUUUCCAAAGCUUUUCAAACACAAAUACUCUUGGCUGGCUCUGUGCAGCUGUUGAUGAAUGUCCUGGUGAAUUUUGCUGGGUUGAGUGCAGGCACAUUUCAAUCAUUUCUCUACCUUCCAGCUUAGGGGAAAGAUGAUUGUUGUGUCCAGUUGUUGUUUCCUCAGCAGUAUAUUUACCGGCUGGAAUGGGGUUUUGCUUGGGAACAGGAGAAAUAACACUGAAUCUCCCAUCUGCAUCAUUUCCUCUUUCUAUCAAACUAAGAGCUUGAUUUUCAGGAGGUUUUUUACUUCUUGAAUUAUUUGUGUGGUAACGUGGAAAUGGAGUCCACUGAAACUGUUUCAUUCCAAUGUCAAAUGUUUCUGGGGCUGGCUGAGGAUUUGUAGUUUGUGAGCUCUGAAACACAGACAAAUUAAAGUUUUGCUAACUCUGUAGAUUUCAGAAGAAUAUAUAAAAGAGGAAAGCCAGUAAGAUACCAUAACCAGUGCUGGGUUUGAAUGUGGAAAAUACAGUUUGAAAGAGCUCCCAAGAUAUGAUCUAUCACUUACGGUUCGAAUACAGAAAAUUUUUAACCACACUUCAUGAGUUUAUCCAGCUUACCAACGGCAGGAUGUUUGUGUUAUCACCAACACAGCCUUGUUUAAGUGUCACUGUAACUAUUGUGCCUUUGCAUAAUUACCACUGUCCCUUUUGCAUUUCGCUUGCCUCUGACUUUAGUCCUCACCAUUCUGCCUUACCCACAAUGUGUAUGUGUGUGUGUGCAUGUUGUCAUGCAUCCAAGGUGGAUUCUGAUCAACGAAAGCUUAUGCCAUAAUAAAUUUAAGUCUUUACAGUUCCAC